UCAGUGGAUCGAUGUUUGCUGGCAUCGCCUCGCCCUGCCUGUGUGUGUGUCAGUGUGUGUCUCUCUCCCUUUCCGUGUGUGUGUGCGCGUGUGCGCGCGUGUGUUCGUCGGGGCACGGGCGCGCGCGGGGAUGGCGAGUGUGCAGGCGAGUGUGAAGGCGCGUCCCCGCCCGCGUGCGCGCACGUGGAUGUGAGUGUGUGCGGAACACCCCCCCCCCCGCACCCCGCACCCUCCUCCCAUCCCAAGCUUGUCUGUCCUCUUCCCCUAUCACUCACAACCUGGCAUCUGACAGCAACAAACCUGCAGUUUUCUCAGCAAACACUCACCCAUCCGCCAUAAGAGAGCGACGCGCAAAGAGGCGGCGAGAGGAGGAGGAGGAGGAGGAGGAGGGGGGUGCUGGCAAAGAACAGGAAAAAGAGAGAGAGAAAGAAAGAGGAAGGGGGUGAGAGGCAGGGGGCAAAGCAAGAUCCACCACCACCCCCGACACACACCCCAAACAAAACUCUCUCUUCUUGAUUGAUCCACUUCCAAGAACAUUCUAUUUCCCCGCUUUCUCUCCCCGAGUCCUGGAUGUUUGUCUCCAAAAGCAAGUCUUGCAACAGUUCCAAGCAAACCAGAGAGACCCCCCUCUCCUCCUCAAGGGAACAAGGCAGCCCCCCUCCCGAGCAUAAGAUCUCUCUCUGAGGGAGGAAAGGGGGAUCUCGAGGAUCCGCGAACAGGUUGAUCUCGUCCUCGCGAAGUGCCAAAGGAGGCGAGAAGGAGACGCUGCUGAGAGAAGGGAAAGGAAAGGAAAGGGGGGCAAAAGCAGCGGAGCGGAGGGAAGAUCGGGCAAGGAAGGAAGAAGGAAGGAGGGAAGGGGGGGACCCUCCACAGCCACAUCCACGCGCGACGAGGGAAAGCCGGAGAGCGAGGAGCAAGCCCCGCCAGCUUCGAGCGAAGAGGAGUCCGGCUGGGGAAAGUACCGCGAUGCCAAGGAGGAAACAGCAGGCACCCAAACGGGCAGCAGGUUUGUGUGAUACUAGAAUGCUCAGCAUUAAUCUGGACCCCACUGUGUCAUAUCAUCUUCUUCACUUCUCCAAGACAGAUGUUGCUGCAACUUGCUGCCAAGAUCAAUAUAUUGGUUCAUAAGUGGCAUUCUUUGAAAGACUUUAUUGGAUUAAAAUUGUUAUUUUUGUAUUUUGCUGAACAUUUGCAUUUAUUGAGAGUGAUAAUUUCCUGUAAACAGGACUAGAUCAUGAACUAGGCACAGUAAUAAAGUCUUCAUCCUAUAAUGAUAUCUGUGAAAGGGUGAACACGGUAAUGGAGAAGGGCUUUUUUAAGGAACAAGGCUUCCAUUAGGUAUAACAAAACAUCAAUUUCAGGAGGCAGAAAGGAGAACUAAAAAAAAUCAAAGUGAUUCUAGGCUGCACUAAUAGGAGUAUAGUGUCUAGUUCCAGGGGAGUAAUAGUACUACUCAAUUCUGCUCUGAUCAGACUUCACCAGGAAUGCUAUGUUGAGUUUUGGGCACCACAGGUCAGGAAAGCAAUUGACAAGCUGGAACGCAUCUAGGGGAGAGCGACCAAAAUGAUCAAAGGUUUGGAAACCAAGUACUAUGAGGGGAAUGUUAGGAAGCUGGAUAUGUUUAGGAUGGAAAGGAAAAGGUUAAGAGAGGACAUGAUAUACAUGUUUAAAUAUUUGAAAGGAUAUCAUAUGAAGGAAGAGGAAAGCUUGUUUUCUGUGGCUGUGUAGACUAGAACUUGGAGUAAUGGAUUCAAACUGCAUAAAGAGAAAUUCCAUUAAAACACUCAACUUCCUGAUGACAAGAGCUGUUCAACAUUGGAAUAUGCUGCCUUGGAGUUUGUUGGACUCUCCUUCUGUGGAGGUUUUUAAAUCAGAGACUCUAUGACCAUUUGUUGGGAGUGCUUUGAUUGUGUUUUCCUGCAUGGCAGGGGGUUGGAUUGGACUGGAUGCUCCUUAGUAUAUUUUCCAAUUCUAUGGAAUUCUAUGAUUUCAUAAGAGAUCAAGUGUUAUUGUAAAAAAAAAACCAAUAUAUUUAAUCAGAAUUCAAUUUUUUACACUAAACCUUGGUUUUACUCCCCAAAGCAAUUGCUGUACAAAUUCAUUUUUGCACACAUACAAAUAAUUAAGAUUCCAGAAAUGUAAUCUUUUUUUAAGAAAAAGCAAAAGCAAAAAAAGAGUGUCCUGAUGUGUGAAGACACUAUUUCUCCUGAAGAUGCUAUAUAUGAGAAUAUCCUUUGCAUUCAUAUGGUGAAAUAAUCCCUGUUGGAAUCCAGUUCAGAUGUGUUGGUUGGGUUAUCACUAGUAACAGACACUUCCAGAACUGUUGAGACUCUGCAGCUAUUUGACUGCUUGUGUUGAUAUAAAAGUAUGUGAGAGAUAAUUUAUGCUGGUUUCAAAACCCAUUUUUUCUCAGCAUAGAACUGUCAUCUGGUUUUUGGACCCAAUUUUUAUAAACUUUUAUAAACUUUUAUGAGGCUUCUGCACCAAGGGAUGAUGGGUUCUGUAAGAAGUAAAUUAUACGAUUUCAUAUAAUUGAGUUCCUUGUGAUUGGAUGGAGAGCAUUCAAAUCAUAAUACUUUUGACCCAGAACUCUCAUUGUUCCCUCUUGCUACCAACUAACCUCUCUCAGAGAUUUCACCAGGAAAAGUCAUGCUUUGACCCCAUCAUUGAUCUGCUUCUCAGCAGCAAUAACACAUCUUUAACUUCCAAGCCCUCAUUACAAUUGCUUCAAAUGAAUGCAUAUAUCUUGGCCUCGUAGUGUACAUUACAUUCCUUGUGUAUGUGUAUUUGAACUGUAUCUUUAUCUUGCUGGCUUUAUAUUUAUUUCAUUAGUACUGCAUUAAAAAUGCAGACUAGGCUCCAAAUUCUACAAACAGAUUUGCUCAUUUGUCCUUGGAAGGUAACAAGAACGGUGCAAAUGUCUCAAAAGAGAGAAUUGGCUUCUGUUCAUCCAGAAUCCAUACUGUAAUGCUUAGUUUCCUGUUUGCAUAUGUAACAGAUGCAGUAGUGUCUUCAGAUUCUUUCCAUACCUUCAAAAAUAUCCGCACUAUAUAUGCUUGUACUGUGGGUCUGGAGUUUAUAUCUGUCAAAUCUGGCUGCACGUGGAAGAAACAUGAUGCUAAAAUAUGCAGCGAGCAUGAGAACUGUAUGAAUGCGAAGCCCUGUAAUUGAACUCAUGAAAAGACUCCACCAUUGACCAACUGUAAGGCAUCCAUUUGAUGCAUCCAUGCUGUCAGUGAAGCUGUUGGCUACCAGAGUGACUAUCAAUAAAGACUUUUCCUCUAAAUGACUUGCUUCAGUUUGUUCAGGCCACUGUUCACUUACUGUCUGCAUUUUAUUGCACCCUGAAGACGAAAGCAUUCUGAUUGGUUCAUAAAAUAACCAUUGUAGAUUAAAAAAAGAAGAAGAAGAAGCAAAUAUAAUGCAAUGCAAUGCAAUAUGUGUUCUGUUGUUGUCAUCUUUACUAGUGUUUUCAAACAAUUUUACCUAAGUGUUUUUAAUAGAUUUUUAAAAAGCUUUGUGUCAAAUAGGUUUUAGUAGUAUUCUUUUCAAUUUGUACCAGGAGAAAGUUAGGAUGCAAAUUAAACUAGCAAACAAAUUAUAAACAAAUAAAUAUAAAAUAUAAAACAAAUUAAAACAAAUACGCAAUUGAAACUAAGAUGAGAGCAUUACCAUAAGAGAAUCUGCAAGAGCAGUUGGAAAAUUUAAAAACACCUUUUUACAAUGAAAGUUUAAAAGUUCUGGGAGAAUGAAGUAUAUUCACUAAGCAACAAAAGUGCCAUGACUGGUAAAUUUGUCUGGGGAGGAUGUUCCAUAUCUGAGUCCCAGGGCUGCAUUCUGCCUGAGAUACAUGAUCAACUGCCUAAAUACCCUAACUGGAUCAGAUCUUAUCUGAUAUUAGAAGUUAAGUAGGGUCAACACUGUCUGGACAUCCAGAUUCAAAUUAUGGUCUGCUUUGUGGUAAAGGGCUGGUGUAGACAAGCCCAAAGUCAAAUACAAACCUUGGUGUACAGUCAAAUUCCAUCCCAUCAAGGUAGUUAUGCAGCAGUGGAAGUAGUAACCCUUGAUAGGUUCAAGGAGCACAGUGCAUCUUUGCCAAAUCUUCAGGAGUUCCCCAUUUAUUUAUUUUUUCCAAAGAAAUCCAUCCUUUUCCAGAGUAGACUGAAUACAGCCUAGUCAGACAGAUGGACUGCAUGCUGAUUGCAUUUCUUGUUUUAUCUGGGCUAUUUCUCCAUUUGUUGGCCAUUACCACACCCGGUCAAUCAUUCAAAACACCUGCUGCUGCACCUGAAUUUGAAAAGGAAAGUUAGCAUUGAGUGGUGUCUGUGUAUUCCAUCUCAAACCACAUCUUCAACUGACCUCCUCCUGCAAACAUCAUUUUUGUUGGGUUUGAACACUACACCAAAUAUAAUUUUCUUCAACAGUACAAAGUGCAAAACAUCCUUGAGGCCUCAAAAGCAAGUCAACAUCUCCUUGACAUGCCUUGUAGCAACAUUAUUCCAGUGAGAGAGUAUUGCUGUCUUCCAAAGAUAAAAUAUUCAGAGAUAAAUGAAAAAAAUGAAGCACUCUUUUUUUUUCUAAGAUGCUUCGGAGAAAAAUGUAAAUUUCAUAACUUAUUUAUUUAUUUUAGUAAUGGAAUUUUUGGAAACAACAAGCAGUGUGUAGUCUUUUAAGUGGGAGGUCAUUGCGGGAUCUUUUUUUCUUUGGCCCCUACUCUUGCUACCAAUGUUUACAUUCAUGCCCUUAUUAAUUCAUUCCUCAUAACACUAUUGCUCUUUUUUUACAUUUUCUGUUUUCUCAACAACAUCUACAUCCUUGUUUCCUAACUGUAUGGGUUUCUUUAGAAGCUGAGCCUAAGAUUCCUUGGAGCAUUAAGUAGCUCAGCACAUAUUAGAGAUGUGUGAAACGGCAGAAAUCUAAUUUAUAAUUCGUUUUUAAAUUCAGAGGGCCUCCUAUUUCCAUUUGGAAAGAUUUUUUUUUGGGGGGGGGGGAUUUCAAUCUGUAAUCUGAAUUCUGAAGUUUUGAUAUUGCUUCAGUAAGAUUUGUUCCAUUAGCGGCAAUGGGGAAGCUUUCGAGGCCCAGAAAACAUACAACAACCCUUUCGAGGCUUGUUUCCCUGUCAUUUUUAUAGCUAUCAGGAUGAAACUUGCCACACUUAUAAGCAACAUUUGCUACUUUAACCCUGCUAAAUUUCAGAAUGUUUUGGUCAUCCACUGAUAUUUAGGAAAAUGUUAAAUGUUUUACACACACACACACACACACACACACACACUACAAGAGGAAUCCCCUUGAAUUUCUCCACAGUCCCACAACAUGUACAGAGCAUCGGUCCUGCAAAGUUUCAGAAAGAUCUGGUCAUCCACUGAUUUUUAGGAUUUUUUUUCAAUUUAAGCACCUUGGGUGAAACACUCAGACUCAAAGACUUGAAAAAUCAAAAUAUUUAUUCCUAAAACUAAAAAAAAGAAGAAAUUAUAUAACACUCACACACACAUUUCAUAAUCUUUACCAGUCUAACUAAGUAGCAUUUCCUGGCUUCCAGUUUGGGUUCUUUGGCACAGAAUAUGGAAUGUAUUUAAUUAUUAAGCAUGGGGUGCACAUAGACCUGAUUGUGUACAAAGUGUGAUCUAUCAUGAGGAGAUAGCCAGAUAGAUUUAAAACCAGUCAUUUAAAGGUGAUAUCUCCUAAGCAGUGAUUCCCAAACUUGGGUCUUCCAGAUGUUUGGGGCUUCAUCUCCCAGAAGCCCUAGCCACCUGACCCAACAGUCAUGAAUUAUGGGAAGCAAAGUCCAAAGCAUUUGGAGGAUCAAAGUCAGAGUGCUCAGCACAGAUAAUAUUUUAAUGGGCUUUCUUGUAUUCACUUCUUAUAAUGUCAGUGCAUUCAGAGAAAUGAAGCUGAUGGGAUGUUUAAUACAGAGACACCCCCCCCGCCGCCGCCCACUGCUGUAGGCAGUCCUGCCACAUUACAUUUUUUAAAACUGUCUUAAAAGAAUGGGCCUUGUUUUGUCAAGGUACUGUGUGCAUAAGCAAUUAAUACAACACAUAUCAGAAACAUAGCAGGGUGUUCUUCCUUGAGUAGAAUUUCUCUAACAGAACCCCUAAGGUCAGGAGAGAGAUAUUCAGAAAAUGUAAUGCAAUUCUAGAGCAAAUCAAACCAAAGUACAAUUCCCACAUCAAGAGAAAUAAUAAUCCUUGCUAUUCUACUUUCUUCAGAUCUUUCCUGGAAUAUUGUGUCCAGUUGACAGCACUACAGUUGAAAAUGAACAUUGACAAGCUGGAAUAUAUCCAGAGGAGAGCACCCGGAAUUGUAAAUGGUCUAGAAACCAAGACCCAUGGGGAAUGGUUGAGAGAGUUGGGUAUGCUUUGCCUGGAGAAGAGAAGACUGAGAGAUGAAAUAAUUGUUUUUUAAAAAAUAUCUGAAGGACUGUCAUGUAGAAGACGAAAUGGGUGCAUUUUCUGCUGAUCAAGAAGAUAGAACCUGAACCAAUCAGUUCAAAUUAUAACAAAGGUAUUCUUACUAAACAUUAGAAAGAACUUCACAGUGCUAAAUGCUGCUUGUCUGAGGAAUACAUUACAUUAGUAGUAGAUUUUUGCAUGCCAGAGAGUUAGAAAAGAUGCUACUUGUUGUCCUAUCUCACGCUAUGAUUCUGUAACUCUACAGUUAGAGCCAUAGAAUCAUAGAGUCCAGCCUUGUGCUCAGUGUAAGAUCUCCAGCUAAAAAAUCCCCAGCCAAUAGCUAUCCAUUCUCUUUUUGAAGAUAUCCAGAGAAGGAGAAUCCAUCACCUCUAAAGACAAUUGGUUCCCUUCUGGGGCAGAAAAAAAGGCUGCCCUCUCCUCUCUGUGACAGUCCUUGAAGUAAUAAACACUACAGUCAUGUCACCCCUUCAGUCUUCUCUUCACUAAACUGAAUGUACCCAUCUCUUUUAUAGGCUUUGUUCCACAUGCCUCCUAUUUUAUUGGCCUUCUCUGAACUUGUUCUGAUUUGUUCUGAUUUGUCUGUAUCUUCCUUAAAGUGAGGCUCCCAGAACUGUAUGCUCGAUAUUAAUUAAUUUUAUUGAUACGUUGAGGUUAGGUUUUUGAGGUCAAAAUUAUGGAUUUUGAUAUGAUCUGUGGAUAAGUCAAAGGUCAUUCUGAGCUGAGGAUGAAGUGCCAGCACCACUUCAAGGAGCAGUUGUUCUUGGUUGCCACUGCAAUUUUACCACCCAGGCAUUCAAAAAAGCCUUUUCCCCACUCUAAUUAGAGAAUGGGAUGGAUCCUUUUGUGAUAAAAGUUAGGGGACCUUUAAUUUCUUUGAGUAGAGGCAAAAUGCAAGAGAUUAAUCUAUCCCCAUAAAAACUAAAAGAAGCACUGACUCCCUCUGCUCUCUUGUAGCUCCUUCGAGGGGGAGUGCCAAAGAGCUACCUGAAAUUUAAAAAGGCUAGAUCUGGCACCAGAGUGGAGAGAGGAUCAGUGCUUCUUUUAGAUUGGCUCAGAAGGGACUAAGCUCUCACCUUUCACCACAAUGCUUAGAGAAGAUGUUUCUUUUUCUUUUUUUAAUAAGAGUUAAGGUACAGUACUUACAUUCACCAGUAAGCUGACCCAGGUUUUUGGGUCAAUUUUUAACAAAAAUAUCUAGACUUAUACAUGAGUAUAUACAGUAAUUAAAUUAGAACCGUAUGAAUUUUGAAAACAAAAAUUACAUUAAGAUGUUAUGGCUAUCUGCCAAUAAACCUAUAUACUUGUUUAUUUCUUUAAUGUCCUCUUUCUUAUCAUGCUUUCACCAUGAAUAUCUACCAAGAACUUAAGGUGCUUUCAGACAGCACAAAAAUUCAGGGUUAAUAUGUGGGAUAAACAUACCCGGGACCUCAGAGCUGGUCCCCAUACAUACCUGCUGGUCCCAAGCUUUCUUCCCCCACCGUCCUCUCAGCCCUUCUGUGUCUUGGGAUAAAAUGGAGAGCGGACAGGGGGUAUCCGUCCAUACAAAUAUAGAGAGACUCCUAUGUGUGCACAUAUGCAUCAGUGUAUAACAAUGGCACAUUUUUUUUUAAAAAAAAAGUCAUAUUUCCCUCUUUCCCCAAUUGCUCAUUUACUAUUAUAAAGUUUAAAAUAAACACUUUCAGAAUCCUUUUAUGGCUCUUCACUUUACCUCACUUUAAACCAGCUGGAAAUCAGCUGAGUCUCCGUGGGAGCCCAAAGAGCUGACCCACUGUUUCAGGCUUUUUAAAACUGGCAUGGGCAGGAAGCAGUCUCCACAGGGGGUAAAUAGGGAAACCCCAAACUUUACAUGACUGUCAUGGGAAAAUCCAUUUUUUCCCCGCCCAUAACCGGGAUAAAGGGGACCUUUUUGAAAUGUGUUUCCCUCCAUUGCUGUGAUUGAGCAUGCAUUUAGCACAAACGUCAUCUGGCCAUUUCACCUUUUAAACCAAUUUUCUCUGAAAUAUAGGUACUGCAUGGAAGCGCCCUUAGACUGUGCUCCAGGCAGAGAUAUAUCUGGGGAAUCUGACUUCCAUUCUCUAGUGUCUGCCACCUGAGGUUCUUGCCUCUUUCUGACUUAAUACUGGUGAUCAAACUCUAUCUUAUUAUAGCAUAGCACUGAAUUAAGUUGUGAUUUAAACUGCCAUCAUCAUUUUCUUGAUCUAAACCACUCCUGCAAACUCUUUACCUAGUUAGGAAAUUACUUACCAGCUUCACACAAGUGUCCUCUUUUCACUGCUUUGUUUAAUCUCUUUUUUAAAAAAAAAGUAGUGAGAGAUCCUAAUCAUGGAUAUCCUACAUCUUGUCUAAUUAGAUAAUCCUGUUUUGUUUGCUUGGAAUAAAUUGAUUCCUGCAGUCCUGAUUUUCUUUGCUUUCUCUACUGUACCUUUUACUACUUGUCCUGACAAGGUUGAUUGUAUCAAGGGAUCAGCAUGGAGAUUUCAAAAUUUGGAUAUGCAGCAAGGUGAGCUUAAAAGUCUGCAGAAAUAUCUAGCUUCCUCAAGGGUAAAGUUUCUUGCAUUGUCCAGAUAGUUUGAACAACAGUCCCUCCAGCUACUUACUAGCUCAGUCUUCUUGGAAUUACAGAUACCAGUGACAAACAGUAUGACCCAUAUAUUCACAGAACUGGUACCCAUUAUUUCAUUCAUCCACAUCCAAUAAAAUAUGUCCUCUCUAGGCAUUUUCAAGAUUCUUCAGCACAACUAAAUUACAUUCUUGGACUGAAUGUCCUUCAUUUCAGUAGGAUUCACCAUUGUUCACAGUACAUCAAUCAACAUGAAGACUGGAAGCCUAUCUUCCAUGGAUAUGGGGGCCGUACUGUACUUUUAUGGUCCAUCUUACAGGAUUGUGCCAGAAUUCUUUCCUUGAGAGACCUAGCACUCUAGUGGAGAAUUAGUAGUUCCCCAAACUAUUAAUUGCAGAAUUUUGCAAGUCGCUGCCAUGAUAUCUUAUUCAGAUGUACAUAAUGUUCAACAAUAUGCAAAGCUGAAAAGUCCCCUUUCUCAUCAAAAGUCAUCCUGUAAAUUUAUGGCACUUCAGACAUUUGAAAACAGAACUUUCUUGCUUACAUGCGUUCCCUAUGCCUUCCAUAGACAAACUAUUCUUUUUCCGUCUUCAUCUCCAGCCAGGUGAUGACAGUACAGCUUAUCUAAAUUAAAACAAACAAACAAAUAAAUAAAUAAAUAAAUAAGACCAUUUGAUUAUUGUAAGUAUUAUGGAAAUUGUGUAUGUGAAAUAUAUUAAAAUCCUAUAUAAUACCUCAUUAGUUAGACCCUCUAAUUUGAACAGUAUUUUCAGAUGAUUCUAUUGAAUCACUAUUGAUCUGUUUCUUUUUCACUGCUCAUAAAGCUAUGCUGUUAGUGAUGAGAACUAGACAUUAUAUAACCUUGUAUAUGUAACUUGGGGUUGGUUGGCUGUUUGUCACAUGAGCAGAAGCAGUGAAAACAAAAUGUCUGCUUUGAUUCUAGUCAAAGUUGUCAAAGCAAAUUAAGCAAAGUCAAGGUUGUCAACAUGAAUUAAAUGAAGAUGCCAAUGUGAAGGCUUUGAAGUUGAAGUUCUCAGAGGAUGAAAAGGUGAAUUUGAGCAUUUGUCAAAGGAAAAGCUUCACCGAAUUUGAUCUGCUAUUCAUUUCAGCUCUGUGUAUUUAUUCCAGGUUGGUCCAAGUUGGUGAUCUUUUCUCUGAAGCAAAGUCAAAGUUGCUGCUCCCCACUGCUGUGGGCCAAUCAAUGAAUGGGCUAGUGAGUGAGUCACUGCUUGCUGUGUGAAGUUUUUCACUGAUGUGGCUUGGUGUGAGGCUCUCAUGAUAUAAUACUGCUGAAUACCUCUUGCAAAAUAUGCGUCAAUUGCUAUGGAAUCCCAUGCUGGAAGUGAAAAUAAUGAUAGUAGGCAUUCUUUGCAGCUGCUCUCAAAAGAUAAUCCUAGCAAUGAAGUCAGUUAAUGCCAGCAGCAGUCUUCAGUUCAGCAACUAAUACAAGCAUCCCUUGCUUUGAGCACUUCACUAAUACAGCACUUUUCAAUUAAAUGGUACUGUAUUGCUGGGCAAUCGUCUAUGGUAGUCAUGGGUGUGUAGGGUUCUUUUCUUUCUUUAUCUCCUUUAGGCCUGGCAGUAUUGCAUGCUUAAUAAAUUAUCUCUCUCUCAUAUAUAUAUAUAUAUAUAUAUAUAUGCACUAGCAAGUGGGGAAAACUGUGGUUCAGUUUAAGGUAAUAUUUGCGUUGAAGCCAUGGUUUGUAACCUAAACUGCCAUUUUGGUGAAGUAUGCCUGUAUAGUUCCAGACUGAUUCCUUGCAUGACUAGUUAAAAGUAUAAGCCCGAUCCCAUUCAAUCUGACUUAUUUUCAAGUAAACAGGUGUUAGUAAAAUAUAUUGAUGCAGACUACAGUUUUUACAAAAGUAAUGCAGUUUAAAAGGUACAUUUUUGUGUGCUGUAGAAGAAUGGAAAUAGCUUCUUUUGAAGAACAGUCUUCAACUUUUCUCAUGCUUAGUAUCUUUAUGUAAAAUAUCUUAGGCAUAUACCUAAAGUAUGUGUAUGCACACACACACACACACACACACACACACACACAUUGAGUAGACCAUAUUUGCAAAUUCUAGUGUGAAAUAAAAAUCUGUGUUAUAUUAGGUGAGUCUGUUAGUCCAUUUAAACUAGGGAUGGAACAGAAAUGUGUCAUUUUCCUAAUGGGUUAAGUUUGAAUUGUUGAUCCCUUGAGAAGUUUAUAUAGGAAGUAAAACAACAUACCACAACACAACAUAAACGGCACACUUUUAAAGAACUGAUUAGAGUUUGAGAAACCAUGCAACUUUACAGUAAAAAAUUCCUACACUUCUUUUCAGAAAACUGUGCAGCUUUCCGGGGGGGGGGGGGACGACACACCCACCCACUUACUUUGUUCUUCACUGUAUUUUGGAAAAGUGUGCAGAAAGCAAAGCUAAAUUGCAUUAUAAAUCUAUAUACAAGGAACACAGGGCAGAUCUACAAUAUCCCAGGGCUAAACUGAACUCUAGAUCAACCUCGGGGUGGUUCUCACUGCCACCCCCGGAUUGCUGCAGAAGUGGGAAAAAGUCCUUACCACACACAGGCACCAAAUCUAAUUUGGUGCAACUGGAUAACCACCCUUACUGCCCUGCUCCUGUUCUAAUUGUACUGGCAAUCACCAGGUACGAAACGGCAGGUGGCCAUCACUCAUCACCUGGAGUGACAUUAUCAAGGGCAUCAGAGCAAUGUGCAAGAGGAAAAAGGAGGAAUUUCCCGCUUUGUAGAUUUGUCCACAGUCAAGAGUUCAACAAGAGGUUUUAUUUAUUUAUUUAUUUAUUUAUUUAUUUAUUUAUUUAUUUCAUGUCAAAAGCAUUGCAUAAUAAAUAAGUUUAAAAGUAAUAAAAUAAAGACAAGAGGCCAACAUUGUAGUUCCACCUUUGCUGGUUUGAAAGUUAUACAACCAAAAUAUUACACAACAAGAGAAGAAACAGACUGACUGAUACUUCAGCAGAAAUUAUCUUUUGUGCAAGACUAUUAUCUUUAAAUGUGCAUGCCCUUUCUCCAUGCUCUCCAAGGUUUUACAUAGGGUUUCCUCCACUCUAAAGGGUUACAAUGUGUUUCCCAAAGCUUUGUUAUUCGUUCUUGAAAGUUCAAGAUAAAAUAUUCUAGCACUUUUGGUCCCAUCAUUUUGCAUUUUCCCUUGCACCAACUUAACCAAAAUGGAAUUCAUCUACCAGGCUGAAAGAGGUUUCCAUUCUUUUGUUGCUGAUGCCAUUAAUAUGUCAAAAGAUAAGAGCAAGACCUUCUCUUUGCAAAGUAGAUGCCCUAUCAAUGCAGUAGUCUCCCCUAUCUGUGCACCAUAAUCUUUUGAAGAGAAGUUGAGGAACAGGGGCAUUUUUAGAGGACAGGUAAAGUUUUAUGUCCUGAUGAAACUAUUGAUGAAAGCUCCCAGUAAAAAUGUGUCAGUACCACUGACUGCAGUGGCUUUCAGGCAUGCUUGACUUCAAGUGGAUUGUGCCCCUGUCUUCAUUCAUCAUCCUUUCUUGUACUAAUGUAAUCCAUACUAUUUUUAAAGAAAUGCACUGGCUGCCAAACCACAUCAUAUAUCUUCAUGAUCUAUAGCAAUAGUUAUUUUUUCCCCCUCAAGAGGCAUUCCAUGAUCUGUCAGAUGCUUCAAGAUUGUUCUUCUCUUGCUUCAUGACCCACUUUGGUUCCUCUUUUAGACAGUUACAGUUGGCCCUCCAUAUCAAUGGAUUCUGCAUCCAUGAAUUCAACCAUCCACAGAUUGAAUGUGUGUGUGUGUGUGUGUGUGUGUGUGUACGUGCACACACACACACACACACACUGCAUGCACACAAACAUAUGUUAUGCUGCUGUAUAUAAUGGGGCCUGAGCAUUUAUGGAUUUUGACAUCAAGCCCCAACAUUUAACAACAGCACACUACUGUAGAUAUAAACAAAUCCACUUACCACCACACCAAAACUCCAACCCUUGUACCCAUAAGACAUCAGAAGAUUUAGUUAUUCAUCUUCUCUUAUAGGUUCUUUUUGAAGAUGAAUGCAUGACUUUUGCUUUCAUAGUAUUUCUAGAGUUCCUCCUACUGUGAAAUAGGUUGCCAAUAAUGGCAGAAUACAUCAGCAUGCAGUCAUUCAUAAUUCUGGACUAAGGGAUCUCAGUGUUUUUAGGUCAGUGGUCCUGAAUGACCAGACAAUGAGGCAUAAACUCAAAUAGUAAUUCAUACCUACCCAUUAAAUUGACUUGAUAUUUCUUCGAAUCACAGGACUUGAUAUUACAACCUUAUUCUAUUCAGAACUGAAAUGAAAUGUAAAGGUUAUGUUCACUAGUCUAAAAUCCAGCUUCAGAUCAUGCGGAUUCCAGUUUGAGCUGCUGGAAGUAGAGAGCUCAAAAUACAGGUACAGGGUGGUCAUGUGGGCUAUGUUUAUUUGGGAGGCAAAUUCAGUCUAUGCACAAUGAAUCAGAUGGAAGAGCAGAGACCUUGAGAUUGCCCAUCCAAUUUAAGCAUUGGGGUAGAAAUCAGAACAGGAACACUGUUCCCCAUAAUGGUGUGAUUAAAUUGAUUUAUAUAUUUGAUUGAAAUUAGCAUUUGGAAAUAUUGUGUAUCCAGUUUUAUCCUCUUUUUUAGCAUGAUUUUUUCUUUUGGGGGGAAGAGUUUGGGUGGUAAUAAUAUAAAGAUAUAAUUAAUUAUAUAUAAAGAGUACAAAAUACUGACCAUACAUGUGACAAAUCCAUCCCCAUAUUACAGCAGAUAGUGUUUUUCUAAAACAAAAUCCCCAUGUAAAUGUCUGCUUCAAGGACUUGCCAUCUCGUCUUCUGUGUAAUGUUGUGUCUAUUCCCCAUAGAUACCAAGAGGAUGCUGCAAGCUGGCUCCUUUUUUGCAUGCUAACAUUUGAUUGAAAUAUAUAGUACAUUGUAAGGUCGUACACAAAUGACUCUUUGAAAAUUCAAGCUCAAGCAAAGCAGACUUUCUCUGUUGAAGUUAAGUAGGUCAACAAUUUACCUAGUCUGUCUGCUAAUGUGCUUGCUAUACAAGCUAAUGAGAUCUUGAGAACAAUCCACGUACCUAAGAUUGUCAAGGUGAACAUGUUAUCUUUAUUUGGAGGUGGAGAAAGAACAAACUUUAGAAUUUGCUCAUUGUUUGCAUAAAUAUUCUCAAUUGUCCUAUGAAUAUAAUCAGCAUCAAUGAAGAUCCUGCAAUCAAUGCGUUCUUCUGAAAGCAACUCCAGGCAUAAUGAAGGAGUGAGAGAGAGGGCUAAAAAAAGCAAAGUUUUGUCUUUAUUUCCCAACUUCUUCCAGAGUAGUCCAACAUGUUUUUAUUUGAAAGCAACUCUCACUGACUUUGGUGGUGACAAAGAGCUUAUUCCCAAUAGUAUACACUGCAGGAUCACUGUUUUAUGCUACUGCUUUUGGACUCAAUUCCAGUCUUUUCCUUUGUCAAUUUCAUUUAUUUUUCUUAGAUUAAUAUCGUUCAUUCCUUCUUUUUUACUGUUUCACUAGGGAAGUGAGGGUGGGCAUGCAUUAGGGAGGCUGUGAAAGGGCAUUGGGGUCCCCACAGGGGAGUCCCCACAGGGAGAAUUUAAUCCCCUUCCCCAGAUCUAGUUGAACAAUAUUAGGGGAAAGGAUCCCAGAAAAAGUGGUUUCUUAAGUCUGGUGUCUUAACUCAGAUCUAGUUAAAAGAUACUAGGGGAAAGUAAAGGUAAAGGUUUCCCCUGACGCUAAGUCCAAUCAUUUAUUUAUUUAUUUAUUUAUUUACAUCACUUUUACCCUGCCUUUCUCUCCGAGGGGACUCAAAGCGGCUUACAGUAAAUAGGCAAAAAUUCAAUGCCUAAAAACAAUGUAAAAACAACAAUUGAUAUAAAGCAAUCUACAAAACAACAAUUCAUAUAAAACAGAUACCAUUACAAAAUAAAAUCACAUUAUAUAAAAUUUUAAGCAUGUCCAAGAUUAAAAUCCAUUCAUCCAGAAUCCUCAAUAAGUCUUUGUACAUGUCAUGUAAAGUCCAUGUUCUCAUUCAUUAAAAGCUUGCAUGCACAACCAUGUCUUUAAGGCUUUCCUGAAGCCUAGGAGAGUUGGUAUCUGCCUUAUGUUGCUGGGGAGGGUGUUCCAUAGCCAAGGAGCCACCACCGAGAAGGCCCUGUCCCUUGUUCCCACCAGCCUUACCUGCGAGGCUGGUGGGACCGAGAGCAGGGCCUCCCCCGAUGAUCUAAGAGUUCUAGAAGGCUCAUAGGGGGAGAUACGUUCGGACAGGUAAGAUGGGCCAGAAUCAUGUCUGGCUCUGGGGGUUAGUGCUCAUCUCCAUUUCUAAGCCGAAGAGCCGGCGUUGUCCGUAGACACCUCCAAGGUCAUGUGGCCGGCAUGACUGCGUGGAGCACCGUUACCAUCCCGCUGGAGUGGUACCUAUUGAUCUACUCACAUUUGCAUGUUUUCAAACUGCUAGGUUGGCAGAAGCUGGAGCUAACAGUGGGUGCUCACUCCGCUCCCGGGAUUUGAACCUGGCACCUUUUGGUCUGCAAGUUCAGCAGCUCAGUGCUUUAACACACUUUGCCACCGAAAAGAGGUUUCCUAAGCCUGAUGCCUUAACUCAGUUCUUGAUAUGAGGGCAAACAGGAGAGGAGACAUUUGUCUCCUGUGUGAUAGCAAAACAAAUGGAUAAAUCAAGUGGAGAAAAGAAUUAGGUGUGGUGGAGAAAGGAAAAUCUUCCAUUUAAUUUCAAUCCUUUGACUCUCUUGUAUUUUUCUGUUGGCUUCCAUGGGUGUGUGCUACUUCUCUCACAUAAGAAGCCUGAGCUUCUCUUCCCCUUCCAAAUAUGCUGCUGGGUCAAAUGGCCAGGCUUUCAAGGGAGCAAAAGCCAGAGGGAUAGGUACUACUGAAUCUCAAUCAGGUCCUCCUACGGGAUACCUUUUUGGGCUGGCAGUGGUAAAUAUGUCUUCCAAGUCUGGCCAUUAUCAUCCUGAUAGCCCUAAAAAUGAUGAAAAGGGGGCUGGACCUUCCUGGAGCGAAAACUGAUCUUUUGGCUGCUGAAUCAAAAAAUGGCAUUUUGUCCUUCCAAAUUCAGGAAGCUCCUGAAAAACAGAAUGGGGAAGCCACUGAAAUCAGGACACUGGAAACUGCAUGGGUUUACCCGAAUUGCACACCCCUACUUCUUAGUACCAUUGUUUUUCAAAGAACUUUACAGCAUAUCUUGUGAUUAACUUCUAGAGACUUAGAUAUUAAUAUAAGUGAAACCAGACUCUUGGGUAAUUUUUAAGAAUCAUUCAGCUCUUUUUCUGUGAGCAAGGAUGAGCCAGGGAAACAUGAAGCCAAGGAAAAUAUUCUGGCAUUAAUUCCUGGUGGUCUAGUGACAUUAUGUAUAUUGUUUCUUUAAACAAUUUUAUCAUGUGUGUACAUUCAACUCCAAAAUGCUUAGGUUUGACUUGAAGGCUGGAGCCAAACCAUUGGCCUGGUUUGACAUGAGCUUUUCAAAGUUCUAACUCCACAUAAUUCUUAACAAAAACAAUGGUUACAAUUUUAAGAGAAAAAUAAAUCAGCAUGGACACUCCCAGUGAAAGUUUAUUGGAAUCUUAUAAUCAAGUCAGCUACCAAUUUAUCUUUUUCCUGAUUUCUGUUUCUGGAAUGAUUUUCAGAAAUUGGCUCCUUGAAAAUGGCAAUGGUCCAUAAUAAUUUUGUUUUCCACAAAACCUGAAAUCCACCUCUUAGCUUUGAAACUUGUGACAUCAUAUUUGAACAGCCAAAGACAGAAACGCUCAUAGAGGACACCACGCACUACUGAAAGUCACAAUCACAAAUUCUGUCAAAUGAGUGGGACUUUUAAAACAACACUGCAACGCUGCUGUAUAGACCCUGUUGAUUUCAGAUAGGCAUAUAUUGGAAAGGUUUGAAGUAGGUGGUGCCCACUAUAUUAUAAAUAUGCAAUGUACUCCUUUUAAAACACAUACACACAUGCAUGAAUAACACUUUGCAGUUCAGAGUAUUUUCUGUUCUCAAAUUUUCACAUGUGUCACAAGUGAACAGAAUGCAGGCAGUCCCCAAGUUACAAACAAGAUAGGUUCUGUAGGUUUGUUCUUAAAUUGAAUUUUUAUGUAAGUCAGAACAGGUACAUUUUUAAAAUUUAAGUAUAUAUUUGUAGCUUUGGAUAGCACAGGGAAAGGUAAUGCGCUUGUGGCAUUUGUUUUGCUGUCUGUGCCCCUAUUUAAAAGAUUUUACCUCACUUGCUGUCCCUGAGAUAACUGAAUUUUUAAAAAUUUGGUUUGUUGUAGAAACAAGGAUUGGUGAUAAAACUUCAGAUGAGAAACCUUUUCCCCAUGAAACUUUUUCAGGAGUGAACUUUCCUUUCCUAGGGGUAGAUUUCUCUCACUUAUUGUUUCACCUCCAUUCUUAGCUAUGAGUUAUUUGUAAUUCAGAUGUUUGUAACUUGGGAACUGCCUGUACUAGAAUUAUACUGCCUCAUCAAACAUAUACAAUGGAAGUUGACAAUUUUGGUGGAUCUGUGGGUGAAAUCUUCCCCUUUAAACUCUUAGGGGACCAACUGGACUGCAAGGAAAAAAGGUUUAAAAACCCUAACAUCAAAUGUGGAAGGAAUGGUCCAGACAGCUGCCUACCAAAUUGUUAACCAGGGAGCACUCAACUCUCACAUUAUAACAGUUUCGCUGGCUAUCAAUCCAUCUCUGAGCACAAUUAAAAGUGUUGGUUAUGAACUAUAGAGCUCUAUAUGGCUUGGGUUCAGCCUAUUAAAAGAAAUAUAUCUUUGCACAUGACUCUACCUAGUUUAGAGAAGGAGGACCUCUGCCUUUUUGGCCCAUGCUGUCUCACAUUUUGGGCUAUACUGUGGCACCCUGUGCACCCUAUCUCCAUUCCCCAUCAUACAAUGGGGAUGGGACAGGGUCCGUUGGCACCUGUCCUUGUUCCCAUCAGAUGGGAGAUAAAGAGGCAACACACAGCAAGGGGCCGGGCUGUGGUGCAGGCUGGUGAGCAGCCUGCUGCAAUAAAUCACUCUGACCAUGAGGUCAUGAGUUCAAGGCCAGCCCGUGGCGGGGUGAGCACCCGUCAAUUUAAAAAAAUAUAGCCCUGCUCGUUGCUUACCUAGCAACCCAAAAGAUAUUUGCAUCUAUCAAGUAGGAAAUAAGGUACCACUUAUAAAGUGGGGAGGCAAAUUUAACUAACUUACGACAUUGGAAUGAGGAAGUGCCGUCACAGUGGAUGAUGAAGCAGCUGCUCCCCCCUGUAGCCAGAAUUUAAUAUCCCCUCAGGAGAAGGUUAAAUUGCCUCUGCGUCUGUCUCUGUCUCGGUUCUAUGUGUAUAUGGGCAUUGAAUGUUUGCCUUAUAUGUAUAUAAUGUGAUCCACCCUGAGUCCCCUUCGGGGUGAGAAGGGCAGAAUAUAAAUAUUGCAAGUAAAUAAAUAAGUAAAUUGCCCCACUGCCCUUUCCCUCAUCAUACAGGGAAAGGGGGGGGGGAGUGUGGGUAUGUUGCACCCCAGGGCAGCGUGAGCACUGAAAACCAGACAGAGACCAAUAAACAUAUAAUAUCUUUAUUAAAACAAUUAUAAAUCCAGGAAUGAAUAGGUGGAAAGGUUGAGCAGAUAAUAGUCCUUUAUGAAAAGGUAUGAAUUAGUCCAAAGAAUUGAAGGGAAAUGUACAAUAUUAUUGUCCAAAGUCCAGAAACCGAAACACAGUCAAAACUGUUGGAAAGUUCUUGAGCGGGGGAAAAACAAGGAAGCAAGACUGAAAUAACAAGGUCCAAAGUCACUAGGAAGUCUUUGAUAUCCAGGCAGGAGCGUGAUGAAACUGAGGCAAAACUUGGUUCAGGAGCUAGGCAAGGGAGUAGACUUAAUCCGGGUCUACUCGGGAGUUGCGUCUCGGCUUGGCCGCCAGGAUCUGGAAACUUGGCUUGGAAGAAACAGGAGCUAGAGUCGGUGAACCUUUCUCAGGAAAUAGCAACGUUGACAUCGCGAAGUGUCCACAGUGCAAAGCACUUUUAUGGAACUUAGAUUUGAUCACAAACAAGGAAACCCAAACUCCCUAAAGGUUCCCAAGGGAAAACCUUCUAUCCAUUAUCCCCUCGAGAUGCCAAGCGGUUACUCCUGCAGAUGUCUUGUUUCUCAGAUCUCUGGUGAUGCAGAAACUCCCUUCUGUUGAAGGACACAUUCUCUGGGGAACUAAGAACAUCUGGUUCCUCCAUGGGAGUAAUAUUUUCACUUUCUAUGCCAAUUAAGGAAUCGUCCGAGCUAUCAACAGCCGACAGCUGUAAUUGGAAAGAGCUCUGUGGACUAGGUAAAAAGUCAGAAUAAGUUUCCUCCUGGUCAUAGUUCAUUUCUGGAUCAGGUUCAGAAGCCAAAGGUGGCUGGGGUAUGACAGGGUAGCUCCCCUAUGGUGGAAAGCACCUUUCGGCAUUUUCCCUCCAUUUUGGGAGGAAUGUGAGCGGGGCCUUCUGUGCGUCUUCUGAUGGCGCUCGGCAGACCCUGUCCUAGUCACGAAUAAAAACAGCAAAACUGGGCUAUUUUGCCCCAUGUAAAAAGGUCUUUGUCAACCACCUUCACAAACAUGGUGGGAACAUGACAGUGGGUGUUCGCUGUGGCUCUUCCCAGGUUCUGGACCUCUCUUCCUAAAGGAGAUCAAGUUGGCUUCUUUUUUGCUGUCUUUUCAUCAGAGAAUUGAAUGUUUUGUAAGAAAAUUGUUUUUUAACAUCAAGUUUUACAUUCAUUCUGUGUUUUAUAUUUAUUGAAAAUAGGGUUUUUUUAUAAUUAAACACUAGUCAAGUCAAAACGUUUUGAUAUGUUUUUAACAAUAUUUGUUUUUACUCACAAUUUUCUAUAUUUGUGAGGUAUAGUGUCAGCUUGAGGGAAAAACAGUGUAAAAACAAAAUGAUGGAAGGAUGAGAUCAAAAGACCACUUCUGGGUUUGAAAAGCAGAAUAAUCAGUCAGGGUUUUCCAGGAGAGGGAAUUCAUAGAAAAUGAAUGGUCUGAAAAAGUCAAGGGUUGGGCUCACAAAAACAUUCUCAGGGGGCUCAGGUGCACAGGCAGAUGUGCACAUUUGGCUACCAUCUAGUGGCCCUUUUGUCCCCUGGCUACUUACCAUCAUGUUCCUUCUUAAUAUUCUUAAAGAUGAAUGGAAACUUCUGGCUAUUGUCCAACCAGCUUACUGAUGCAGGGCAAAAGUUUAUCCUACAGUCUCUGCUUGUGCUCUCCACACAGAAGUGGAAAGCACACCAUCCCUUUAGGUUGAUUCUAGACCCUAGGAUUCAGGUUUUGCCCCUGCGAGAGUCAAAGCAAAUGUUAAUUGGUGAUAGAGUUGACUAAUAAUUGUUCAGCCUAUUCUAGAUGGGAUUCCCACUCCCUGUAAAGGAUUAGGGUUGCACUUUGAUAGUACAAUAAAAUUUGACCUGGUAGAUACAUGUUCUGGCAGGCUAUGUGGCUUGUGGCAUUUGAUCACCAAGAACUUAAUUGUGCAACAGAUGUUACCACUCCUGGUAAAAAGUUGACUUAGAUACAAUUACAUUAGUCUGUUGACAUUUAGACUGGGCAAUAGCAAUAUGCAGUAAAUGGGGCUGCAUUUGAAGGCUAUCUGGGAAUUACAACCACUGCAAAAUGCAAAAGCCAGAUUGCUAGCUGGCUCAAGAAUAAGGAAAUCUGUCUUGCCAGUUCUAAAGGACCUAUAUUGGCUGCCAAUCUGUUUAGUCUGUUUCUGAAAACAAAUCAAAACACUGACCUUAGCUUUUAAAGACCUCAAUGGCUUGAGAUCAGGGUACCUGAACAAUUACUUGAGCCCCCCCCCCCCCCCGAGCCUCUCUGAUGACUAAAAUUGUUUAUAGUUUCCAUACCUCCCAAAGGAAUGAGACUGAAGAGAAGGCAAACCUGUGACAAAAAGUCAGUUGGGUUCUAUUCCCUUGGCCAUUUUCCCUUGUAUCGUACUUGGUAGUUUUUAGAAUGAGACUGAAACUGGCUUUACCUUUGAAGAGAGUCUAGCUCUACUGUUAUUUUGAUAUUAUCAUAAUCUGUUGUCUGCUUUAAUUUAUAUAAUAAUUGCCAUACCUGACUUACUGGAUGGGGAAAGUUGUGGGCAGUACUACUGCCCACCUGUCAUCUUUCUCCCUCCCUCUUGAUCUCCCUCUUCCCAGAGGGCUGCAUGGUGAGCGCCUUGUUUCUGGGAGGUAGAAAUGGCCAGCUAAUAAUUUCAAAGGGUUUCUGGGCUGUAUGGCCAUGUUCCAGAAGUAUUCUCUCCUGACGUUUCACCCACAUCUAUGAGGUAUACUUCACAACUUCUGAGGAUGCCUGCCAUAGAUGUGGGCGAAAUGUCAGGAGAGAAUACUUCUGGAACAUGGCCAUACAGCCUGGAAAACACACAACAAUCCUGUGAUUCUGGCUAUGAAAGCCUUCGACAACACAAUAAUUUCAAACCUUGUUGGUUCCUUCUGAUUGGAUGGUGGGGUGCAGAUCUGAGGGAGAAUUUUCUCCUUCAGGUCUGCCUCUCUAGAAUAAAUACAGGCUCCCCAGCACCCCAAGUGCAGUUGGCCUCAAUCACUCACUCUUGCUGUCAGCUGUAACAAACAAGUUGUGGUCUUUUGUUUUCCAAAAAUAUUGUUUUGUUGUGUAUUUUUCUGUGUCCUGGUGCUUCCUCCAGGAAGGAUAUGGUUGUUCUGCACACACAACUGUUCUCCUUGCAUCUGAGGGUUGCUGGGUUUUUUUGUUGCUGUUGUUAUUACAUAUAUUCAUAUUCUGAUUCAACUCCAGUGAGCUCAUGGUGGUAUACCUAGUUCUCUUCUACAUUUUUAUCCUCACAAAAACUGUCAAGUAGCUUUGGCUGUUACAUAGGGACUGGCCAAAGUCAGCAAAUGAACUUUAUUCUCAAAGAAAGAUUUUAACCAGGGUCUCGCCAGUUGUAAGCCAAUAGUAUAACCAGUAUACUGUGCUGACUGUGGCUAUGUAUUCCUAACUGCCUUAUGAAUCAUUGUGAUCAAGAGGUGGGACAGAAAAAUUAAAUAAAGUAGUCAUAGAUGCCCAAAAACAUGAAAGAGUGUGUAGCAAGUGUUAAGAAAACACAUCACAAAACAGGAGGUAUUUUUCAACACAUAAAAAUGUGUCACCUAAAACAAGUUUUGGCCCUAGUUAGGCAUAGUAUAUAUGCAUUGGGGGAAGGGAUGUGAUAUUUGCCAUUAAUAUACUGAACAGUAUGUUUGUUGUUAUGUGCCUUCAAGUCAACUCUGAUUUAUCCUUACACUGUAUCCUAGAAAUAUUAUAAUUUUGCCACUCAACAUUUUGGGAUGGUUUUUUUUUUGGGCAUCUUUGGCACCAUAUUUUCAGGGGAAAAAUACAGUCCAAUGUUGUAUCUUUGUGUGCAUGAAUGUGUUGUGUAAGAUGUAGUACAGUAUAAAGGUAAAAGUAAAGGUUUCCCCUGCCGUUAUGUCCAGUCAUGUCUGACUCUGGGGGUUGGUGCUCAUCUCCCUUUCUAAGCCAAAGAGCCGGCGUUGUCCGUAGACACCUCCAAGGUCAUGUGGCCGGCAUGACUGCAUGGAGCGCCGUUACCUUCCCAUCUGAGCGGUACCUAUUGAUCUAGUCACAUUGGCAUGUUUUCGAACUGCUAGGUUGUCAGGAACUAGAGCUAACAGCGGCUGCCCAUGCCACUCCUGGGGUUUGAACUUGGGAUUUUUCAGUCUGCAAGUUCAGCAGCUCAGUGCUUUAACGCACUUCGCCACCAAGGUUCCUGUAGUACAGUAUAGUAUAUAGUAUAUUUAGUAGUACAGUGCAGUUGAUGUUCCAGCUAAAGAGCAGCAAAAUUACUAGAUCCUCUUAAAUAUAUUAAAACAAUGUAUUAAACCCUUGAUUCAUCUGAUAACUUUCACCCUAUCCCUCUCUCCACAUAAACAAUUUGGGUUUUUUCCCCCAAUAGCAUUUGAGUAAAUUGUUAACACUUCUCUGGGCUGUUUUUAAAAGAUGGCUGAUGUGAGGUAUUCUAGAUCUUAAUGACACUAUUAAUCAAAACAGUACUUUUUAAAUGUAAAAUAUAGCUUUUCUACAUGGUAAUUAAUACCAUGGUAAUUAAUUCAAUGGCAGUUCUUUGUUUAGAGAAGAAAAUGAUGGAGAAAGGUACAAUAUUACAAUCCUAAACAUUUGCACUGGAGUAAUCAUAGGCUAACAUAAGUAAUACAUGCACACUUUUUUUCUCCUCCCUUUUUUAGUACACUUCACACUGUUCAGUAAACCCCAUAAAUCCUAGAAGCAGCUUAUUCAUAAAUUGAGAAUAAUAUUCAAAUAAUAAAAUUAUACUGGAUCACGCCAGUAGUUUGGUUAAGCCAGUACUCUGUUCACAUAGUAGCUAAUCAGUUGGUAUUGAUUUAUCGUGUCAGAAGAAAAUUGAGAAUACAGUUAUCAUAUAUAAAUGGUUGGUUAUAUGAAAGAUACAAACAGGAUGAAUAGAACAGCACAAUUACAAUUGUACUUUGCAAUGGACAUCCAGAAGCAUACUGCCUCUGGUCAGGAGUAUAUAUCCAACAUGAUUGAUAACUAGUACAACUUCCAUAUUAAAGAACCACAGUUCUACUUGCCCAUGGUUUCACUUAUUCAUGUAGGGCCUUCUCUAUAAGCUACACCUUCUGUUCAUUACCUGUGCCAUUCAUCUCAUUAUAAAUAAUAGGUUUAACUAUUAUCUAUGGUUUCACAUGUUUAUGCAAAGUCUGGUAUCAUGUCCCCCAUGAAUAUGGGGGUCAUGUAGUAUUGAUAGCCCAAUCUUCUUAUCACCUUAAAUCUAUCCAAGUAUUUAGCUGUCACUGCAUCUUGUAGGAACAAAAUCCAUAAUUUAACUAUGUGCUAUAUGGACCACUUCCUUUUAUCUGUCCUGAAUCCUUCCUCACUAUUCAACUUUGGUGAAUGGUUCUAGCUUCCAUUAUUACAUAAUUAUAGUGUCCAUGAUUUCAGUCCAAGAAGCCUGCUUUUUAUUGAGGAACAGAAAAAUAUGAACCUGCUUUGAGUCAAGCCAUUUGUGCAUCUAUCCCAGCAAUGUGACUCUUAGGGUGCAUCUACACUGUAAAUUAAUACAGGUUCUCUAACUGCCAGGCUCAAUGGUUUGGAAUCCUGAGAGUUUUAGUUUGGCGAGGCAUGAAUACUAUCUGACAAAGAAGGCUAAAAAACUUAUAAAAUUGCAACUGCAUUGGGCCAUGCAACUGUAGUGAAAGUGGUGUCAAACUGUACUAAUUAUACAGUGUGAAUGCAUACUGACUAUGACUAGCAGUAAUCUCCCAAAUUUUAAGCAAGAUUCAUUCCUAACCCAAGAUAGAGAUGUCAUAGAUUGAACCAGAAAUGUAUGAUAUGCAAUAAUUGUAUUUUACUAUAGGACAUAAGACGAUGGAUUCAGAUUACAAGAAAAGAGAUUCUAUCUAAACACUAUGAAGAACUUUACUUUGCUUUAAACUGUCAGGUAGUGCGAUAGACAGCUUCAGGGGAAUGGGACGGACUCACUUUGUUUUGUUUUUUUUAAUAACAGAGGUUAAAUGGGCAUCUUUCAGAGGUGCUGUAAUUAUGUAUUCCUGCAGAAAGUGGAAUUGGACCAUAUUGCUCUUGUUGCCCCUUGCAAAUCCAAGAUUCUAUUAUUUUAUGAGUAAUAAUAAUAAUAAUAAUAAUAAUAAUAAUAAUAAUACUUUAUUUAUACCCCGCCACCAUCUCCCCAACGGGGACUCGGGGCGGCUUACAUGGGGCCAUGCCUAAAACCAUACAAUAUAACAGAAUAUAAAACAACACAUCAUAUGUGUGUGUGUGUGUGUGUGUGUGUGUGUAUUCUUGUUAGGAUUAGUCAUCUUGGUUAUAACAUAGAUAGAAUGAUAGUCAGAUGAAUAGGACUCAGUUUAGAAUGCAUUCCAUAUAUCUACAUUUUAGAGUCGACAUAAUGGGGUAGGGAUUUACAAGAAAUCAUCCUGAAAAUUGGGUGCAAAGCAGCCCAAUUUUUGAAUAGAUUUUUUGCUCAUUUUAAGAAAUUCCAAUACUUUAUCAAGCCACCUAUUAAUAUACUGGCAACUCUGGCUCUCCAGUGGUGUUUAGCUUUCAACUUUCAUCAGUACUAACUAGCAUAGCCAAUGAAGUCAGAUGAACUGCAGCCCUCCAAAACCUGGGCCCCAGAUUGCCCACUGCUACCUUAAGACAUGGGCAUUGCCAGGUAAAAGCCGGUUGAAAUUUUGUUAGAGUUCACCAAAGGGCUAAUGACUCAUUCUGCUCAAUUAUGUUGUGACUAAUAGAUAUUGCCAAAACAGAGGAGAAAAAAGGCAGAGUUUUGCAUGACAUUGCAUAUGUUUACUGAUCUGUGAGCUUAGAAACGUCAUAUUUUAAAUUGAAAUAUGUCCCAUUACAUUGUAAUCCAACAGAUGAACUAGUGUUACCAGUCUGUCAUAAACUUCAGGGACACUACUAUCACUUUUUAUUGUUUUUAUUAUUCAAUACGGAGUUCACUGGGAGAGUCCUUCUAGUUGACAAAUAGAGGACUCUGCAAUAGACUGUCAAAUAGAGAACUCUACAAUGUAUAGAAGAACACAAAGCUAUCCUAUAUGAAUCUCCUCAAAACAGCAAGUCAGAAUGGCCAGAAUAAUUGGCCUUUCAUUUGACCAGACUCCUCCCAUCCAUAUUGGAUGAUUUCAUACUAUGUGAACUAUAAAUAAGACAGACAAGUGAUUUCUUCCCAAGAGAUACAAAAUUUGCAUGGUCAAAAUCAUAGAAAUGUCCUUCCCCCAUUCCCCUUUAAGAAUUUGCUCUGUCCUAGGUCUGUUCAGUGUCUAGAAUUCUGUCUUUGAAAUGCUGAGUUCUCACAUGUCCCGUGAGCCUCAUUUUGGAAGUUAUUUCAUAUACUGUACCUUGGCAGUGCUUGCGGACAGCAGUGAGACUGUACUAAACAAGCACACCCUGAAGGAGCUGAAUUGAACUAACAUGAGCCAAAGUAGCUGCAGAGCUUAAAGCUUUAAACAAGAAUGGAAGAGAACCUUUCUUCCCCCUGGAGAGAACUGGACUUAUGCUUCCCAUGCCGAGAAAAUUCAUGGAUGAAAAGGGAAAGCUGUGGAGCUAUUAAAAUAUAUUGGCACAAGGCAUUAGGGAGAACAUCUGUGCAUGCACUGAUGGAGUGAAUAAGGGAGUAGCACCGGAGUGAAGAAAUGGGCUUUACUUAAAGAAAGGCUUUGAGAAGGAUUUGACUUGAUGGAUAGGGAAGGGAAAGGAGUUUACUUGAUGGAUGAAGGCCGCUGUUCCAAACACAAGGUAAACAGGGCAGGAAGUUAUGAUUUAAAAGCAAACGAAUUUAAAUGUGUGACUCAAGAAUUCCCAAAAUGGAUACUGCGAAGGGUUUAUUAAAUAAUCCGGUGCUCCCAUAAGCCCAGAGAAUGAAUGCACAGAAGAGUCUAUCAGUCUCAACGCUGAGUGAUGUACCACUUUGCAUUUUCUUUCCUGAAAUCAGCAACCUCCGAGGGUGGCUUGUAGUGUCAUGUUUGUGGAUCAUUCAUUCAGUCCCAGUAAAAAAGGUGUUCACUAUACACCACAAUACAAUGCAUGUAGAGAGACAUUUUAUGUGAAUGCAUGAGCCCUGCUAAAAUGACCAAAAGCCUAACUAGUUUACCAUUUUGUUCAAACAGUGGCCAAGUUUUGCCUAUGGGAAGCCAAUGAGCAGAAUGUGAGUGCAAUAGCUCCUGCCAUUUUCCUACCUAUGAAGGGAGUAGGAUUAUAUGUUUCCUGUCUGUAUCAUGCCAAACCAAUAUGCUUGCCAAACCAAUAUGCCGCUACAUCCCCCCACCCUGUCCAAUCAACUGUGCAUUCAGCAUUAAUGUGAAAACAUCCCUUUGUACAUAUCGCUCCUUCAUGCCAUUGGGUAACCUGGUCAGUUUUAUCAUAGGACCAGUCAAAGCAUCUCGUUCACAGCAUCACGACCCUUAGCAGACAUGGUAAAUUAAUGGGAUUCCACUCUCCGAGCAUGUGCACCAAACCUUCCAAUUCAGGCGUUUCACUGAUGAAAAGUAAAAUGUGUGAUGACAAGCAAUACCAGUGUGUGGUCAAAAUGUUGUGCAGAAAAGUUAGGAUAGGCUGCAGCUGUUUGCUUUUGUCUGAGCUUUUGAAGAAGGGCUAGAUUUUGUCCCAUUUCUAUUCUCCCCACUGCAGAGUUGAAUGAGUGAUAACUACUGUAUUUCAUUGUGUAAUAGUCGCCACCGCAUAAAAAAUAUGAACAAAAAAGUUGUAUUUUUGUUUUUCUCACUUAAUAGUUGCAUCCCACAUUUUCCUUUUCUGCUCUCAGCAUCUUGCCCAUCUCACUUUCCUUGCCUUGGUCCAACCACAGCAGGAAGCUAUCUGGCAACCUGGUCAGGUUUACUUGGAAGUAAAGUGCCUCUGAGUUCACUGCCACUCCUGGGUAUGUAUGCAGGACGUAAGCAGGACAAAACGUGCUAAAAAGUCAGGUUAAUGAUUUUCUGAACAUUUCCUUAACAUAGUAUUUUUUAUGUUCAUAAUUUUUUAUUUUUUAUUGUGAACUGCAUAUUAUAUGCAACAUAAAUGAAUUGUUUUAUUUAAUAUUAUCAAUUCCAUGGACAUUUGCUGGAGUGAUGCCGUACCAUUAAAAUUGCGCAAAAAAUUGCGUCCCCAUUAAAGUUGCACAAAAUUUGUCGCAACUAAAUCUCCCUUAAAUUCACAGCCAAAGGUUGGUCACCCUAGUUAGAAGUUAUACUUCACUGAACAUAUAAUACAGGAAUUUAUGGUCAUAUGCUAAAGAGGAAGAACAAAAUAAUCAGAUACAGUGUCUGGAAAAAUUAAUUUUAAAAACCACGAUCCUCAAUAUACUAAAGGUGGAAUGUGCAUUGAUCAUACUAGGUGGCGGUUUCUAGGAACUGUAGCCUGAAAAGUAACAUUUAAAACUCUGAUUUGAUUUCAGAGGAGGGUAGAUAGAACAGCUAUUCCCAGAGAAACAAUCUGAGCAACCUGUCUAAAAGGUUGUUUUACACCUAAAUUGCAAACCAUUUGUGGCAUCAGAGGAAACUAUGCUUCUAAUUUUAAUCCAGAAAAGAGUGUGGCUCAGCUAUUAACAUUUUGGGACAUGCUAAAGCAAGACAAAAGACUUGGCCAUACUUCAAAGCAAGGCUUUGCUCUGCAGAUGAUGCAAGCAAUGAUUGCCUUAUUACCUUCCAGGUUGAGAAAUGCCAGAGCUUGGAAUACUUGCUUUUUGGAGGCUAUGUCUCCCAAAGUAUCCAUGCAGACUAAAAGAUUCUGGAUGCUAUAGUCCUCAAAGUAACUCUUCUGAACUCUGGGAAAUUUAAAUGCAUGGCACCAGUCAAAAUCUAAACAGCUAGCAUCAUUCAAUACCAAGCACAAUUUCAUGCACCAACACUGAGCAUUCCCUUUUUAUGGCUUAAUUAGCUUGAAUUACACUAUUAAUAUGUGUUUCCUUUCCAAAAACCUUUUAUGUCCGAGGAGAAUUUGGUGUCUACACUCUGGUUUUUAUAAGAUUUUGAAAGUAGAUGAUAAAGCCUUGCAAUUUUUUUAAAAUGAUAUUCCCUUAGAAAGAGGUUGAUGUGAGGCAGCUAAACAAAUAAUGCCAAGGUUAGCUUUUCUUCCACUAGUUUCUGCUUCUUGUCAGCUCCAUUUUCUUCCUCCUCCUCUUCCCUCAUUACAUUCAGUCUCAUUUGCCCACACUGCCGUUUAAUACUAUUGGCUUUGGGGAUAUUGUUUAUGAGUCAUGUCAAGCAGAACAUGAUGAAAUCAUGGCAAUCUCAUGUGGGUUGCUACAGCUAAGAGGAAUAAUUACAGAGCUUGGGAAGUUACUUUAGAAAAGUAACCUAUUGUGCAACUGGCUACAAAGGCACAAAAGGGAUUUUAAAAAAUUGAUAGUUUCAUUACCUGUAGUUUUUCUUCUUUCUUUCUUUUCUUUUAAAAAUCCAUUUAGGAUUCAUAAGAAUGCAUUAAACUGGCUUGGUCCUCAAUAAGUCUCUGUAUGUAUGGCAGAGAAGGCUUAAGCCAGUGGUUCUCAACCUGUGGGUCCCCAGAUGUUUUGGCCUUCAACUCCCAGGAAUCCUAACAGCUGGUAAACUGACUGGAAUUUCUGAGAGUUGUCAGCCAAAACACCUGGGGACCCACAGGUUGAGAACCACUGGUUUAAGAUGUUGUAAAACCACAACUCCCAUGAAUCCAUAGCAUGGGAGUGGUGUCGAACUGCAUUAAUUCUACUGUGUAGAUGCACAUUCAGUUGUAGCACCCCCCCCCUCUUUAUGGAAUGUUAUUUUCUUGAAUAACACACACACUUGAGGACCCCCUCCCCCCCAAAAAAAACCUAUAUUGUUAUCAAUCUCUUGAGGAUUCCCCCUCCCCCAAAUGUUUGGUGGAGCAAAACUUUUUAAAUUAUUCCUAAUGAUUAUUAUUCCUUUAAAAAAUUAAUGUCAUUUCCAUUAAAUAACAUAUUCCACUUGAAAUGUAACUUUAUACACCCUUGGUGUACACUGAGUGUAUACCAGUAAUUCUCUGCAUCCUGUGGGUGUACAAAGAAUUAGUGGUAACUGAAUUACUUAUUUAGAAGUUCCAGUUGACUGAUAAUAUUGACAAAUGAGGCAAAUGACUGAAAUAAAGGGAAAAUAGAUCCAAAAAUAUACCUGAAAAGUUGUAGAUGAGAUUAUGACAAACCCUUCAGAUUGCCAAAAAUGUUUUCAGCACUCAAGAAAAGAAAACACGACUCAAUGGGUAAAACUAGGUUGUCCAUAAAAUUAUUAAUUGCUUGGAGAAAACUCCAUUAAAAAGUAUUAUACUUUCUACAUUUGAGUAACAUGUAGCAGCGGUUCAAUAAAAUAGCUUAUCCACCAUUGCAGCCAUGUUUUCAGCAAGUUGACAAGUGAAACCUAAUUUGGAAGACUGAAGACAAGUUCUGCUCAUGCAGCCUAGUUGUGAUUUGUUUUGUUUUGCUUCAUUUUGUUUUAUUAAUAUCCUGUUUUUCUCCCACAUGGGACCAUAUGUUAAAACAAUACUGUUAAACAUUAAUUUAAAAUAAUUAAAAUGCAUUUAAAAACUGCCCAUUGCACUAGCCCAACCAUCUGAAAUACUGAAGGCCUAUAGGUUGCUUUUAGACUGUUGGCAGAAGGAAAACAGAUAAUAGACCAACCAAGCUUCUCUUAGCAGUGAUUCCCAUAACCUGGGAGCAGCCACUGCUCUCUUCCAGGUCUUCACCAGACAUAUAUAUGAUGGUUGUAGGACCAAGAAAAAAAAGAGAAAGCCCGUCUAUAAGAUCUUAAAAAAUACAAGUAGAUUUGUGUGAAGAUCUUUGGUUUUUCAUAUAUAAGUCAUACAUGGUAUUGCAGGUCAUAACCAGCACUUAGAACUGUGCUCGGAAAUGGUUUGAUUGCCAUGAAGUCCAUAACAGAUAACUUAAUUUUUGCAAUUAUGUUUAAAUUCCCCCCUCCAAUUCUAUUCUUAAAGGUUCUAAUACACAAACUAUUGCCACUUGAUCACACUUUGCUUGUAACAAUGCAGCGCAAAUGAAACCAUAUUGCUCUGUAGAAUAAUACAUUAAUCAUCAUCAGUCGUCAUUCAGCUCUGUACAGUGCGUUCCUUCCAAGCAGUGCAAAAAUAUGAACAGAUAUCCUCACGAGAAGGAUAAAUGUCUUAUCUCAUAGUUCACCUAGCUUGGAAUACAUAAUGGGGUUGCAUUGAGAAUGCAUGUUAUUUAUCAUCCCUUGUAUGGGGCAAAAGGCAGUGAUGGAUGCCUUUUGAACCAUGAGAGAUUUAUGAAGGUUUUUACUCUUUGAGUGCUGUGGAAUCACAGCGUUGGAGUCCCAUUUGUGCAAUGAAUUUUCAGUCUACUUAAUGAUCUAUUUAUUUAUUUAUUUUAAUUUUUAUUCAGACCGAAGAGAUUGGGAUGUCUCCUUUUCCUUUUUAAAAUGCCAAGCAUCUCGCUUUUUGAACAAAUGUAAACCAGUCAAAUUAGAACUAAAAUAAUGAUAUAUUGUCAAUGCUUUCCUAAUCUGAUCAGUUGGAUUACUAGUUAUAACAUUCUUCAUAGCCUGAAUUUAAUCACCCAGGCUACAUAAAAGCCAGGAACAGCCUUAAUGGCAAAUUCCCCUGCAAGAGCUGGUGAUGCAGUUGGUUUUAAGUUAAUGACAUUGAAGCUUGGUGACAGAGGCCAGAAUCCUAUUGGUUAGUUCCAGAUAGAAUAGACCCAUUUUUAUCAAAUGUUGAAUGGUGAGUCCACAUAUAAACAAAUCUCAUUUUAUCAAAAAAAAUCUACCAAACUUUUAGAGAGCCAGUAUGAUGUAAUGCAGUUGUUCUCAACCUGUGGGUCCCCAGAUGUUUUGGCUUUCAACUCCCAGAAAUCCUAACAGAUGGUAAACUGGCUGGGAUUUCUGGUAGUUGCAGGCCAAAACAUCUGGGGAUCCACAGGUUGAGAACCACUGGUGUAGUGAUUUGGGCAUUGGAGCAAGAGUACUCAAGUCAUGGAAAACCAUUAAGUGACCUUGAGCAAGUCGCACUCUCUCAACUUUAAAGGAAGGAAAAGGCACCCACUCCUGGUGAAUACAUAUUGCCCAAAAAGAUAGAGUUGACAUACACCAGACAUAAAUUGAAGACACAUAGCAACACCAACAACCAAAACUGUACAACUGAUAUACACAGUGUAAUUUGGGAGCAGGUACAUUUUAUUAUGUGUAUAUUUAAUUUAAAACAAAUACUUUUUUUGACUUACACAAAGCCAUGCACACCUUCAUCGAGUGCAAAUACCAAAUCUGCCUGGACACAUUAACCCAGGCACAUGUUCCUAGCUGAACAAAUGCUUUCUCCCCUUAAAAGGAGGAGUUCAGCUUUGACCCACCCUCCCACCCUUUAACAGUGUACUUUAAGGGCCAUCAAUGAGACCGGGUAGGAAGUUUUCUAAGUCCCCCCCCUACCCUAGACUGUCCAGGGCAAAUUGGGUGACUGGGCUUUAAAUAGGUUAUCAUGCAGAAAAAACAAGGAUAGGUUUACAUCUCGGUGUGCACCUAAGGCACCCCUUUGUGGUGUAGGCCAUGAACGGGAACCUUCAUCUGCCGUUAAAAGAACCAAGGUGAGGGCGAAUAGUAAUGGCCUUGAGCUGAGAGAGUUCUGGUCUCAAUAUCCUCUGGAAUUGGGAUGAAAUUCUCCAUCUGUUUCCGUGAAUGGUUGCCCUGGAAUCAACAGUUUGUUGCAGCCAGGGACCAUGUUGUCUCGCCCUUGAUAGAUGAGGAGUAGGUCUUGGAUGGCCACUGCCUUGGUUUAAUUGAACACCAAGUUCAUGCCCUUAAAUUGGUUGCCAGUUCACAUAGAAAUUGAUUGGUAACAUUUAAUAAAAGUUGCCCAUAUUUUAAUCCACACUGUUGUGUUGACUCAUUAUUUCACUGGUUUGGGAGCAAAUCACUUUAUCUAUGUAUGGUGACCUUCUGGAGACUUCAUAAAUCCCAUGGCAUUUGUGAAGGCUCAGAAAAAAAUGGUCAGCUAUUUAUUUAUUCUACCGGUUUUGGGUUUUAGAGGUAGAGCUGCCAUACCACACAGUCUGCAUGAAAUCCUGUUAUCAUUAUCAUGCUCAAUACUAAUAUCCCUCUUUUUCACAAGGAGACUCAAAGCAGCAUAUAACCUUAUUGCUAAUGCUCCAGCAUUUUUUUACAAGUAGAUUUUCUGUACAACAACAUUACUUUCUGCACACAAAAAAUUCAAACAAAAAUGCACCUUUCUUCGCCAGGUUUGAAGUAAGACUCAGCUUCCAAUCCAUUAAACUUACAGUCAAUAAAUUGUUGCCAGCCUUCCAUUUCUCUUUUCUGAUUUCUUUUCACAGAAGGCAACUUUUUCAUUAUUAUUUUAAAAAAACCUUUUCUUCUUUGCUUCAGGCAGCAAAAUAUCUUACCUGUUUAUUUGCUCUUUUCUAUACAAAAACUGAAUAUAUAUAAGACUGUAUCCUAGCCUUCUUGCUUUCUAGUCUAGACUUAUUACCCAACACAGAAAACCUCCCAGAAAUAUUUCCAAAAAUAUUAUAAACCAUGACUUGGAGAGGAUGUAUUUCUGGGCUUUGCUACUUUUUCUUUCAUCGUAAUUAUAUUCUCAGAUGUUCUACAGCCAUGCUGUAAAUCCACUGCUUUGAAAUUAAGUCAUAUAAAGAAAACAAAAAAGAAAUCAAUGACAUAAAUGCAGCACAUACUUUAUAUUACCAAGAAAGACAGAUGCAUGAGUAAUUGGAUAUGGUGCAAAUUAAUGCCAUACCAUGUUUUAUUUGAUGCAUGUUGUCAAUGUGCUGGGACAUAUGCAAGCAAGCACACUUUGUAAAGUACAUUGAUGAAAUAUAUCUAAAAGUUUGGAAAUGCAACAGAAAAUGAUCUCCAAAAUGUUUUUGGGGAAGAGGGUGUAAUCUGGGUUUCUUCUUGCUUGAGAGUUAUUAAAAAUAAGUCUUCUAAAUAUUAUACCCCUUACUAUAUAAUUCCAUAAACUCUGUAUUGACCUGAUAUUAAAACACAGUAAUCAAAAGCAAAUUAAGACAAAUAAAACAAACUUAAUGUAACAUUUCUGCUAAAAUGUUUUUUAAUCAGAUUUUAAUUGUAGUUUUUUAUCUUUGAUUUUUUUUUUUGGCCAGUUGCUAGAGAGUUUUGGUUGCUUGAGUUCUGGUUCACUGAGAGUCUACUGUAUUAGCUCAAUACACAUAUCUUUAUUUGUAGACUUCAGAUACUGUAGAUUUGUAGAACUGAAAAAUAAAAUUCUACGUAAGAUCUUACUGAACUCCCUUGAGUUGAAAGUACUUGUCGAACAUCGAGAUGGAUCAGGACAGUAAUUUGCUAAGGCAAAUCCAUUAGUGUCAAUUUUACAUGUGUGCAAACUUCAGAAGUAUUUCUAAAGCAUGCUUAAAAGUGUUUAGUUAUUUAUUUAAAUUUAUUUAAGAUGUUUAUAUUCCUCUGACAAAUGCUAUCAAGAUAAUUUAUGAAUUGAAACAAAAAGUAAAGCAAUCAAUAAAAUAUUUUGAUUUUACAAUCAAAAUGUGCAAAUCAUAAAAAAAUAUUCAACAUCAAAAGGUAAAAAGGUUGCAAUAAAAUUUAAACAGAAAAAAGGGGGGAUAUAAAUAAAUGACCAAAAUGUGUGCCAGAAAAGUAGCCCUUAUCCUAACAGAAAUAACAUCGAUGAAGAUAUCCUGAGAUGGUUCUUGUUGAGGAGGAGCCACUGCUGGGGAAGUUCGUUCUUUGGUGGCCACCAUCACACACCAUCGUGGCUGGUGGUAUCUGAAGAAGACCAUCUGAUGAAGACCUUAGCAAUAGGUGGCAAAAUGAGGUAAUAAUAAACAAGGUCAGCAUUUUGCAUUGCAGUUAUGGAUUCAUAGCCUAAAGCUAUGGAUGUGAAACUGUUCCUUAUUCAAUAAGACUAUGUUGUUGCAUAGUAGCACAAAGGCUGUACCCCACAGCCCACUUAACACUAUUUUAAGACUUCCACCUUUGCAGGCGCAGUUUGUAAAGACUUGUGAGAGAGACUUCUAUGUGGUUUUUCUAGACAGUAGAAUUCCCUUCUACAGGUGGUCCAAUUGGCCCUUUCCGUGCUCGCUUCUUAUUUAGACAGUCUUUGGAAAUUUUAAUUUUAAUUAACUAAAUUGUUGAGUAUGUGUAAGUAGUGUACUGUUUGAAAGUAUUCUUUCAUUUAUGUUUAAAGUGUUUUAAAGCAUGUAUUAAUACAUGUUCUUUUUUAGUUUAAUUAUGUUUUAUCUGCAUCUUUUAAAAUUAUUGCAAGCUGCCUUGGAUCCCAUUUUGGGAUAUAAAUGCAAUAAAUUCAAUUGAUUGAUUGAUUGAUUGAUCGAUCAGUGACGGUCAGCGGCUGCAUUGGGCAGAGGAGAAUUGGUCAGCUGCCAAUCAAGGCACAAGAAGGAGGAUGUUUUCGUACAUACACUUCCACCAGUGAGUGAGAAUACAAUGAAUAAUUGUGGCAGGGGUCCUCUUUCUGACGGUUGUAUUCUCAAAAAUCAGAUAUGGAUGGAAAUGUCAUCCUUGUUAUAACCCAAUCAGCAGCAGAACAGAGUGCAUUUGCUCACUGCAACUACUAUCUUUAAAGUGAGUUGGGAGGGAUCAGGCCAGGAGACAUUACCUAAUUAUGCAUAGACAACUUAGGAGCCAAAGUAGAAUAUCAGCACAGAUCUUUUUCAAACGCUAAAUUUCUGAAAUUCCAAACUUCUAAAAUCAACUUGCCUUCCCCCUUUACCAGAUUCUCUUUCUGCGAUUUCUGCAAAGUCUCUGGCAUUUACUGCUUUCAUUCAUUGUUUGCACUGCAAAAGCCAAGCACAUUCAACAAAGAAUGACAACAUUAUCUUGUAAACUACAGCAACACAAUGUGACAGAAAGCCUCUGAACCUGGCAAGCAGCAUACCUCACCUUCUUUCAGGUCACCUUUAGCAGGAAACUAAAGGGAGUUAAAAAUGGCCAUUUCAGCUGAAGAGGCAAAUGGUUUCCACAAUACUCAAGAACUGAUUGCCACAGGGAACUAAUUUUGUAUACCAUCCCCUGCAUCAGAUAGACAGGUUUAAUGUGAGACAGUUUGUACAGGAGCCAAAAAAGAAAAUAAAAAAGAAAUGGUAAAAAGUUAUAUAUAAUCCCCCAGGUGAACUUUCUCCUGCAACUCUGUAGGAGUUUUACUUGUGUUCUUAUUUUCAUGACGAUGUAUAAUAAUUUGCUGAAUUCUAUGCUUUGAAUCUCAUGGAAAUGAGGGAAUAACCCCUUGAUAGGUGAAGUGUAUCAUUUUGAUUUACGGUGCAACAUUUAAAUGUUUUGAGGUCAGACCUCUGUGAGAGAAUAAUUCACAGCUGGAUAUAUGGCUCCUUCAGAAUAUACAUUUAUUGCCAGCAAGUACCUCACAGAUUGUUUUUUACGCACUUGCUCUUUAUUGCUUAUGUGAGCCGCUGUAGCAGGAUAGUUCACAUAAACAUUUAUAUAGAUUUUCGAAAACAGUUGUUACUGAAGAAAUAAGCCUUUCCCCUUCUUUUUAUACAAAUUCAGAACAAAGAUUAGAUGCUAGUGGUUGCCUUGUGAGUGUGUUUUUUUCCAAUUCACUGACUAGAAAAAGAAAAUGCUUGAGAUAUAUUCUUGACACUCCUUAAAUUAGUGUAGCCUGACGCAUUUGUGAACAAUUUCUACAUACCAGGGGUUUUUAAAGUAAUGGGCAAAUGUUUUCCCAACGGACAGAAGUUUCCAAUCCAUUGAAACAAAGCAAUUUCUUCCUUCUCCCCAUUUGAUUACUUAAAAACAAAUAUUGUGGCACCUUUAAAAUGCACACAUUUAUUUCAGAAUGAGCUCUUAUGGAUUAAAUUCUGUGUAUCUGAGGACCUACAUCAUAAUCUAUGAAAACUUAGAUGCAUCUGAAGUAGAAGAUCCAUGAAGGUUCAUGCUAAUAUCUAUUAAGUCUGAAAAGUGUCAAAGAGACAUUGGAACAGAUAUGGCUACCCAUUUAAUUUUGUUCAAAGUACACAAUUAUGUUUCUUUACAUUCUUAUGCAAAGAAUAGUGUUUUAAUUUUUUUUGAUGCAAUGGGUUCAUGUUUACAGCCUACAGGAGAUUCUUUUUUAAAGAAUUCUGCAAGAUUUUCCCUACACUAAAAGGAAAUACCUAGGUGCAUUUGUUGGAUAAUACCCCCACUGUUUAGAAGAUAUUAUGUCUCUUUUAUUAAUCAUCAUUAAUUUAUAUAGCAUUCUCACUGUACAUGGCACUUUAUAAGUAAAAGAACAACAAAACACUCCUCUGCCUCAGUCUUAUAAUCUAAUUAAGAUAUUACCCAAAAGGAAAAGGGAAUGACAAUAUGGGAGGAGAUAAAAGACAAGCAGUCACUCCCUCUUCCUCUCUCUCUUUCCCUCCAUAGCCAGGCAAUGGCAGUUGGGAUGGACGGAUGGAGGGGCUUUCCUCGGUUUCUGGCCUUAGGCAUGAAGGAGCAGUGCCUGCCUCUUCUUCUCUCCCCCCAAAACCAGAGCAGUGGCUGUUGGGAUGUAGCUGCAGAUUUUUGUUUAUUAUGCCAACAUUUCCAAAAUAUGCCAGUAUUAAAUAAUAAUUAUAUUUAUUUUAAAGAAACAAAAUGAGUUAAUUGAAAAAUUAACAGAUCUGACUAAAAACCACAAAAUUAUGAAAGCAAAGUGGAAAGGGGAUUGACUGAUGAAAAUACAAGUAGUGUUGGUGAUUCACCUAAUAUGGGCGUUUGGGAUUUGGUAUAAAUUUUUGCACCUUACCUCAUGGCAUUUCCGAUAAUGUGUAUGGGUGAAUCUGAUAUGUAGACAGAUCUUUUCUUCUCUGGGCUCAAUACCAGAGAAUGCAUCCAAUCGGAUGCAAUGGGGAGAGAAACAACAGGGCUAUUUGCCACUAGUUGAUAAUUUAAAUGCUUAUAUAUGCUCUGCCAGCAUCUGUUAGUAUUAUGAAAGAUUCUGCUUUACAUUGCAAUAUUUAAUGGUUCAGCUGUGUGUAAACAAGUUGUUGAUCUGAACCAGCAGUAUAGUUGUUAGCAUGUAACAUUCAAUUUAGGGGUUUUAUACGUUAUGCUGAAGUUCACAUUUUACAAAGAUGUAAGUGAGAAUCCCUGUGACCAUGUUCAUUAUUCUUGAUUUACACCCAUAUACAACAAUCCUAAAUGGUAUUCAUACACUGCAUUCAACAGGAGCCCCCGGUGGUGUAGUGGGUUAAAGCCUUGUGACUUGAAGUUUGGGUUGCUGACCUGAAGGCUGCCAGGUUCGAAUCCAACCUGGGGAGAGCGCAGAUGAGCUCCCUCUAUCAGCUCCAGCUCCAUGUAGGGACAUGAGAGAAGCCUCCCACAAAGAUGGUAAAAACAUCAAAAACAUCCGGGCAUCCCCUGGGCAACGUCCUUGCAGACAGCCAAUUCUCUCACACCAGAAGCGGCUUACAGUUUCUCAAGUUGCUCCUGACAUGAAAAAAAAAAACGUCAUUCAACACAGAUACCAUUGCGUAAAGACCAUUGAUAUUCACAGCUGAAUUCCAGAUUCCAAAUUCUCAAUUACAACAUUGUUUUCUUCUUUAUUUUCACACCUUCUAACAAAAUUUGCAAGCUACUUUGAACUGUGGCUACAGGAUAUCAUCUGUCUAUCAUCCCAGUCAGCACAACCAAUGGUCAUCCUAGCUAGAAAUAUUGGGAAUGUUAGUCCAGCACAUUAUGAGGAAAUUAAAUUUCAUGGCUUUUUGUGGCAUACGCUUUUGAAGGCAGGAAGCUAUUUUCUCAGAAUCACUACAAAAUACAAAUUGCGCAAUGACACACAAGAGAUGAUGUGCAUCUUUUAUGAAGACACUGUCUUCUGUCCAAAACAAGCUUUGAAUGUACUAUAAAAAGCAGCAAAUCACUAUGAUGGUGUGUAUAUUACUAUUUAUUCUUAUUUAUUGUUUGUCAGGUGGAAAUCUUGCUUUAAAACUAAUAAUCAUCAUAAUCCCAGGCUUGCAAAACAGAACAAGAAGUGGAAAAGCAGAAGCUAGAGAUAAAUCCUUGCUGUUCUGCACCAUAUUUUGCAAUGGCAUUGGGUAUAUCAUUCUUGCAGAUUAAGUGUGUGCUGUUUUGCUCACAUGUUAAUAAAUUUUUCUCAUUUGUGAGAAUCACUGAAUGGAGCUAGCGAAUUGUUUUACCCAGUAGGUGGUGGAACCAUAAUGAAGCAUUGUGAUUAAGUAGCAUUGGAACCUCUUAUCUUCCUCACUGAGUGGGAGGUACCAUUAGUAGUAAAAGUAAUUACCUGUGUAGAACAUGCUGAUUGCAUCAAGGGUAUUUGCUAUACGAUACUAUGGGAAACUUCAAAACUUUAUGAGCUUUAAGGGAGCUUCAUUUGCUGAUGGUUUCAAAUCUUAAUCAACUGCACUUUUUAUCUUCUGCGUUAAUGUCUAAGUUGCAAACAACUUAGCUAAAAAGCCUCUUUCUCUCCUGAAAAUUGGUGUGUCAUAAUUGAUCCUCUUGAAAGAAAUGGACCGUUGGAUGCAUCAGUUAAAUUGCUUGUAAGUUUCUAAAUGUAAAAAAAAACCCUUUAUCUCUAAGGUUUGAACAAAGACACUUGUCUGUUACCUACCUACUGAACAAUAUAAGUUUUCUGGUAAAAUCAAACACUUGCUCCAAGCCGAUAUAUCUCUAUCCAAGCUAUUGGAGUGGGGAUGCAUUAUAGAAAGCAUGAUCAGAAUUAUACGAAGCAUAAUCAACAGCAUUUAAAUUUAGAAUUGGCCUAAGGAAAUAUUUCAUUAAAAUUCAUAAUAAUUUCAAAAUAAUUUUGAUCAGUUUUCACAGAUCUCUCCUGAAUUUAAAACUGAACCCAAUCACUGUUGCAGAACCAGGAAAAGUCUCCCUGCCAACCUUUCUCGUCACUCUCUUUUGUGUCUUAACAAUGACAGUUUGAGUGGGUUCAAGAAUAAUUCAAAAUAUUAGAAAAAAAACUGUCAAAAUUGGGUUUUUGAGUGUUCAGAGACCCUGAUAAGCAGAAUUCUGGUCUGAUGAGAAUCUUUGCAUCUUGGGAUUUACGGUGCGUAAAAUUAGUGCAUGGUCGUUUUGUAUAAAAAACACCAUUUUCGAUGUUGGAAACGGGAUGUUCUAUGCAGAAAGUUCUAUUUUCUGUACAACAUAACCAUUUGCAUUUUUGUAGAGUAAAUCCUGAACUACAAAUAAAAAUAAAUAAAAUAAAUGACUUUAUAAUCUGCCCUAUCUCAGGGCGCUUUGAAUAGGCUUUAAAAACUGCAUGGUUUUGAAAUAUUUUUUUUGUAAUGGAAAGAAAAUUGUUAAGUCUUGAAGAAGUUGUUUAAUGAAGAAUUACAUCCCUAUAUCACUAUAACUGUGCACUGAGAAAGGGACAAAAUAUAUAGUUCCAUAUGCAUUUACAACAAGAGCCAGACCUCAUUCCUUAUAGCCACCAUAAAUCCUUAUCACCACCGCCACUGUCCUCACUGAAUGAGUUUGGGAAAGGAUAUAGAAGUGUGUAUACAUGUGUGCAUGAGUAUCCAACAUAUGCAUGUGUGCACAAAAUUACCCUAUUUUGAUAUUUCACAUGGUCUGAUUCCAAUACAAAAUAGGCUUAUUUGGUCAGGGGUGAUACAUUUGUAAACAUUUACCCCCUCUCCCCAUUUUGUUCUGUCACUCAUAAGAGUCCAAGCUGAUUUAUGGAACAACAUAUGUAUAGGCCUAUCACAUCUGCUGAGAUCAUAAUGGGACACAAUUGUGAUAGCAAAGAAAGGGUAGAGUGACCCCCUCCUUUUUGCUGUUCAUACAGGUGCCUUAUUCUGAUAUUAGCAGACACGAUGACGAUGGCCUGGCAUUUGCAGGUAGCUCUCUGGCUGGGACGAAGCAGUGACAUGGGGAUGAAUCAUACUCUUUUCCCCGUGCUGAUCAACACAGGGAAAAGGUGAUGGCAGCAGUCCCCCGCUGGACAGAUCAGACUAAAACAGACCCAAUCCAGUUUCCCACAUGACUGCAAAGCCCACAAAUAUUUCAAAGUUUCUUGUAAACACUAAAGAAUCCCCCAGAUUUGCUUAAAGUGAAGUAAAAUUUGUGAUAAGGGCAGAAAACCCAGAUACUCCCCAGAAGUUGCUGUUAAUCUUUUUUAAAGGGUAGGCAAGCCCCUGGAUAUCAACAAUUCCUAUCAUGCAACCCAGGGAGAAAGCCACUGUAAAGCAAAUACACCCCUAUUCUGUUUAGUACAGGCAUUGGAAAGAGUUAUAUUUUCCCUUUCAGAUGACAAUCAUAGACAGUUCCAUAGCUGUUAUGUUUUUUCCCCCAGCUAUUUUUGGCAAUGUAUUAGGACAUAUUGAUUUGAUAAUGAGUGGCAUAUGCACAAAUGAAUGCCGCAAACUGUCAGGGAAUUGAUUGCCCAGUUCUGUACCAUUGUCUGUUCUAACCAGACGAAAGCUUGUCAGAGUAAUGGUAAACCUUUAUCAAGUCUGUUGAAUCAACAGUCUUGCUAAAUUGUGCAUAUAUAUAUCCAUAUAAUCCCUCCCAUCUGGAGAGUUAAACUUUGCUUUUCUAAAGUUAGAUUGUCAAGCAAAAUUUACAGUGAUCUUUUGAAACUCGCAGAAAGGGUGUUUCUUCCUUUUAUCCUUACUCCUCCCCCCAUGAAGUGCUGAAAUAAGUUUGGUGCCUCCUCUAUGUGUGUGUGUGUGUGUGUGUGUGUGUGUGUGUGUGUGUUUGUACAUACAGUGGCAAAUUGCUAAAAAAGAGUGCAAUCUGGUUGUUUUUGUGAAGUUUAUGUUUAAUUUAAACAUUACGAUACAUGUAUUCAUUCUCAGCACAAUUAGCUAGAAAAGAAAGAAGGAAAGGAACAUAAUGAUCACAGUCUAAAUCUCCUGAGUGGUGGCGAUGGGGAGAAAGUCUAAUUCUCACAUAUGCUGCAUAGAGAAAAACAAAGUGAUGGGGUCCUAGAAUCUGUGAACGUUAGAAAUGCCGAAAUUGUCAGUCUUAAGUAAUUAUGCAAAGUUGAACAUUUUGAUCUUGAUAGCACCAAGGACAACAUUCCUAUUCUUGUUUUAGAGAAAUGAAUCCAAGGAUCUAUCUAAAUUUUGGUACGCGUCCAUUGGCUUUCUUAAAAUAAUUAGAAGUAUAUUUCCAAGCAAGAAGAGGAAAAUUAGUUGUUUUCAUCCUUGAGGAUUUGUUUGUGCUCUUAAAAAGAAAUAAGAUUGGGAAAAAAUGCUUUUGGCAGGAAAAAUGAAACUGUAUGCUUAAAAGGCUUUCUUAGAAUGUCACAUCAAAUAUUGUUCUUGAUAAAACUGAGCCACAGACAACAGUGAGGAACAAAAAACUGAGAAAAGAAACAGACCUUAGACCUUGGACUCGAAAGAAAUUUCAAAAGGACAAGUCUUAAUUUGAGAUGAAAUAGAAGACUGAGCACCUGAAGUUCAUUAGCAGAGGGGGAGAAAAAUCAUUGUCUUGAUAGCUUGGACAGAAACUGUUACUGUGAAGUGAAAUUAAAUUACCUGAACAGCUUUUGAAAAUAAAAGAAAUAGAAACCUGAUUUGUGAAAACAUUUCAGAUUUUUGAGUUUUUCCUAAGUCUGGAAAGGCAAACAACAUCUCAUUUGCUUGUGGCUAAAGCAUUGUUUUGGCAUUUCUUCAAAGGAACUAUAGUGUUUGAUCUGUUAGAAACCAGGAUUAGUCUUGCCAACCAACCAAGGGAAAACUUGUCCUACCUGAUGGUUGACCUUGUUGGAGACAACGAUGCAGCUUACUUUAACAUUAUAUGUACUUGUAUGGCUUGGAACAAACAGAGUUACAACCUCGUCGGUCAGGGGAAGAAUCAACAGCAUGCUCCACAUUUCCACCCCUUUAAGAACAGAGCCCACCGGCUCCUAUUACACGAUGUCAGGACCCAGGCUGCAGAGCACCAAUAACCAUACACAGAGGCCAGAAUCUAUCUAAUAUCUUUAUUAAGGAAAUAUGUAAAGUCAAUAAAAGUAAAUGUAGAAUAUAGUUCAGAAGAUGACCUGUCAGGAAAGGUCAAAUAUAGUCCAGGAAAACAAUGUCCAAUAUGAAAUAGUAAGGUCCAAAGUUGUAAUCCAGUAACCGAAACACUCACUUUGCCAAGCAAAGUGAGGGGAGAUGACAAGGUCCUUUAGUCCAUGAAACUUAGGCAAGGCAAGGAAAUAGCUUGAUUCUUGGUACACAAAGCUUGAUUCAAGGCAACAAGGAACGUGGAGCAAGGACAGGAUCCGUGGUAAUUACGUGGCGAGGUCCAAAAACAAGGCAAGGUCCGUGAAGCAAGGCAAGGUCCUGGGAAGCAAUACAGGGCUGGAAACAGGAGCAAGAACUCGACCGCGGGAGUAGCGUAGUCCACACACAACCUACUCCCGUAGCUGACGAAUUGACUCCGCAAGACUCCUUCGUGGGCAAAACACCUAAGUAGGGUCUCAGUUUCCCGCCAAGAGCAGAUUCUCUGGGGAACCAGAAGCGAAAGCCAUUCUCUGGGUCCAGAUGCAUGACUCCCUAAAGUUUCUCAUGGGAAACAGGUUUAAUCAACCAUUUGUUUGGCCGCGAUUCUCAGGCUUCUGCGAUUAGCCUGUUGAGCUCCUCUCUGUUGUUGACAAUAAUAACGGCGAGAAAAAGGGGGAGAUUUUGGCUCAGGGCUUGUUUGGCAAACUUCUGGAAGGCAAAUCUCCUGCAGGUGCAAGGGUUCCAGUUCUGGCUGAGAAAGUUCCAAUUCUGACUGAAACGGAGGAAAACCUAAGUUUUCCUCCUCAUCUGUCUCAACAGUGUUAGGGACGGGACUACAUGGCCCAUGAGUCAUCACACACGAUGUGCUAGUACUUCUGGUGGGGCUCCGUGCUUAAAGGGGUGGCGAAGUGAAGCGUGUUGCCACAACGGCAACAGAGGAAGCUUCCCAUGUUGCCUUCGAGCAAUGGGGGGAAGUCAGAUGGUGGAUGAUUCCCCCUGUGGGAUCACCCUACCGAUAAGUUGGAUGAUGCGGGGCGUGGGACAAUGUGUUCCCCAUGCCUCCCGACAGUGGUUGCUGGAUUCAUCAUGAUGCGUGGCAACUUCAGCAGCCAGUGUGAAGAGGCUAGAAUGUUUGCUCUGCUUAACCUAUGUUCUCCUUCCUUCUACCAAGAAUGAUACUUCUAGUGUGAUUCACAUACAGCCCACAGUAUCCAUGGUGGUUUUGUAUCAAGAACUCAUGUGGAUGGCAAGAAAUACAUAUGUUGGAGUCCCUAUUAGUAAAAUGGUAAAGGGCAGCAGCAGAGGUGGCAGCAAGCCCAGCAGACCCACAUUCUUCAGGUUCUGCUGCAUCUGGGGAUCACACCAACCACUCACUUCUGCUUUCAAGACAGCAGUUACAGGACUUUUGCUGGAAAUAGUUUUCAAGAGAUGAGAGAUUGCAGAGGCACAGAGAUAUGUAAAAUGGUGGUAGAUGUGGAUUCACACCAAUCUUGGAUUUCCACCAUUUCACAGAUCCUCUGCAGCCCUUCCAUCUCUCUGUAGCCUUUCUCCAGCCUUUCAAACACAGAAUAAUAAUAAUAAUAAUAAUAAUAAUAAUAAUAAUAAUAAUAAUUGUGUGGUUUUCUGGCAUUGUAUAUUUCUGCUGCUUCUGUGACUGUUCAUUUGUAUUUUGGUUCCAUAGCCCACUUGUCAAUGGAUGUCCAGAAUCUGCAGCAUCCACCGCGGUCCUUUUUAUCCUGGGCGACGACCGAGCCAGUAUAGACUUCGUUUUGGUUUGAUUCUCCACAAUGCUAAUGGGUUAGGUGCUCUUAGUUCUACUCCUUAGCUGAGACCUCUCUGGCUUGGUUGAACCUGCUGGUAGUUACACUACCGCCAGCACAGCUCUCAGUCAUCACUGGAGUAGUUACACUACCGCCAGCACAGCUCUCAGUCAUCACUGGAGUAGUUAAGCCCCCCCACCACGGCAAGGUGGCACCUAUGGGGGGGGGGAGAGAGAGAGAGAAACCAGUGCAGGUGGUCCCGGUGGUGAUCGGCACAUUGGGUGCCAUGCCAAAAGAUCUCAGCCGGCAUUUGGAAACAAUAGACAUUGACAAAAUUACGAUCUGCCAACUGCAAAAGGCCACGCUACUGGGAUGUGCGUGAAUCAUCCGAAAAUACAUCACACAGUCCUAAACACUUGGGAAGUGUUCGACUUGUGAUUUUGUGAUACGAAAUUCAGCAUGUCUAUCUUGUUUGCUGUGUCAUACAGCAACAACAACAACAACAACAACAUAAUGCUUUAUUUGUAUCUCACCCCAUCUCCCCAAGGAAAACUUGUAGUGGCUAACAAUACAAUAACAGUGCAAACUACUGUUCAUUUUUAAUUCCAAAACGUAAUCUACUUUCUGGAUAGCCCUCAUAAUAUAAGAUCUUGGUAUAGUCUAGUCUGUGUAUGUGAGUCUUUCAUAAGUACAUCACACAGACUCUUCAAGUUAAUAUUCCUUCUUAAAGUAUGGGGCCAGCACAUGAACUCUAUGUUGCCAGGCUAUUGGGCUUACUGUAACCCAAAGCAUCAUGAGAAACUGCAUCAUGCAUCUGUCUAGAGCACGUAUGAAUUAAUCCCAUAUAAUUUUUCAAGUUGAGGACCUCAGUGAACUGAUGGCAAAGGGACAAGCUCUUGCAUACUGACUUUACUGUUGGGCCCCAGCUCUUUCCUUAGCAUACCACAGACUCCACAUCCUUGAUACAUAACAGUCUUUUUGAAAUUGAAUCAUGGCAAUGUCUACCUUCCCAACAGUAAGCUAGCCCCAGGAGCAAUGAUCCUCAGCUGUCAUUUGGCUUGGCUGACCUCCUUUCUUUUCUCCUCCCUUCUGCUGCAUACUGAUUUCUCUCCAACAAAAGUUGGCACAUUUGAGAAUAUUCCCUUGAGAACAAUGGCAACUGUCCGAGGAUUGAUUUCAGACAACAUUUUGUGCUUUUCACUCAGGUGACUUCCCUGCAUUCAAUUUCUUCACUGGAAAAAGUGACAUCCGUGUAAUACAAGGCACAGUGACAGCAUCCGGCCCCUCCGUUUCUCUGCUUCACUAAAUUUUAUUAAGAAUAUUCAUAACAAUAACACACACUAGAACAAAUGGUUUUGAUCAAUCUGAAUAGCCCUGAAGGCAAACAUCAUGUUCUGUAUGCCAAUUACCAAUUAGUCUUGAAUCCAAAGACAAAAAUUCACAGGAGAGAAAAAAAUAAAGAAAUUGGAAGAGUAAAGUACUAGUUUAGUUCUACUUUUCUUUUUUAUAAAAUGAUAAGUGUCUAGAUAUCAUUAUUACACUGAGUAUAUUUCAAAAAUAGAUCAUGUCUGUUUUCUAAGGAGGAAGAAGAGGAUAAGUGGGACUCAUAGCGGCUGGAAGGACAAUAUUCAUCAUUCUCUUUAAAACUAAGCUGAGUUGUUCUCCAUCCCUGUUAUUUGAGCUCUUUUAACAGGACAUACAGAUUUUAUCCAUGUUCCUGAGCUGUAAGGAAAUGUGUAUUCUUCAGCAUAACACUGCCAGCCCCUAACUGUACAUUUAACUAGGACCAAGCUUACAGUUUGAAGAUAAAUGCUUGUUCUGCAAGAAAACAACUUCCAACUUCACCUUUUAGAACCUCCAAGUAGGAUUCAAUGAAACUGUAGCAUUCAAGUCCUGAGCCACUUCUAGUUAGGGUAGACAACACUAAAAUAUAUGGAUCAAUGGCUAUAUUCCUCCAAUGGUAGCUCCCCGUGUUCUUAAAUAAUGUUUAAAUGUGUUCUUUUUUUGGAAUCACAAAUUCCAGAAUCCCACUGCCAGCAUGCUGGCAAGGACAUUUUUUAUAUUAAUGCUAAACUAUUGUAAUCUACUAUGGAUCCUGUGCCAAAAAGAAAAGCAGAGUGUAAAUUAAAUGGAUAAACAAACAGUAUUUCCAACCUUUAGUUCCUAUAUUGGGACUUCAUAAGUAAUAUGAGAUAGGAAUUCACUACCUCUUGUGCAUAGAAUUAUGUAUAUUAUUAUGUUGUUGUUGUCGAUUCCCAAAAAUAAUUAGUUAUAGUAAUGGUAUUCCAAAACAGUGGGAAAAAGUAAGAAAUAUAAUAAAACCAACUGACAAAUUGUUCUCCCUUUUAUGAACAUGGAGAAAAAUCUCUAUUUUUGAUCUUACUGGAUCUCUUUGAGUUGUUGACAAUGUUUCUGUGUGUAUUAGAUUGCCCAAGACAAUGUAUGCUGCUACCCCAUUUGUCCCCAGGGAUAAUUGUUAAACGAUACGUAGAAACGAAAAAAAAAAAAUGACUUAAGAGACAAAAAAGGAGAGAUGAGGAUGAAGCAUAGAGAAAAUAGUCAUAAAUAAUAUUCCCAGUUCAGAAUUCUCUAGUUCAAGUGUGCUAUUCCACAGGUCCUUAGUUGUAAUUUCUAAAAGACUCAUUGAAACCUUUCAGAAUGCAACAACUGCUUGUAAUGGGGCAUAAUGGUUUUGGGUUGGGCAUACAGGGGACUGAAAAGUGGGGAAAAUUAAACAAAUUUAACGCAGUCAAGAAGCCAGUGUUAUGGUUUACGAUGUCCUUGGACAGCUGUAAAAAUCCUUCUCUAGAGUAUUUGAUUAACGUUUAGGCUUAGCAUGUUUCAACUGCAAAAACAGGCUUCAGUAAUGAACUUGGCUUCCAUCCAACUUUUAUCCCUGAAUUUUGAUAAACAACUUUAGUCCCAGAAGUAGAGUGCCAGUGACCUACCUAUGAGAAACUCAAAUCCCCUGAUGUUUUGUUACAUGUGUGAGGAGAAUAACAAGGCCACAGCUUAAUGAUGGGCUGUAUCCUCAUUGGUGUAAAGCUGGGAUGCAUCUGAGUCAUGCCAAAGAAAGUAUCUGAUUUACAGCACCAUCAAGUCCUGAAGCACUACAGGGAGGUGAAAGGAAGAGAUAAAAGUUAAAUAACUCCCAUCUUGGCUUCACUCGUUUACUCCGGCCAAGAAAAUGUCACAUUAUUUCUUUGAAGGUAACUUCAUUACAGUGUUUUCAGACCUUUGAUACUUAUUCUUUUCUUGAAUAAAGACAGAUGAUUGCAACUAUGUGAGAGAGAUAUAAACAUUCCCUCCCUCCUUCCCUCCCUCCCUCCCUCCCUCUUUCUCCCCAUCUACACUGCAGAAUUAAUGCAGUUUGGCACCACUUUAACUGCCAAGGAUCAAUGCUGUGGAAUCCUGGGGUUUGUAAUUUUGUAAGGCAGCAGCACUCCGGCAGAGAAAGCUAAAGAUCUUCUUCAUCACUAUUCCUGGCCACAAAACAUCCAAGAUGGUAAAAUAUAGUGCAAUCCUACCUUUAUUUAUUUAUUGGAUUUAUCUCUCAUCUUUCUUUCAAAGACAAGAAUUAGACCAGUUCAAAAUAAGACAGAAUAACAAUUGAAAUAUAAAGCAUGGUUCACAUAAAAUAGCACUAUGGCUAUGGUUUUCUGGUCUUAACCCAACUUUGCCACACUUUCUGGAGUAUCUACAGGCUUCACAGUGGUCUGGACACCAGUUUGGACAGCCAGAUCAGGCCCGUUUCAGUCCAGUUCCUUGUCUAGAUGGACACUGUUGCCAUCAGUCUUUCCUUGUGCUGAUCAGUGCAGGGAAGAUAAUGCUCAUCCUCCGAGUCACUGAGUUGCAAGCACCUGACCAUCACUUGUGAUGUCUGCUGAUAUCAGAAUGGGGCACCUUCAAGAUCAGCAAGAAGGAAGGGGUUGUUCUAUCCUCUUCUUGUUGUUCACAUCGGCACCUCAUUCUGACAUGGUGGAUGAGGUGACAUCUCAGUCUGAGCCAACACGAACACUGACACCAGAUAGGGUAGAUAUACACCAGAGUAACUUGCCCAUUGUAAACACAGCCAAUCUAUAUCUACUCCAAUAGGAAUUGCCAACAAGUAAAUGCAUAUCAAAUUGCAACUCUGCUUUCUCAAAGACCCCUCCAAGACCUGUGGAAAUUGCUGCUUCUCCGUGUGGUGGCUCCCAGAAGAAAUCCUGGUGUUUCAGAAUGGGAAAUGACCACAUCAAAGAUAUUUUUUAAGAGAGCUUUUUCUUUUUUGCUGUUGCUAAUAUGAAAUUUCACGACCAUACAUAUAGCUCUUGGCAGACCCGUUUAUGAGCAGGAAGCUUUUAGUUGCAAAGGUAAACAGAGGAGUAUAGAUGAUCACAUUGUUUGCCUACAUAUUUUUUAUUACAGGAAGGAUAUUAUAUGGUGCUUUUCAUUGCUUUUAUUUUAUUGUAUAAUAUAAUUUUCUUAGGUUGCUAUUGUGAGCUUAGCCAUGCACGGGUAGGGCUGACUAGUUAUCAUACACUCACUGCAAUGUAGAAAAGUUAUGUGUGUAUAUCAGGAUUGCCUCCCUUGGAUCACUCUUUCCCUGAUCUGAUGUACACACAUUUGGUAUAAGUUGUAAAAUGUACACACCGUGCAUGCACUUAAGACAUUCUGCUCUCAGCCUGGUUCAUGCCUGCAUGGUUAGGGCAGCUAUGCAGAUAAAUUGUACAGUCUUAGGCUUUGGCAUGUGUUAUUCUGAGUGCAUAUUGGGAGGGAAAGAGUGCAAAAACAGAAGUAGGAAACCUGGACUGCAACACAUAGCCUAUGUAACCAAUGGUGCCAGUUGCUAGAGGCUGAAAUCUAACAAUAUCUAAAGGGUUACAAGCUGUCAACUCCUGCCAUAGAACUUGUGAGGGCACAAUCCCAUUCUGUUCUCUGUGCAAGUGUCUGCAGUCCCAGAGUUUGGAAAGGAUACGGAGACAGAUACCAAAGACUGGAGGAUCUUCAUAGAUGCAGCUCAAUACAGCUAAACAGAUGUUAGCUUUUCUAACAUCGGUUGAGCUCUUUUCCAAACUUUCAAUGUCAGGACAGCACAGAAACAGGUCAAAAGCACUAAAUGAACAGAAGUGGCAUGAUUCUGAUCUGUCCAAGUAGCCUUCUAAAUCAUUCCAAGCUGUCUGAAUACCAAGGGAUGAGACAUCAUGCAACAAAGCAGAAGCGUUUCUGUACUGCUCCCAGCCAGAGACCAGGGUUUGAUUCCCUGCUCUCCUAUGGAAAUCCAUAGGCUGAGUUAGACACUCUCAGCCCCCACCCCCAAAUCAUGAUCAGUUCACCUUGAGGUCACUAUAUGAUGGAAACAAAUUGAAUACAAACAACAACAACAACAACAACAACAACAACAACAACAACAACAACAACAACAACAACAAAGCAUUGUUGGCAUUUGCAUUGGAUUAUUAUCCAGUUGGAUGCUGACAUUUUAAAUUUGGUUUGAAAAACUGUUUAUUUCUUUGAAUUACAUUUGUUGUUACUAGAUAUAUUCCACAUUGAGCAUAAUUAGCAGAAACACAAGGCAUAAUAUUUGUGUAUGAUGUAUAUCUAUAUAAAAUGUAUAGUCCACACUCAUGUCCUCUAUGUAAUCUAAAGCCAUCACAUGAAAUUUGAAAAAUACACAGAAGGGCUUUCCUUAAAAUAAGUGAGAAAGAGGAUAGUAUAACUAAAAAUAGAUAUGAAAGUUGUAGGAAAAGGAAGCUUUGAGAAGAGGAUUGCAGCAUGAUUAGGGAUAAGGUUUCUGGAAGGAAACUGCACAUACGGAAAACUUUGACUCAAUGGAUGGAAUCAUUUCAAGGAGAGAAAAAAUCCCUUGGAUAAACCAGAAAGACAAUAAAAAUUCAAAAUUCUCAGUAGUUGAUUAAAACCAGAUCUGCUAGCUUCCUGCUUUGAGCAGGAAACGACAGCUAUUUAGGAUCAAUCUAAAUGGUAAUUUCCUUCUUCAACAUGCUCACCAUUUUUAUGUUAUAAUGCCUGCUAGUUAAAAUAAAAAUGUGUACAAAGGUCUACUUCACUGGAAACACUGAGGUGAUGGUAUCACUUCUCCAGAAGACAUGGGAGUGAUGGAGACAAUGAAAACUGAGGAGGCUGGAUGCUACCCAAGAAGCCAAAUUGCUAGGAGAAAGAAUGGAAUCAGUAUGGAUUACUUGAUUUCUUGUCCUAAUUCUGUAUGUUCUUGGGAUUUGGUUAGAACAGGAGAGGCAAUUGUCUAGCCUGCCAGAUGUUGCUGGACUAGAAAUUGUGUAGUCCAGCAACAUCUGGCAGGCUAGACAAUUGCCUCUCCUGUUCUAACCAAAUCCCAAGAACAUACAGAAUUAGGACAAGAAAUCAAGUAAUCCAUACUGAUCCCUGAGUUAGAAGAUCUCUUGAUGUAGAUGUGGUCUUGGUGUGGGGCAAUCAACUAAAGUAGCAGUGCUUCCCUUGGUGAGCAUACCUUAAAAUGGUGAUACUCAAAAUGGUGGUCCAUCCAUGGGUGCUGGCCCAUCAGCUGCUAGUCUCUGGAAAAUUUCUAGGUACAAAAAAGAGUUGUAAUCAAUGGAGACACAUGUGGUCCCUAGCAUUUUGUAGUACAAAGCAAAUACUCAACAUGCAUAGGUUUAGUAGUUAAUUCACAGGGAUGUUUUCCCACCUUGCUAUGCUGCAGAUAUAUUGCAUUGUAACCACUUUUGCUCCCAUCUAUUAUGCUCCUAUGGUGUCAGGAAAUACCUGAAAAUAAUAUUUUGAAGUUGUCUACUCUAUUUGAAGGAGGUCCAACAAUAUGUCCAUGAAGACUUUGCAUGAGUGUGCUAUCAAAUGGGCUUCCAUAGAAUGGGAUUUCUUGUAAGCACAGUAAAAAAGGAGGAAGACAAGGAACUGUAUAAUUCAAAAUAAAUGGGUGCUAGUUUGCAUAAUUUCAGAAUAUGCCAUUUACACACACAUGUGAAAUCUUUAAAAUGCUUAAAAGCUUUUAAUACUUCUGGAACAUGGUCAUACAGCCCGAAAAACAUACAACAACCCUGCUUAAAAGCUUGUUUGUAUGUUUUUCCAGGAUGUUUCUGUCAUGAAAAACUACCAUAGUAAACUUCCUCAUUGAUGCAUCACCAGCACCCUAAUAUUUGAUAACUAACUAUUCUGUUUAGGACAUAAAGAUUCUCAAAACCUUUUAGAAAUGAAUUUCCACAGAAAAGUCCAUCUCUCUUCUGUUUCCCCUCUUUCUUUGGCACCAUUGUAAGAUAUUCUUACAGGAAUGAAACAAGAUUAUUGUUUGUUGAGAGUAAUGCCUGCAGACAGAAUGUUGUUAUUGCUUCAGGAUUCAAUUAGAAUUAUUUUUCUUGAAUUAGUCAGUGUAGAGAAAACAAGGAAUAUUAAACGGAAAUAAAAUUAAAAUGAGUUAUAUAUGUUUUGCUGCUCCUCAAAACUUUGAGCAUUUCAUUUGGUAUGACUUCUAGAAAGCUAUUCUGCUUUUUAUUAUGUCUGUACAAGAUCUAUAUUAUAGUUUUAUCUCUUUAUCUGUUUAUAGCUAAGCCAGCUGGUUUCCAGCUCAUGAGCUGAUUUCUGGCCUAAAGGGCAGGAUGAGCAGCUCAAGUGUAGUUUCUGGGUAAUUCUAGAAAUUCAGCCAAAGAGGAAUUUGAAACUUCUGUGAUGCAUGUAUGUAAAACCAAUACACAAAAAAUGUUGUGGUACACUCAUACUACGCUGACCUGCUCUGUCACCCCAACCGAUGUUCCCUCUCAACAAUCCUACCAACCCUACUAAUUACACUGUGUAAGAAAAUUUGUAACAAAAAAUCUGUUCCUAGUUUGAAAGUGUUAUUCCUGUUUAACUGUGUGGUACCUACUUUGAAUGUAGCUAUUAUACUCCAGAAACUUCAUUUUUGUGGCAAGCAGAAUUCUGGGAAAUAUGGUUUGGGAAGGCAAAGAUCUCUGUAGCAGAGUAUUGAAAAACCCUUCCAUACUAAACUACAUUUUCCAGAAUUUUGCUCACACCAGAAGAAAGGGGCUGCCCACGUUAAAACCCCAGUGUAAGUUAAUCAUGUGUGCUUAACUUGGAAGCAUUCUUAAAAAUUAGAAGAUAAACUGAUUGUUCUGAAACUUGCUAGGCAUACUGCCCUGCUCAUGUUGUUUCACUGUCCCACAAUUUGAGGAGAUACCUCUUGUAGUUUUAAAACAUAUAUUUUUAAUUGAAAAACCUUUUUAAAUUCCUAAAAUCAAUAGAUGAACAAGUAUUUUGCAGGUUUGAUUAGCUGCUUAUGUUGUCUUGUUGUGCAGAAAUUCAAAGGGAUACUUUUGUAUUAUUUUUAAAAAAAAUUGUAAAAAGAAUUUAAAAUUCUAAAAAUCAGUGAAUGACUGAAACAUUCUGAAACUUGACAGGCUUAAAGUUGUAAAUGUUGCCUACAAGUGUGCCAGAUUUCAUCCUGAUAGCCAUAAAAAUGACAGAGAAACAAGCCUCGAAAUGUUCCCCAUUGCUGUUAAUGGAACAAAUCCUAACAAAGUAACUAUGAAGCUUUGGAGAUUCAAAUUACGAAUUGGAAUAGGACACCUCCUGAAUCUCCGAAAUGAAUUACUUAUUGGCUUUCAGCUGUUUCGCGCACCUCUAGUCAGUCAUGAGCAGGUGUGCCCAUUUUGGGUUUUAUUCUGAACUUUAAAUGGGUUUUCCUAAGUAUCUAACCUGUUUUGGUAACAGGUUCUCUUUGAAACUAAAAUUUAAAAUGCUCUCUUUCUGAUCUAGGUGUUUUUUUACUGAAAGAGCUUUUACUCAAUCCUGAAGGUAAAGGACCAUCAGAAGUGAAAGCAAAGGCAGUGAUAUGGCCCACUGAUGAUUAAGUUGGCACACAGACUAGUUACAGUCUUCACCACAAUGAUGACAUGGAAUUCUUCUGGUUACAGUCUUCACCAUAAUGGUGACAUGGAAUUUGUUUUGAAUUAAACUGCGGUAAUUAGGCAUGUGUACAUUAUGAUAUGCAAAUAAUAUUAUGAAAAUCGGUAACCUCCUUCUUCUCCUAUUUUGCUGGCAUCUUCUCACUGUUUUGGUGAUAUGUAAAUGGCCACCUAACCAGGUCUGCUUAGGCUUUCCUGCAUUUGCAUCCAUUCAGUUAGAGCACCACAUCUAAAAAUGACCUUGUCCUGCAGAAUGUUACCCUUUAAAAAAAAUGAGCUGGAGUGGAAAAAGAAAAACUUUGCCACAAGCUUUCUGUCUGUAGGCCAAUUCCAGGAGUGUUACUUUGAUAGGUUUCCCCUCUUUGACAUAUAAAUAAAACUCUGAACACAUAAACUAUCCCUAAUCCUGGUACUAGGCAACCCAGGCCAAAAUUGUAUGUACAUAUCCUUGUGUGUAAGUCCCAUUGAUCUCAACUUCCUUUGAAUAGAGCCAUGUAGCCCCGCAGUAUGAAUAUUGGGAGGAGUGCUGGUUUGGGGUCUAGGAGAGGGGGUUUCCAUAUAUGAUUAAUGUUUACAAAAGGCUUUGUAUGUUUUUGCUUUACCCUUAAUGAGGCAGCAGAUCAAGUUUAACAGAAAGGACACUGUGGUUUGAAAUAUGGGAUUGUGCCCAUCAAAGUCGGCUUGGGUCUUUGCUUGGCUUAUGAUGAAUACAGUUCUUUAAUAGUGGCCUGGUGUUCAUGAAAAACGUAUUACAGAGGCAGAGGGAAGCCAAGAAUGAAGAAAUGGCUGAGUGGCACCAAUCAAUCACUCCUUUUAAAAGAUGAACUGAUCUUUCUUUUCUUUCACCCUCCUUUUCUUUUUUUCCAAAGUAACACUUCAUAAAAAGCCUUCCAACAUAAAUAUGCAAAGCAUUAGGGCAAUUAUAUUUUGCGUGUUCCUUCCAGCAUUUCUGGUACAUGGACUGGCUCAAGCGGAGAGUUGAGAAUGUGGGCAGUAAAACAGCAAAUCUUGCUUCAAAAGGGGGGAAGAAGGGGAGGGGAGAGUGGUUGGAAUUUAGAGGGAAGUGCCUGUUAAAUAGGAGCUGUAAAAUUAGAUUACACAGGAUGUGUUCUAAAUACAAGUCUCCCUGUAAGGCUUAUUUGGAGGCCGAGGUGUGUCGCUCAGGGACAGUAAGGAGUUUUUAAGGUGGAGUUUAAAGCACAAAAGAUGUGCAUGAACAUACAAAAUACACACCAUAACCUCCAACUGUACCAAAUCUACAGAGAACCUUAUCACAUGGUCUUAGAAGACAUGUUUUAAACAUUUCCCCACUGGGUUAAACGUGUCCCUUCCCAUGACGCACAUUCUGUUCCAUUAGAAAUCUGUGGGUUCCUGUUGGGAAACUGUCUGCUGCCCAUCCGUUUUGAAACCAGUUGGGAAUCAUAUUUGCCUCUCUAUGGGCACAUGGGAAUCAGUCAUCGCCCAUUUUGACCCAUUUGAUUUCCGUUGACACAUCAUAGUGAUGUAUUCUGUGUGGGCAUGCAUGAUGGGCAGGUCUAGUUAUUCCUUUGCCAUAGCCUGGAGAAAAAGAAGUGUGUGUAUGUGUGUGUUGGGGGGGGGGAUAAACUGGGUUUUAAAUCUUAUUUUUCUACAACAGAAAAAUCAUAGAGUAGCCACUUCAAGAUCAUUAUGUUAAUGUUUGGAAGCUUCGGGCUACUCACCUUAAGAACUAGAACUCCCAAGGCAUGAUAUCAAAAACAGUGCUAUGGUCACUAGUGAUUUUAAGCUGUGAUGUAGGAAAUCUCCUGAUGAAUUGCGAGGAGACACACACUGCUCAUGUGAUGAGGUAGAAAGCAAAACCAAUCUUUGAAAAUUGGAAGAAGCGCAUCACAUGUGAUGGGGGUGAAUUGGCACCCAUCUUCUUUUAAUACGGCUUGCAUACUGAACACUAUGGAAUGAUGUUCUCCCUUUAUUUUUGAUUUACUUUACUGAGUUCAAAGUACAAAAGGGGUUUGUGGUUAACUCAGCAGGGAGAACAGGUGUGUGUGAGAGAGACAUGUGUGUGUGUGUAAUUGUGUCCAAAUGUUGCUACAAGAUUUCUUAACUUUUUGCCUCAUUUUGUCAUUUUUGUUGUUUUGAUUGUACUGUGCCUACAAGGCAAACCUGGUACUUAAUUUUUGGGGCAAGUUUUAUUCAGAGCUGUAAAGGUGAUAUCAUCAUCAUCAAAAUUUGAACACAAGGUGGCUUACAGUUUAAAACAAAAAUACAGUUAAACAUACAAAAAUGAACUUUAAAAUAUAAUUAAACUCAUAAUAUUAAAAUCCUUGAAAUUUCUAGAAUAAAAGAAUAAAAUGCAGUUUAAAAGAUUUAAAUGCUAUUAGAAACAGUACGAUCAGUUUAAAAUGUUACAACCAGUUAAACACUAUUUCAGUCAGUCUGGUGAGGCAUGCAAUUUGCAGGCUAUCAUCUGAAACAAAUUUCCUUUUCCUUUAAGGCUCAGAAACGCCUUGUCCUGCUCUGAGGAUUUGCCUCCACAGUUUACCUUAUUACCUCUGCAUUCCAUAUUGGUUUUUAUCAUACUCCUGUAUGUCCAAACUCAGAUGGACAUUGUGCCGUCUUUCUUCCCCCUGUGCUGAAUGGCACAGGGGAAGGGGAUGGCUCACCCUGUGUUUAUACUCUGGACUGGCACAAGAAGCAGCCUGAUGCACUCAGCUGAAUGCGAUACUGGCUAGUCAUGCAGGUGCCCCAUUCUGACACCAGCAGAGAUAUCCACAAUGACUUGAAACUUGCAUGGAGUGGUGAUGACAACAUUGGACAUACCCUCCCUCUUCCCAUUUGCCAUGCAAUAUAGGGAAAGGGCGAUGGUGUGGAGCCCAUCUGAACAGUAGAUCAGGCUGAAUCAGACCAGAUCCAUCUAUCCAAACUGCCACAUAGCCCUGGGAUACUUUGAAGUUUCCAGCAAGUUUCCAGUCAACUCUGGACCAUCCCCUGACUUUGGUGAAAGUGAGGCAAAUUCAAAGUAAAGCAAGAAAACCCACAAUAAUCACCAGAAGUCAGCCAAUGUUCUGGGUACAGUCAGCAAUAGAUUGGAUUUAAGUCCACUUUUUCUUGUCUGUGUAGAGUUACUCUUAGUGGCUUUCAGGACUGAAUAGUGUUAACAUUCUACCUGCCCAACACAAAAACCUCUAUGUCCUGAGUCUUACUGCAAUUGGGAAUGGCAUCCCUGAAGUGAAUCUGCUGGCAUUGAGUUCAUGCAGAAACUUUGAUCAAAAACUUAAAACGAGUAUAAGCUUUUGCUCGUUUUUUAGCCCAAGCAACUGGGACUGGGAGGAAAUUGGAAGCUCUUUCUCCUUAGCAGAGACAGUGGGUUACUCAUGAAAAAGCAUAAUGGCUUUCAUUCAAAGGUGCCAUAUGGCUCUUUAUAAGAUUUCUGCACAGCAAUUGCUGUAGCAGUAACUAAACAAAUGACACUGUAGCACAAUAUAAUGCCUGUCAAGAGUGGUGAUAAAAGAAUGUUUUAUUUCUCUUCUCUUUGUAUUUUUCUUCUUUCCCUGCUUCUUACUUAAUGCUUAUCUAGAGGAUAGAAUUGCUAGGACACCCAGGGUGACUGCUUUUGGCUCCCAAAGAGACCUGUCAGGGAGCUUGGUUCAAGUGUUACCUUUAUCAACUCAUUUAACUACACUUGGUUGUGGCACCACAACCAGAUCUGUUGUGGCACCACAACCAGAAGUAGAUCUUCUGGGUCUCCAACCUUAACAAAAAUCAUAGAGGCAGGUAGGGCUUGCAACAUCAAGUUUCAACAUAUCUGCAUAGUCAAGUAAAUCUACAUUGUAGAAUUAAUGUAGUUUGACACUGUUUAACUGCCAUAGCUCAGUGCUAUGGAAUCACGGGAGCUAUUUUUCAUGGUCUUUAGCCUUUUCUGCCAUAUAGUGACAGUCAACUCCCAUGAUUCCAUAGCAUUGAGCCAUGAAACUUAAAGUGGUGUCAAACUUCAUGAAUUCUUCAAUAACAGGAGAGGAAAACCUCAAUUUCCUAAACCCAUCCAAAUAGGCUCUGUGACUUUGGCCAGAAGCAGACAGACAGCCUAGUCCAGCCCUCUUUAAACAUCUCUUGAAGAAAUCAGAAUAUUUCAGCUUCCCAGGUCCUUACCAACCAGUAAUCCCACUAAGGCUAGUCAAUUGGUUACCAGACCAAAGAUCAGAUUCAGCAUUUCCUAGCAUACUCUUCUUGCAAUCUUUGCACCCAUUGCAAGUUGGGUAUUAUUAUCUUUAUUAUGAAGAUGGGGCUGGUGAAGUUGAAAGAUGGUGAGGUUGAAAGAUAAUAACUUGCCUAAGGAUGUCUAGUGAGUUCAUGGUAGCAGUAAAAUUUGAACCUGAGAUUUCCUGAUCUGUUGUAGUAUAUAAACUACACUACUCCACUGUUUUCUACUCUGACAACAAUGACUUUCUAAUCACUGGCUACCCUGACUGGUGGAUUCUGAGAGCUAUUGUUCAAAGAGUAACUUUCCCAAGGUUUAUUCUACAGAGCCAAUAGCAUUUUUUUUCUAUGACUACUAGGUAAAGGUAAAGGUUUUCCUCUGACAUUAAGUCUAGUUGUGUCAGACUCAGGGGGUUGGUGCUCAUCUCCAUGUCUAAGCCCAAGAGCCAGCAUUAUCUGUGUACAUGUCCAAGGUCAUGUGGCUGGCAUGACUGCAUAGGCUCCUUCUAUGAUUGCUACCUAAUCCUAAUUUAUGGCUGGAAAUUGUGUAGUCUUCUAGAUGUGAUAGAACUGCAACUCAGACUGUUUCUCACCAUUGGCUUCACUUGGUUAGGGCACCUGGAAGUUUCAGUCUAGCAGUAUUUUAAGGCCUUACAGUUCUCAACUUUAUUGUGGAAAUCAUAGCUGGAUGUUUUCGUAUGAAACCUCUAUUUUAACUGGAGUUUAUAGAAAUUAAAACUGAAACCUCAUUCAUGAAAAACAUGUGUUCUGUCUCCAAACUACAAUCACUUCUACCUGUUCACAAAUACUAACCUCAUAAUAUCAUGCUACAUCAGAAAACCUUUGAUUAAAAAAAUCUGGAACAUUUAGCUGUCUUUAUUUAGUGUGAGAGGAGAAAAGGCAAGAAGUUAUUAAAUAUCUUAAGCCUUUUAAAGUGGUACAUAGGCACCAUUGACAAUCUCUACAGGUGGCCAGGUAAGAGACUAUUUUUUUAUACAGAAAUAGCACUGAAAUUGCCAUAUGUCUAGUGUGAUCAGAAGAAGUCAUUCCACCAGUCUUACCAACUCUGAUAAAGCUUUUACAGCAGAAGCAAAUCAUACUGUAUGUCUAUCACGGUUUGGGGCUGUGUGGCCCUCAAAAUGUUGUUAAAUUGCAUUCUUCCUUUUUUGCCUAUAAUACCAAUGGUUGCUGGGAGUUGCAAGACAGCAACAUCUAGCUUGUAUCAAUAGGUGGGUAAUGCCUAGAAUGAGUAAAAGAAUAACACCACUAUCUUCUGCUUUGAACAUAUCUCUCCUGGAAUCUCACCUGGAAUUCUGUAUCUAGUUCUGGGCACAGUUCAAGAAGAAUAUCAAUAAGCUGAAAUAUAUCCAGAGAAGGGCAACCAAAAAGGUCAAAGGUUUGGAAAUUAUUUGUUAUGAAGAAUUGUAUAGAGAACUGGGUAUGGUAAGCUUGGGGCAGUGAAAAUUGAGGUGACUUGAUAGCCAUGUUGAAAUAUUUGAAAAUAUGUCAUACUGAGAAAGCAGCAAGCUUGUUUUCUGCUACUCAAGGCCCUAAGAUGUAAUGGAUGCAAACUACAGGAGAAAAGAAUCUACUGAAACAUUAUGAAAAAAUGUCCUGAUGAUUAAAAAACUCUUCAACAGUGGAAUAUGUUGCUUCAAAAUAUGGUGGAGUCUGAUUUUCUGGAGGUUUUUAAACAGAGGCUGAAUGAUCAUCUGCUUGGAGGGCUUCAAUUAUAUAUUCCUGCAUGGCAAGGAGGUUGGACUGGAUGGCCCUUGUGGUCUCUUCCAAUUCUAUGAUUUUAUGAUCUAGAUUGAGGACCACACCAUUCCCACUCCAUUGAAUGGGACAUGUCCCAAGUAAUUUCCACUGUCUCUUCUACCCAAAAAUGAAGCCAAAUAUAUGCAAGAGGGGGAAGAAGCAUAUGUUUUUAACUGCUGAAGGCACUUGAAAUAAUACUGCCCAUAGCUAUGCCCCCACGCUUAAUGCUAAAAUCCAGGUAGUUGGUUUUCAUCCAGUUCUAGCAGGUGUUUCAUAAAUGUAAUGGGUCUUAAUUGGUCACUCAAAACCAAGCCAUGCUAAAAUACUUUGCAUCAUAUUCCUCCCAGUUAGUGUGAGAAUUGCUGCUGAGCUCAGAGGCAAUGUGCAAGGGAUGGCAAAGAAAGGUGCAAGGGUGACAUCAUUGUCCCUGCAGAUCCAACCAUCACGGGGCUUUGAUUCUGAGCUCAAGUAUACCAUUUGGCCUCCAGUCUUCUAAAGCAACAUUUACAACCUUAACAUUCAGCAUUUUAAAUGGUGAUGAUCAUGAGUCAGAGGAGAAAUGCAGCAGCCCUUGAGCGCCUAAUCCAUAUUGCGUAUUUGCUGAUGAAAUAACAAGUUUUCCGGCUGCCUGUGUCUUUUUUCCCCAUGGAGUCAUCAAAAGCCUGUGCUAGGCCGGUAAUAUAUAUUCACUUUCUGAACUGUGCCUUAUAUAUUUACGCCUGCAUUAUGCUCUUGUUUGGAAUCACACUCGAGGGAAAUUCGGUUUAGAUAUAGUCCUCUGUUUUUUGUUUUCAUUUAAAAAAUGAAGCCUGUAGUGAUUCCAUAUGCUGUCCCUUUCACUUUCCAUUCCUUAGACAAAUUGUUCCAUGGAUUCUAUAUCCACUCCCCACCUUUCAGUUCCCUCUUCUCUCUCUCUCUGUCUCUCUCUCUCUCUUUUCUCUCACUUUCUAAAUGUAGAGAGGUAGCUCGUCUAAAGUUAACCAUUCUGAAUCAUUUAAUAUUUAUGCUGCUCUCGUGCUGCUCAGCAUUUCCUUUAUGCAGGAUUGCAUAUUAGAUAAGAUCACAGAUCUACUCUGAGCCAAAUGCUGUAGCUCUACUGAGGUCUGACUGUACUUCAGAUGUCAAAAAAAUAUGAAUAGGUGGUCUUAAUGCUCUCCUCUGGUGUUAUAUCUGUCUAUAGAGAAUAUAGCUUACAACAGAUUAGCAGCAAUAGAGGACUUGACAUAUACUGGAAAAGCAGGAAGAAUGAUGCUUGUUGACAUUAUCGGCUAAACCUGUAGGGGAGUUUUCUUCCUUUUUUUCCUUUUUUUAAAAAGAAUAUUUGCUUAUUUGUUCACCUCUACUAUUCUCUGUCUAUGUUUAUUUGCUAUUUAUCUUUCCAUAGUUGUUUUUUGUAUUUAUCCAUCUAUUUUAUAUGACAGCCUUAGUAGGCAUUUUGUCAGAACAUCUUAUAAAUCUGCCUGCUCUCCUCUUUUAUUUAUUUAAUAUUUCUUUUUCUCUUCAGCUUUUAAUCAUUUGCUUAAAGGUGACAUGAUCCAACUAGUUAACAGCCAAUAGUGACUGGCUACCACAGCAUUGGUGAUGUUACAGAAUGGGACACACUGUAUGGCUGGAUGGAGUAUUGUGGAUUCCAUGGUCCAAAAAUUUUAUGUUUCACCAGUAAGAAGUCAAUAUUUUAGCAAAGUGAAAACUUCUGUCUGAAACUGAUUGGUGCCACUUAAGACUCUUCCAGACAGGUCCCAAAGUAUGGGCCUUGAUGAACUUUAAACUGAGAUGUUCAAACGACACCUCUGGUAAAAGAGGAUUAAUUAAAUGGAUGCCCCAUUAGUCCUGUGCCUUUCUAAAAGAGUCUGUCCCCACAACCCAAUUCACUUCUUUGGGCUCCAUGAGCCCGAAGAUAUGAAGAGGGCACCCUCCUCCCCAACCCCCCUCCAAAAGCCCUUAAAAUAAGAAGAAACUUACCAGGCAUUAUGAGGCCUCUCCGGCAGGCCUCCUGGCACGUAGAAAUGAUGUGCCAGGAAGCGGCAUGUCAUUUCUAUAUGUCAGGAGACCUUUGGAGGAGAAGUUUCAGUGGCACUAAGGCUACCGUGUUGGCAUGGGAUACCAACUGGGCAAGCCCUAUUGUUUUGGGCAGGGCAUGGGGACUUAAACCUGCUUUGGAGUUAGUUUCUUUAAUCUGCUCUGAAGCAGGUUUAAGCCCUGUCUGGAAGCUCCCUGUGUGUUCUUUAUAACUAACAUUUCACAGAUUAAAACUGGACAAGCAAUAUUAGAUUGUGUUUAAUAAUGGCAAAGGUUAGUAAUGGGCAAAAAAACACAAAUUAGGAGAAGCUGCAGCGGUUUGCUUUUACCCGAGCAAACUGGAAUGGGAUUUCUCCUCCAUAUCCUUUCCCCUUGAUAAAUUAACUACACUUAGAAAUCAGUUAACAGGAAAUGAAUCAGCGAACAAAGGGAAAAGUUGCAAAGAGAAAAUGGGAUCUGAGAUUUUUAAAGCAAUGGAAAAGCCAUCUGGCAAAAUUAGGACAGUUGAAAGAUAUGAUCUACAAAUGUCCCUCCAUAUUCACUGUUUUGGGGGGGUUUUUUGUUUGGGGGGGGGAUUUGAUUGUUUGUGAUUUUGUAGUUGUCAUUUAACUUGCUUGAACUUCUCACUCACUCCUCCUCAUCUGCUCCCCUCUCCAUCUCAUUUCUUCCCAUUGCCCACAGUCUUUCCCCUUUCCUAUUUUGGAAUCAGAUUUUCAAAGCCCUUCCAUCUCCCUAGGACAGCUGUUGGCCAAUUCCCUUCUUUUUGCCCCUACUUCUCCUUCUCCCUGCUCCCUGCCUCUUGUCCUGCCAACAGUGUCAACCCAUCACUCUCUUUAUCCUUCUUGCUGAUCAUGCAGAACCUCCUACCAGGCACUUGCAAGGACUCUGUGGUUUGGCAGGUAGAAACAUGGGACUGCAGUUCAGGGAAAGGGUAAUGGGGGCAGUAGUGUCCAUGUGCACAUUGGAUUGGUCCAAAACAGACCCAGUCCAGCUGUCCUGAGGGCAACAAAGCCCUAGAGCAUUCUGAAGUCUCCUGUAUUUCCCUGACAUUGCUUGAAGUGGAGCAAAGUUGGGUUAAGGGCAAAAUAUUUGAGAAUACUUAUUGAAAAUCCACAUGCAUCGUGAAAAUUACCAGUGCUAGAUUCAGGGAUUUUUACUAAUAUUAAGCCAUUGCAAUGAUUGGAACAGUGAAAUGUGCAAUCUGAAAAAUUACCAAAUAAAUAGCAAGAGGGAAGGAGGGAAAGUGAGCGACACAGAGGGCUACAAAACCUACCUGCACUAUUAUGGGCACAUGCCUACGUUCAUUGUCUUUAGUAAAGAAUGUCAUAAAAUAAAGUUUUAUGAGAACUGCUGUGGCCUAUGAAGAAUAGAAGAAGUGAUCACCAUUGCCUUCAAGUUACAAUUUCAACAACUGUGGGUUUCCAUUACUUCUGGUAUUCUCUUACUGAACAUAUGCUGGGCAUUUGUGAAAGGGCUUUAAUUCUCUGGAUUAGCCCAACAUUCACAUAAAUCAGUAGUUGAGAGUAAUGAAGCUUUUGUAUCUCAUAGCGCUUCUUAUUCUUGAUGAAUAGGCUAAGAAAAAGGAGAAAUACACAGUUAUGUAGGGGUGAUGGUCUCAUGGUUAACCUGCAACUUCACAAUUCUCUGGAGUUGAAUGGCCUAAGGUUACAAACAUGUGGGUUUUGAAACUUCAGUGAGAAAGGCCAUCUCAAGCAUAAUAAAAUGAAUUUUUAAUUCUCAUUUUAAAAAGCCUGAAUUUGUACUUGAUGAGGUUUAUGGCCUGGCUUCUAUCAACAUCACCUUAUAAAUUCUGCUCCCAGUCUCUGACUCCCAAAGCUCUCCAUAUAAAAAAGAGCAAUGAAUGGAAUUUCACUUUGUUUUUGGUUUGAGCUUUAAAAGAAAUGAAACAGGGGAGAAUGAUACUUGUAACAUAUCAGAAUAGACUAAUGACAGUAUGUCACAUUUACUGGAAUAUUACUGAAAUGCAUAAAAUGAAUUUGAUUUUUUUUUCUUACUAUUCAUAUUUUUGGAACACAUUGGUCUGCCAUCUGGCUUUGGCUGAGGUUUUUUUGAGAGUAAACUAUGUCAUUGACCCCCUAUUUUUGUGACUUUUAUCAGUCUCUCAUAUUUGUGCUUAUCAAAAACAAUGGAAAUAAUAUAUACCAUUGUUCAUUUCUUGAUAAAAAAAAAGAAUAAUACAGAGGUGUGAUUUUUUUUUUUUGGCGUGGUACUUACACAUCCAGAAAUUUGGAACUUCUACAUCCAGAAAUUAUUAUGAAAAGAAAAACAUGCUUUUGAUGGUAUUCAGGGCAAAAUAUACUUUUCCCAGGCAUCUACCUGUGUUUGUGUGUAUGUGUAUGUGUGGAAGAUUGCUAUUGUCUACACAAGAAGAUAUCAAGCUUGCACUACAGAAAUCUUCCACAAAAAGCAGCAAGCUUGCAUAAAAAAUAGACACAUGUUUUUAUUGUGCAAGAUUGCUGCUUUCUAUGAAAGACUGUUAUGCAAAACUGCUGUUUUUUGUGUAGGAAAUCCCAGUCUUACAUAAAAAGACCCACACAUGGCUGCUUGGAAACAGUGUUUUAUGUGCAGAAAAAUUUCCCCAAACAUUUUGGGAGUGGUGAACAUUGCACAAGAUCUGUGCAGAAAUCAUUGUUUUCUUUGCAUUCUGUAGAAAACUCUACAAAUUAUUCAUGCUGACAUGGUUGUGUGUUGUUAGACCCCUGCUUCAAACCUUUUGCACCUUAUGGGAAAUUAGCUUCUUACUAACAUAGCUGUUUUAGAUAACACAUUGAGACAGACAAUGUUUGACCACCCUCCAUUUUGAUGCAGGAGCUACUGGGAUAAAGGUCUUUCUGGACAGGCCCUUGGUCUAGUCUACUGAUAGUUUCCCUUCUAGAGAUAGUGUUCCGUCCCCCAGGACGAUGGUUUGCCUUACCUAUUGGUCGUUUGUUUGUUUUCCCUCCUUUACAUUUUGUUUGAGCCUCUGGCUGCAAAAGCCUAGGAAAAAUGGCUUGGAAUCUGCAAGAGCUGGCUGCAGUUUUCUUUGCAGUGAUUGGUCAAAGAAUGCAACAUCUUAGGACCGCCCUUUUUACCAGGGUCUAGUCUCCAUUUUGGAGUUUCAUUCUGGCUAUAGUCUUCCAACGUGCUGGAGCUGUGCAAGGCUAACUGGGACAAAUCAUCCUCAAAACCAGGCCAAUCUAAGCCUAUCCAAAUUAGAUAAGUAUUGAAUUAUAUUGAUCUGGAAUAGGAAAUCUAGUUAGAGGAGCAAAGUUAUUCCAUCGCUUCUAGAACUAAUCUUUGCUGUAAAGAUAGGGAAGGAAAGAGUUUUUCCUUCUAAUAUAGGCAGCGUGAUUAGGGUAUAGUGGUUUUAUAAUCACCUUUGCUUUCUGGAACCAGGGAUAAUUCUGUACCUAAAACCUAUAGAAAUUUGUUUCAUUUUCUGCAACUUUAAGAUCUGUGCCAGGUUUACAACCUUGUAUGAAUAAACAUCCUUUUUUGAAGUUAUCCAGACUCAGUCGUUCAAUAUCUAUAGGACAGCUUAUAGGGAUUUGCAGUUCGCCCGGAUAAAGGACAGCACGUUUCAGUUUUAUAGUUUUUUAUGGUCCGGCGGACGGCACAGUUUUGAGGUAGAUCAGCGGUUUUUCCGCUUGAGCUAGCUUGCACGGCUUUAUAGUUUUUUAUAGUUUAGGAAGUUUUAGUAUAGGCUGCGGCUUUUCCGCCUGAGCUCAGUCUGCAUACCUAAAGACUCUACCAGCGUCUGAGGCAGUGGAGCCCGCUCUCAGACCUGAAGGAGUCAAAUAGUGGGGCUCUAUUUCCUUGCUAUUUGGCUCGCGUGUGCGCACGUGGCCCAGUGGCUUUCUGGGUUUGCACAGGCUGUGCAGUUCCCAGCAACGUCCAGGGCUCCCUCGGCGGUAGACCUCGAGCCGCGGAGCACCAGCGACAGUUCUUUGGCUGGCUCUGAGGCGUGAAGCCCACCAGAACCAGGCUAGAACCUGGACAGGCCUGGCAACGCUGCUGCGAGUUCGGCCGGAGCACUCGGCCGGCUUCGACCUGCCUCAUCGUCCUGCGGUGGUGACCUGCCUCAUGGUCCGGCGGUGGUGACCUGCCUCAUCGUCCUGCGGUGGUGACCUGCCUCAUCGCCUGGCGGUGGUGACCUGCCUCAUCGUCCUGCGGUGGUGACCUGCCUCAUCGUCCUGCGGCGGUGACCUGCCUCAUCGUCCUGCGGUGGUGACCUGCCUCAUCGUCCUGCGGUGGUGACCUGCCUCAUCGUCCUGCGGUGGUGACCUGCUUCAUCGUCCUGCGGUGGUGACCUCCCUUCACAGCGGGGAGGAGGCGUCUCUUCUCUCCUCCUUUCCAAAGCCAGCCUCGGUGCUCCUUCGGCGGCAGGCCUCGAGCCGCAGAGCACGAGGUGCUUGAAAAUUUGGCGAAGUCGCCAUUUUGGCAGUUUACGUCACUCGGGCAAGGGAGGUAUCAAGUGGCAAGUUGCUGUCAGUUGGCAUUUUGCAACUUGCUCACCAAAAUCUGGCGCCAAAGGUCACAAUCUUUGUAAAGUAUAGUUACUUAGUGAUAUAUAUUGCUAUGGUUAAGUGUUGUGCAUUGUAUUAUAUAUUGCAUUUGCUUUUAUUGUAAAUUUACUUGCUGGUAUGUUGUAUUUGCUUUUGUUGUAAAUUUACUUGCUAUUAAGAAUACAUAAUGUCUAUGCAAUUUCAAGACGAUACAGAUGGUAUACCUCCUUCUGAGGCUGAAAGUAGGAAUGAAAGGCCCCAAAGGAUAAAGCACCCUUCAGCCAAGAUGCUAGCCCAUCUAAUAGAUGAAAAGGAGCUCCUCCAUGUGAGGUUAGGUUCGGCAUGGGAGCGAAUUGUAACAUUGAUGGACAGAAUUGAGAGCUUGGGUAUUACAAGGGUGCCAUCCAUAUUACAGACAGACCUUGAAGAGACCUUCGGUCUCUGGAGGGGUUUGGUGUCUAAGAUAGUCCAGGUCCUCGAGCGCAUUAACGCCAAGGAUUCAGAGUUAGAAAUAGGGAGUGUUUUAGCUGACACUAAUGAGAAAGAAAAUAGGGUGAGGGCAAUCCUAGCUUCCUUAUGCAGCCAUGAGACCAAUCUUUUGAAAUCACCUGCUGUGGCACUUAGUCUUAAGUCCAACCGCUCUAGCCAGGUAUCUAAACUAAGGGAGCGUGCAUCGUCUAAACACAGCCACUCUAGCAAGUCUUCUGCUGCUGGGAGUGCCAUCUCUUCCCUAGCUGCCUUGCACAUUAAGGAGGCUGCACGUCUGGAGCUAAAGAGUAAGGUAGCGGGGGCGGAGGCUGAUGCUAAGGCAGCUGAUCUCACCCUUCCCUUUAAAGAAGAAGAGCAACGACUGCAAAUAGAACAGGCCCGUAGACAAAGCGAAAUGCAAAUAGAACAGGCCCGUAGACAAAGCGAAAUGCAAAUAGAACAGGCUCGUAUAGAGAUGCUUAGAAUAAAGAUGGAUGCCGCAGCCAAAAGGGUAAGGGCUGAGACUUUGGCCAAGGCCCUAAUUGAGCCACUCACAGAAGAAAAUGUAAGCCAGUUACCAAUACAGGACCCUUCUGCCAAAGUGUUUGCGCACCUUGGCAGCAUGUACAGCCAGUUUUCGGAUGAGGAACAGGGAGACUUCUCUCCUUACCCAGAGCAGGGCCCCAAAGUCACUUUUGAGUUUCCUGCAGAGCAGAGCGUCAUAGCGGGGAGCUCACCCUUGCUCGAGCUACCUGUGCCUCCUGCUAAAACCCUAGGUCAGUCAAUCAGGGCCUCAAGGCCGAGCGCUAGUUGGCCCCUACAGACAGCUGCACAGGGAACCAUCGAUUCGUCAGUGGUCGAUGUCAUCCCUCCAAGAGGCCAAAGGUUGACGCAAGGUACACGGUGGGAGUCCACUCCACAACAGCAAACUCCUCAAUUGUUCCCUUCGACGCCAGAGUCCCAGCUUGUCUCCAUCAUCAGAAGCCCCAGAAGAGAUCUUAAGGACAAGGGUGUCGAAAAGUUUUCGGACAAGCCUGAGGAAUUUCUUCUCUGGAAGGCCACCUUCCAGAGAGCAAUCAGAGACUUAAAGUUAUUGCCUGAGGAAGAACUGACUCUUCUGGCUGCAUGGUUGGGCCCAGCCUCAUCCUCACAAGUUAAGAAGAUCUACGCAGCCCACGUAGCCGAUCCCGACAAAGCCCUGGAAAAGGCCUGGGCCAGGUUGCAGCAGAGGUAUGGGGCCAGCACAGAGAUUGAAGCAUCUCUUAUGGACAAGCUCCAAAGGUUCCCAGCUUUAAAACUCAAAGACUUCAAACUCUUGUGGGACCUCAGCGAUCUCCUUGGUGAAUUAGAGUCGGCCAAGGAGAAUCCAGAACUGCCCGGUUUGAAGUGCCUCGAUCAGCACCUGUCCCAGAGGCAGAUCUUGACCAAGCUGCCCUUCACUUUGCAAGAACGCUGGGGACAGGAGGUCUUCAACUACAAGGAGGCCCACUCCCAGGCAUACCCUCCAUUUUCUCAUUUGGUCCAGUUCAUCACCAGGGCAGCCAGAGAAAGGAAUGAUCCACAGACGGGCCUCCCCACCUUAUACCAAGGGACCCAGCCAGAGAAGGCACCUGAAGUGGACAAGAAACCACCUAGAGAGGCCAAUAGACCUGUCAGCGUAAAGGCAGUCGAAACUCAACUCAAGACUGACGAACCCAGGUCGGAGGUAAAAGAGUUGCUUUGCCCUAUUCACCAAAAGCCUCACAGCUUGGCCAACUGCAGGGAGUUUAGUAGAAAGACAUACAAAGAAAGGCAACAGCUAGUUCAAAAGCAGGGAAUCUGCUUUAGAUGCUGUGGAGCAACUCCACACUUUGCAUCCAACUGCAAAGAAAACAUCAAGUGUGAGAAAUGCAACAGCCUCAAGCAUUGCACCACAAUGCACAACUCCAAUAUCAUCUCCCACCCCAAAGAGAACGCUUCACCAAAAGAAAAGUCAGCAGUCGAAGACACCGACAAGCCAGCCGCACCAGAGAUGCAGGUGGAAGUUUCAGCAGUCGCCUGUACAGAGCUGUGUUCUGACUCGCACCAGUACAGAGUUUGUCAUCCUAUCUGCCUAGCGGAUGUAUAUCCAGCCAAGAGCCCUUGGCUUAGAAAGAGACUCUAUGUGGCCCUGGAUUCACAGAGCGACGCCUCCCUGGCUACUCCAGAGUUCUUCCGCAUGUUUGACCUUAAAACCAAGAUGGUCGACUACACUAUGACUACGUGUGCAGGAAAAAAGAAGUUGCAGGGUCGCAUAGCAUCUGGCUUCGUUGUCUCCUCUUGCGACCAGAAGAGACAGUUCAAGUUGCCAGACCUGAUUGAGUGUUCCUCUAUUCCCCGGAACAAAAGGCAGAUUGUCACCAGAGAAGUUGUGGAGGCUCAUCCACAUUUGCGACGGUUAAAGAAUGCUAUACCAGCCUUUCGGCCAGAUGUGGACAUUGCCCUUUUGCUUGGCUCGGACUGCCCGAGCUUGUUCUGUGUGAACAACCAAGUUAAAGGACCUCCAGGUGCACCUAUCGCACAACAAUUGCCAUUAGGCUGGACAGUCAUAGGCCCAGUGUGCAUAAACAAGAUGCACCCACCAUCGUCGUUGGACUCCAAUCAAGCACAGGUGCUUAAAGGUGGACGUCCUACACUUGUGCGCAGUUGCCUAAGUCAUAUCUCGGUCUACUGCCAAGCAAUAACUCCAGAGUAUUCCUCCAUCUUCAAAGUCUCUGAGAGAGACGAAGCCACAGCGCUCUCGAAAGAUGAGCAAAGGUUUUCGGACAUUAUGAAUGCUCAAGUCUCACGAAGUGCAGAGGUGAAAGCCUGCAAAUCAACCACAGAAAUCAAGAUGGGCCAAAGAUCUUGUCUGGAACGACACCAUUUUGAACGUUUUUCGGAAUGGCACAGUCUUCUUAGAGCAGUUGCUAGGCUUAUACAUCGCUUAGUCUGCAAAGAUAGUCAGCCUUUGCAAGUUCAGGACAUGUUGAAGGCUAAGGGAGUAAUAUUCAGGUCAGUUCAGAGGCAUGAGUUUAGUCUAGAAAUAGCCAGGUUAGAACAAGGGCUUGACACCCCCAGCCGGAGUUUCUUGCGUGAGUUAAACCCAUUUCUAGACAAGGAGGGCAUUUUAAGAGUGGGAGGGAGGUUAGCUAAGGCUAAACUCAAAGUGUGUACAAAGAACCCCAUCAUUGUACCCCCCAAUAGCCAUAUUGCUUUGUUGUUGGUUCGUCACUACCAUGAGAAAAUCCAUCAUCAGGGUAGAACUCUGACUGAGGCGACCCUUAGAAAUGAAGGCCUGUGGGUGGUAAAUGCUAAAAGUUUGGUCAGCAGUGUUAUUUUUAAGUGUGUCAAAUGUCGGCGACUCAGACGUAACUGUCAAAGUCAGUUAAUGGCAGAACUACCUCAGGAUAGGACUUUGACAGACCCACCCCUUUCCCAUGUGGGAAUCGAUGUGUUUGGUCCUUGGGAGGUUGUCACUAGGAAAACCAGGGGUGGUGUUGUAAAUAACAAAAGAUGUGCGGUUUUGUUUACUUGUUUGUCAGUACGAGCUGUCCAUAUAGAAGUCAUAGAAGGGAUGGACACUUCAUCAUUUUUAAAUGCAUUGAAAAGGUUCAUAGCCCUCAGAGGGCCAAUUAAGUCAAUUUGAUCGGACUGUGGCACCAAUUUUGCAUGUGCAGACCUUAGCCAACCACUUCUGGAAGAGGUGGAAGGCCGAAUAUUUAAGCCAGCUUCCAACCAGAAGACUCUGGCAAACCCCAGAGGACAAUUUCAAGGUGGGAAACCUUGUGUUGCUAAAGGACAAAGACUUGCCCCGCUAUGCCUGGCCUAUGGGCAUUACACUAAAGACCUUUCCUUGCCCUGACGGUAAGGUUAGAAAAGUUCAGGUAAAGACUCAUAGUAAGGACAAAAUGUCUGUCCUGGACAGACCAACCAGCAAUCUCGUGUUGCCUGUCCAAAGUGUGUAAGUUUUAUACUGUUUUAUUGUUGUGUAUACAAAGGUGUUUGUAUGUUUUUGAUUGGUAAAUUCCCAUAUCCUGGGAAUUUAGCGGGGAGUGUUCCGUCCCCCAGGACGAUGGUUUGCCUUACCUAUUGGUCGUUUGUUUGUUUUCCCUCCUUUACAUUUUGUUUGAGCCUCUGGCUGCAAAAGCCUAGGAAAAAUGGCUUGGAAUCUGCAAGAGCUGGCUGCAGUUUUCUUUGCAGUGAUUGGUCAAAGAAUGCAACAUCUUAGGACCGCCCUUUUUACCAGGGUCUAGUCUCCAUUUUGGAGUUUCAUUCUGGCUAUAGUCUUCCAACGUGCUGGAGCUGUGCAAGGCUAACUGGGACAAAUCAUCCUCAAAACCAGGCCAAUCUAAGCCUAUCCAAAUUAGAUAAGUAUUGAAUUAUAUUGAUCUGGAAUAGGAAAUCUAGUUAGAGGAGCAAAGUUAUUCCAUCGCUUCUAGAACUAAUCUUUGCUGUAAAGAUAGGGAAGGAAAGAGUUUUUCCUUCUAAUAUAGGCAGCGUGAUUAGGGUAUAGUGGUUUUAUAAUCACCUUUGCUUUCUGGAACCAGGGAUAAUUCUGUACCUAAAACCUAUAGAAAUUUGUUUCAUUUUCUGCAACUUUAAGAUCUGUGCCAGGUUUACAACCUUGUAUGAAUAAACAUCCUUUUUUGAAGUUAUCCAGACUCAGUCGUUCAAUAUCUAUAGGACAGCUUAUAGGGAUUUGCAGUUCGCCCGGAUAAAGGACAGCACGUUUCAGUUUUAUAGUUUUUUAUGGUCCGGCGGACGGCACAGAUAGUGUGGUGAAGUGAUUUGUGAUAGACUAGGACUAAGUGAGACCUGAGUCCAAGUCUCUACUUAGCCAUGGAAACCCAAUGGGUGACUUUAGAUAAGUCACACUCCUUCAUUCUCAGAGGAAGACAAUGGCAAAUCCCCUGUAAAGAAAACUUGCCAAGAAAACUUUGUGAUAGGUUUGCCUUAGGGUCUUCAAUAAAGCAAUUCUUUCAAGCUCUUGGGUAUAACAACGACCAUAAACAGUCAAUGUUAAACACUUAAAUUCCUCCUCCCAUUCAAAUCAGUGAGACUUUACUUCAAAUAAGUCCCAAAUUAUUUGCAGUACUUUAUCUUUACAACCAUGAGAACUAUCCUGUGGUGAUUUCUUCCCUUUUGUGUUUUGUGUGCUGUCUUAAACUGUGAAAGGAACAAUAUAUUUUUAUUAAUUAGUUAGCUAAAGAAUAUUCUCAUAGCAAAGACAGCAAAUGAGUUUGUGGCUAUGAUUUUUAAUGGGAGGAGGAAGAGUGAUUGAUUAAUUUAAAACACUAUGUGUAUAUGUAACAACAACAACAAUAACAACAACAACAACACCAACAACUACCUGACCUGAAAGCUGCCAGGUUCGAAUCCCACCUGGGGAGAGUGUGGAUGAGCUCCCUCUAUCAGCUCCAGCUCCAUGCGGGGACAUGAGAGAAGCCUCCCACAAGGAUGGUAAAAACAUCAAAAAACAUCCGGGCGUCCCCUGGGCAACGUCCUUGCAGACAGCCAAUUCUCUCACUCCAGAAGCAACUCCGGUUGCUCCUGACACGAAAAAAAAAAACAAAAAACCAACAACUACAACAACAAUGAAUUUAUUGCCCACUUCUUCCUGUGGCUUAUGAUUAUAAUUGAUUUAAAGACCAUAAGAUUGCUUUUUAAUCCACAAUUUGUUGUGUCUUGCUAACUUCUGUGUCUCCUCUUGUAAAUGCUUGGCAACAGAAAGACAUAUGUCUAUAUGCAUUCCUAAUUAGGAUACUGAUUCCUUCAAAAUGUUUUGGCUGAAGAUCUCGGUAUAGCAUUCUGAAAGUUUAUGAGACAAUGAUGUGAGUGCUCAUCCAAUAUCCUUAGUGUGCAAGUAGAACAUAACAUGGCUAUUUGUAUUUGCUACAAGGAUUUGCCUUAAGGUGAAAACAUUCCAGACUGAAUGAGAAUGAAACAAUGGAGCAUAGUUCCCUUCCCAUGUCCAUGUACAUUCACGAGUAUUUAUACAGUUGUGCAUAUCCUCCGGAGUACUCUUGCCUUGGAACCAGGCCAAUGCUAAAUCUUUUGUGAGCAUAGCCAUCUUGGAAUAUUGCUGUGAAUCUAUAGGACAAGAGUAUUUCACUUACUAUGAGACCCUACCAGUGGCCAUAGAGAGAAUGCCUCCAUUUUAAACCAGGAAGUUAGUUAUAUAGUAACUAAUUUCAGAACAGAUAUUAAGUAUAAAAGACAUAGAACCUGGAGUGGAAUGAGGACAUUUUAGUGAAAUUAAGCUCCUACAACUGAGGUGCAAAUCUAGCCCGUGCCUGAAAUUGUUUUAAUCAUAAUCUCCAAAAUGUACAUAAUUUGGCUAUGGUUUCUUCCUUCUUCAUAGUAUUGGAAACUUUGCUGGACCCAUUUAAAGUCUGUAUUCAUGAAUAGAUCUUGACAGUGAGGAAUUACACAUUUCAAAAUAUUGAAAUUCCAUAAUUUUUUGGCAGGUAUUGUAAACAGCUUUGCUCACACUCACACGUACAAGUUUUUAGCCAACUUUUACCACAGUCCAAAGGAAGACAAACAAGACAGCUAAUAUAUGUGGAAAUAAACAGAUUUAUUUAUUUCUCAUGUCAGAAGCAAACUGAGAAUACAGUUAUAAUGUAUAGAAAAGCCAAAACAAAAUUUUAAAACUUGGCAUUGUACUGAAUGUUCUUUGACCAAAAGCUGGCCACUUGGAGUGCCUCUGGUGUCACUGUAAGAAGGCCUCCAUUGUGAAUGUGUCCGGGCUCAGACUGCAUUGUAGUAAGUGGUCUGUGGUUUGCUCUUCUCCACACUUGCAUGUUGUGGACUGCACUUUGUAGCCCCAUUUCUUAAGGUUAGCUUUGUAUCUCUUCAUGCCAGGGCGCAGUCUGUUCAGCACCUUCCAAGGCACCCAGUCUUCUGUGUGCCCUGGGGGGAGUUUCUCAUAUGGUAUCAGCCAUUGAUAGACAUGCUAUAGUGAUACCACAAAAUCUUCCUUUACAUAUUGACAGCAUAUCAAAUAUCUUCAAAUAAAUAAAGGAGUUAUCACAAAAUCUUGAAAACUUCAGAAAGCAUAUAAAAAUUAAUAAAACCAUUGAAAACAUAGGACGCUAAUAGAACUCAUUUUGAAUAUUUGGGCUUGAACUUGGAUUUUUAAAAACUUUUCUUUAUUAUUUUUGUUUGUUUUUGUCAUGAAUUGGGUUGGAACAGGGGGUGGGGGGUUGUGAAAAUAAUUUAAGUCAAGCCUUCUGAGAAAUGUGUGCUGCAUGUUUUCCCCCCUAAACUUAUCCAACAUGAUAAUAAAUACUGUACACAUAACAAACCACUUUGUAAAUAUAAUAUUCUCCUCCGUCUAUGAAAUACAUCUUUAAAACCAGAGUUUGAAAUAUUACUUUUAGUACUAUAGCUCCUUAAAUCUCAUAGUAUAGCCACUAUGGCCACAAAGUAUGGCCACUAGACAGCAAUGAGUAGUGUUUCACAAUCUCAGACCACUGACUCUCUACUUUUCAUCACACUUUUCCAGGUGCUAGAGAAGGGAACACAUGUUCCAGUUUUGAUGUGCUCAGCUCCAGGCACAAGGAAAGAGCUGAGUACAAAUCUAGGACUCACAUAGUAGAACAGCUGUUUGCUCAAUUUGCGAAGCUUAAUUGAUUUGUUAAUGCAACUUGUGCAGUCUUGCCAGACAGUUUGUGUUUUUGCUUUGUUAGGUUCCUCUUUGCCUCCUUGCUGUUGUGUUGCCUGGGCUCACCUUCUGCACUGCUUUGCAUCCACCUUUUGACUAGGAUAAAGUAGGGUAGAUUAAAUGUCCCUCAUUUUAUCUCCCUAAGGAAGCAAGAAGGAAUAAUCCCAUCAUUUUGCCAUGCUCUGGGAACAGUUCCUUUAGCUAAGAUAACUGUCUUAAUGUUUUAUUGUGUGUACUUCACCCCCUCCCACACAAUAUCGGUAUGCAAUCUGUGAGCACCAAUUGUUUAUUCUUAAUGUAUAACACUUAACUGAGACCAUCCCUAGGUCUCAGAAUUUGGUUUGGAAGCCUGAGUGCCUGGAAGAUUCUGAAUUGAUAGCCUUAAGGUGGCUACUACUCAUGACAAAGAGAAAGAGGAAAAAAAAUAUCAAAAACAAUAUGCUUCUACGUGUUAGAUAAUGGAUAUAUAACAAAUGAUGUUGCUCUUGGGCCCUGCUUUUGGAUUUUUCAUAGACAGCUACUUGGCCUCUGUGGGAACAGAAUGCUGGGCUAGAUAGUGCCUUGGUUUGAUCCCGCAUGGCUCUUAUGUCCUUAUGUGCAAUCAUGUAGACCAUAUUUAACUAAAUGCCAGUUAGAGUAGCCCAUAGAUUUCUAGAUGGCUCAGAAGUACAAAACAGCAUCUGUUGAUUGGGAAAUCAUCAAAGGCACAGAAAUUGUGUGUUUCUGCUGCUUUUCUGGACAUGGUUUCAAUAUACUUAAGCUUUUAACGACAUUAAACAGAUUGGUGUGUUGUUCUGGAACCCACAACCCAUAAACUCUGUGAGGCAGACUACAGUCGCCACAAGCAUUGGAGCCCAGACACAAUACACUAAAGACGAUGAAAGCAGACACUGCUGCACAGACAUAUGUAAUAUUCACUAUCUGGAAGGAAGUCCGGUACGCUGAGGAUGGUAAUGUAAGUGAAUAAGGGAGAGUGUUUUGGUUGUUUUUUUAAUAGUGGAAAUAUAAAUUGGUAGAAUGUUUUGGCUUACUUCCUACCCUAAUGGACAGGGGAAAAGGGAGAGGCAGAAAAAGAGUCUAAUGGUGCACCGACAAACACAUACAAAUCUGUAUUUAACAUUUUAAAUGCACACGUGAUGUGUUUUCAGUCUAGAGUGUCUGUACUUGAUACAAACAACCCGACCCACAGAUUUGCUGUCUAGGCAUGUACAUGCUUGACAUAAACAAUGCCAAAUAGACAUUCCGCAUCAACAAAGGGAAGUGUAAUAAAUGUUACUGGUAGAUUCAUUUCCCCAGGGCUCAUCUUCCCAAGGUAGUCUGAAAAGCUUUUUCAAGCUGCUAUCUCUUUCACAGAAGCUUAAACCAUACCCCCCAGUUGACCCAGUUUGCCAGAUAUAGUCCCUAUCAAUUCUCUGUUAUCCUACUUUUUCAUCUCAGCAGCUAGUAAAGUCCAAUGCGAUUCUAGGCUGCAUCAAUAGGAGCAUAGUGUAGAGAUCGAGAGAAGUCAUAGUUCCACUCUAUUCUGUUUUGGUCAGACCUCGUCUGGAGUACAGUGUCCAGUUCUGGACACCACAAUUAAAGAAAAAUAUUAACAAGCUAGAAUAAGUCCCAAAAUGGUUUGGAAACCAAGCCCUAUGAGGAACGGUUUAGGGAGCUGGGUAUGUUUAGCUUGGAGAAAAAAGUCUGAGAGAGGAGAUAUGAUGGCCAUGUAUAAAUAUGUGAACGGAAGUCAUAUGGAGGAGGGAGCAAGCUUGUUUUCUGCUGCCCUGGAGACUAGGGUGUGGAACAUUGGCUUCAAACUUCAGGAAAGGAGAUUCCACCUGAACAUUAGGAAGAACUUACUCACUGUGAGAGCUGUUCAGCAAUGGAACUCUCUGCCCCAGAGUGUGGUGGAGGCUCCUUCUUUGAAGGCUUUUUAAUAGAGGCUGGCUGGCCAUCUGUCGGGGGUGCUUUGAAUGCAAUUUUCCUGCUUCUUAGCAGGGGGUUGGACUGGAUGGCCCACGAGUUCUCUUCGAACGCUACGAUUUUAUGAUUCUGUGAUUCUAUAACAUGAUAGCUAUGUUUAAAUCUUUGAAAGUAUGCCACAUUGAGAAGGAGAGACUCAGUCAAAAGCAAACCAUUAUAGAUUAUCCCAGCUUUUGUGUUCUUCAUCAUUAAUAAUUUUGCCAUUUUGGCCACCUGCUAGUGUGGCUUGACAAUUUUCAUCCACAAAUGCUGCAGGAUAUAUUAAACCUGCUUUUGUGCCAAUGUUUCUCUGAGUGUGAUUACACAACUACCAUGCCUAGAAGGGCAUCACUGUUAGGAUUUAUGUGAGAUCUAGAAGAAGAUGGGCCCCUUUCUUGAGUGCCAUUAGACUUAUGGCUUUUACAAUAAUGAUAGAGAGGGGUGGGCAUGGUUCCCCCAGAUGUUUCAGCCUUUGGACUCCCAACAGUCCUAACAAGUAUGACCAAUCAAAAGAAAUGCUGGUUGUAGUAAUCAAAAACAUCUGAAAGGUCAAAGGUUCCCUGUUCUUGAAUUAUGGCUACCCAUAUGCUAGAUGUCCCCUCAAAGAAGUUGAGUGAAAUCUAUUUAAGCAGGCUUUUAAAGAGGUCAAUGAAAAUGCUUUUUAUCUUAUCUGGUCUUUUUGAUCCCUGUCUAUAAAGUGCUCAGCUGAGUUUCCUUUUUGAACAGUUGGCAGAUAUUGCCUCCUUUAUCGUUCAAAGAAUCAUUGACGUUCCAUAGUUCAUAGAUAUGUGAAAAUACCUGAAAAUAUACUUAUUGUAUUCAUUAUGAUGUGGCAUGCUUGUUUAAUUGCCCACUAUGAGAAGAAUGUGAGAAAGGGAGCCAAUGUCACAAAUAAAUGAAAUAAGUUCUUUAAAUGCUGCAGACAUUUCCUUUGCCCAUUUCAGGGGAAAAUUUCGAAGGGGGGAAGCAAGGGAGGGAAUUUGCUGCUAGUGGAUUUUGGUUGCAGUUAAACUAUAAAAUUGGGAUAUUUUGCCCUGAUGCAGCUCCUGAUUUAAGGGGAACUAUUGGAGCCAAUGAACACCUAGAAAAGGUCUGUCAGUGUGCUGGAGAGAGAGAAAAAAAUCUUUUCAGAUUCCCUCUUUAGCUUGUGAUAUAAUCUCCCAUACUUUCCCAAAGAGUUCUGCAAUAUUUUAUACCAAUUUUCAGAGGUUUUUGGAGAUGGAGGACAGGAUUGUUGCAGAAGAAUUUACUGAAAAUCACUACUCACUUAACUUCCUCUACCCCAAACACAUCUCUGCACUUGGAUUAAAUCCAACAAUUUCAGCAUUUUAAAAAAUGAGACAGGUACUCUGUACCUGAACAUACUGUAUACAUAGAGACUAUAGCUAAGGCAGGAGUUAUUAUUUUGACUCCAUGGAAUACUGAGAAACAUAUUAGGAUAAAGGAAGAAGACUGUUUAACAGUAGUGAUUUACCAUGAUUUGCAUUUACUCUUCUAGAAGAAUGGCUGGUCAGCUGAUGUGGUAUUUUUUUUUAAAUGCUGUGGCUAAAUUGUUGCAUUUUUUCAUCUCUAAUAAGAAUACUAACAGAUACCAUAAUGAAUUGUCAGAUGUGCAGUGCAUUCUGACACUCAGUGAAGAACCUUUGUAUUCAUCCUUAGAAGUCUAGUGAAGGACAAGGACAAGCUCUCCUCUCGCUUGACAGGAGAAACUGCUCCCACAUUUUUAUCUCCCAUCAUGAUGGUUUGCCACUUUUCAGAAUGAAUGAUGAUAUUCUCAGGGUUUGGUUGCAUUCACCAGGUUCUUGAUUACCAUGUGUCCUCCACAUAUCCCUAAUCUCUGCUCAGACAGAUGACUGUGGCAGUGAAGUCUCUAUAGGUAUGCUGAUAGACAGAUGAAGGCAUCUGCAGUUCUUUGUCAAACAGUGGAGUUAUUUUACAGUUCAUGUUAACAUUGCUGCUUAUCCCUUAGCUAACUAAUAAAAGAGAAAGCAGCAAAUAGUUUACCAUAAAUGGCUGGAUGAAAAAAGACUGCAUGACCAGUGGGUUGUGCAGAAAAAAAAUUAAACUAUCUUUAGCUUUGCCCACAGUGGAGAGAUUGAAUACAUUCCUAUUAAUUCCAAUGUGAUUCCUAAGUACCCAUCCAUGUUGAGGGAAAUGGAUCCUCACUACAAAAAAAGGAAAAGGAAAAGCUGUUUUCUCCCACUUUUAUAUCUGUUCAUCUGGUAGUUAGAUUUCUCUAUCACAAAGCAAAAGUAUACAUUUAUGAUUUUAGAGUGGAUCAAAGCAUUAGGACAAAGAGACACUUGGGCACAAUGAAAUUUUUCACUCUGGUAUUUCUCAGUACAAGUUUCAGUGCUGGGUUUUUUGGGCAAAAUAAUGACAUUUUCUGUGCUAGCAAUUUAAGUAGAAGCAAAGGUGAUUUUUUGUUUUGUACAGAAAGUUUAAGUCCUUCACAAGAUAACUGUCUGGGGCUGGCCAUCUUCCUCCAACACAUUACCACCAUAUGGUAAUGUGAUGACUGGAGUUUGGAGGUAUGGGCAUAUAUGUGAUGAAUAAUGAAUUAAAACAAUAAGCUAAGGCAACAGAACUCCCUUCCUUCUUCCCACAGUUUCAUAUGUGGUGGGUAUGGCACCGUUACUGGUUUCUCUUCACUCUUGCCUGUUGCAGCUGUCACUACUUCAUUACUAGCAGGCGUUUUGCAGCCCCCUGGCUCUUGUGAGACAUUAGCCCCAGCUAACCUUGAAAUGCCAGGGAUUAUUAUUAUUUGGUUAGUUGGCCCAAGCAGCAGAAAGCCAUGGGCCUGAUUUGACCUGGAGGACAUGAGUUGCCAAUCAUACUGUUAUAGCAUUCACUUCCACACUAUUUCAAACAGAUGUAGCCAAUGUUAUGAGAACGUGCAUUCAUACUUUUUUUUUGUCUUCCACUAAAAAUAACUGCUGAGAUCAUGUUAUCCGAUCAACUAGGUCACACAGGAUCAAACUGAAGUGGAAUGGGCUCCUUGCCAAUUGUAUUUUACAAAUUAAUCCCCUACUGUAUGAAAGAGUUUCUGUGUAGAAAUGCUUAUUCUUUGUUUUAUUGAAAUCAGAAUAAAAAUUGAAAUGCAGGAUAGUCAUGUUGACCAUAAGAAAAACUGACAAAAGGUGAAAGAAUAGAGAAUGAGAAGAAUUGAGAUUGCUUAACUGAAAGGCUAGCUAGUUGGUCUAUCUUUGCUUUUCGUUGUUGAGAUUUGUUGCAUUAUAUAGUGGAUAAUGCAAUCUGAACUUUUCUGCGGGGGGUCCAAAAAUUGGCAAUUCAGUGGACAUGUCUUAUUCUGGCAUCUGAUUCUGUUCAUAAAGCAGAGUAUCCAGGUGAUUCUCUCUGAAGCCAUCAGAGCUGAUUUAACAUCUUUUCUUUUUCUCUUCCUUUUGUUCAGGACACCUGUUCUUCAAGCUUUUAGAGUGCAAAAAAAAGCCUUUGCAAAACAACUGAAGUUGACUUAAUAUGGAGAUCAAGAGUACUGUUUUUAUCAAGCAAACUAUAGUCUAAAAAAACAGAAUUUUCAAAUAACAAGGGAGUCUGAUAUUCAGUAGCAGCUUACAGUGCUUUUGAAAAAUUAAAAUAGCUAUAUGCUGCAUUCUCUGCUUUCAGCAUACUGUGUAAGCAGGGAUCAUUAAACUUACCUGGGUUAUGGAAUCACACAGCAAUGGGAUUUCCUGUGUGGUUUCCUCAGCUACCAUCAUGAUAGCUGCUCCUGCUUUGGGUCAGGAGUAUGCAUUGAAUUGAAUGUAUUAAUUACUGUUUUAUAUCACUGGAGCUGCCCCAUGACAGGCCAUUCUAUACAGCAGACACGGGCAAACUUUGGCCCUCCAGGACUUCAACUCCCACAAUUCCUAACAGCCGGUAAGAUGGCUGGGAUUUCUGGGAGCUGAAGUGCAAAACACCUGGCGGGCCAAAGUUUGUCCAUGCCUGCUAUACAGUAAUAAAGUUGUGUCCAUUUGUCUUCCAAAACUAAGGAUGUAUCUACAUGGUUGAAGUAAUGCACUUUGUCACCACUUUAACUGCCAUAGCUCAAUGCUGUCGAAUUCUGGGAUUUGCAGUUUGGUAAGGCACUAGCACUCUGUAGCAGAGAAAGACACUGUAAAACUGCAGCUCUCAUGAUUCCGUAACAGUACAAGCACCAGGCACAUCUCAAUUGUAGUGAUAUCUUCUCCAUAAAGACAGCUCUGUGGUUCACUCUUCUACUUGCUGUUUUACAAGCAGUGGUUAGUAUGUUAUUUUAUUAUUCAAGAAACUUAUUGAGGAGUGACAUGACUGAAGUUCCCGAUGCUGUCUCAAGAAAUGCAGAUGCUAGCUAGGGAGGAAAGUGGGAAAGUCAUGAGAGCAUUCUCCCUGUUAAUUACAAUUUGAUUUUGUUGUGUGUGGAUGAUUUUUUGAUAGCACCAUAUAAACUACAGUAAUCUUCAACUUUUAUGCCUUUGAAAUGUCCUGGUUGCUUUCUCUUCUUCCCACUUCCCUUCUUUAUACUCAGUUGCUACAAACAGAGUUUAAAGUUUGUACUCUGUCAACUCAACUGGGCGGGGGGAUGAGAGAUAGAAAGGAAUCUCGCUUUUCCCAGUAGGCCUGGGCAAAAGCAAACUGCUAGAGAAUCACUUUAUUUGUAUGUUAUUUUUCAUUAAUAAUUUGCCAUUUAACCACACUCUAAUGAUGUUUGGACACGUGUGUCCACAUUUUCAUUGCUGAAAUGCUGGAGGAUAUGAUAUAGUAGUGUAACUGAUUUUGUAAUGUGCUAAAGAGAAGUAUCCAAUACCUCUUUAUAAAAUGGUUUUGUCAAGUUGUGCUAAAUAUGCCAAAAGGAAGGUGUGUCAAGUUGUCCCUUCCCUGUCAAGCAAGGUAAAGGUAAAGGUUUCCCCUGACAUUAAGUCUAGUCGUGUCCAACUCUGGGGGUUGGUGCUCAUCUCCAUUUCUAAGUCAAAGAGCCAAUAUUGUCCAAAGAUACCUCCAAGGUCAUGUGGCUGGCACGAUUGCAUGGAGCUCUCUUACCUUCCCACCGGAGUGGUAGCUAUUGAUCUACAUACAUUUGCAUGUUUUCAAACUGCUAGGUUGGCAGAAGCUGGGCCUAACAGUAGGAGCUCACCCUCCUCCCUGGAUUCAAACUACUGACCUUUUAAUCAGCAAGUUCAGCAGCUUAUCGGUUUAACCAACUGCGCCAUCACAGUAGUCACUGUCAAGCAAAACUACCAAAACUACCAAAAUACUUCUUUAUAAGUCAGUCUUAUGUUUACACUGGGGACUGGUUUUGAGGCCUAAAUUAUGAUAUGACCCAUGGAUAAGCUGAGGGUCAUUCUGAAGAAUGAGUAUCUCACUAAUGCCACCUCAUGGGGCCUUCCACUCCUGGCCACCACUGCCUUUUCCCCUAUCCAGACAUCUAAAAAGGCAAGAAGUGGUGUCCUGGUAGAGAUAAUAGAGGGAGUCAGUGCUUCUUUUAUGUUCUCCCAGGUCAGACCAGGCUCUUGACUAUCACUACUCUACUUACAGAAGGGGGUUGUUCCUUUUUUACUCACAUUGACCCACGGAUAAAUCAACUUGUGUUUUGGGUUUUUUAACUUACAUUUCUAGACUUACACAUAAGUAUAUGAGGUACUUUAUGCUUCUUAGGCUUCAAACCUUGGAUCCAAUGCCCCCCCCCCUUUAUUUAUCAGUGCUAACUUUGAGACAGGUUGUAUAUAUUUUUUAUAAAAAAGAAUAUGUUCACAAAGCUUCAAUGACAAGGAGUGAGAUUAUGGAACUAUCAGAAGAUGGCAUUAAAAGGAAUUUGAAAAGAAGAAGGAGAAGGAGCAUAUAAUUUUACAACACAGGCAAAAAAAAAACAGGUAACGAAAUUUGAAAAAUUGCAUUAGUGUAUCAUUUUCAGUACAUAAGCCAUUAGAGAGAAAAACUCUAAAUUACACCUUGUAACAAAGUAAGAAUGUUUUCAAUGUUUAAAGGUAAUUUUGUAUUACUGCUACUAUUACUUAAACUCUUAUCUCUUAUAAAUAUCUAAAGACAGGACCCCUGGCGAUAUUACCUGUGUCUUAGGAAAAGAGCAACAAUUUCAACCCCAUUCAGCUGCAUUUGUAUUUUGCCAAGUGCUAUCAAGCACAGAGUUGCAUAAUUUGCGAUCUAAGUGAAAUAGAUAUUUUUUCAUGCCACACAUUUAUCACUCUCCUGUGGGCCUCAUUACUGACAAUCAAAUCAUAAAAGAUGCUCGAAAUUGUCAUGAUGCACUUAUUUGCUCAUGAUCUUCGAUACAAAUAGUUUCUGCAACCAAAAAAAUGAAAGGAGGGGGGGAAAGGAAAAAAUAAGAACUCAUUUUGGGCUGUCAUCCUGAUUGUGCCUUAAAGCCACAGGAUGCUUUUAUUGUUGUUGAGGUUAUAUUAUUACAAUUACUUUCAUCUUAAAGUAUAUUUUACCGUUCUUAUCUCACUUAUUCUCUAGACAACCCUGUGAGGUAGAUCCUUAAUGCUUCCACCUACAGAGUCAUCUGGGUUUAUCUGUGACGAUGGAGAAUCAAUCUAGGCAUUAUGUCAAGACACCCCAAAAACAAGCUUCUCGUUUUCCUUGAGCUCAGGACCUCCACAAAUCCCCUAAUGUAUUAUGGACUUGGAUAAUAGGAAGGGAAGGAUAGAGAAUAAUGCCUUGCUAGGGAGAAGGGAAGUUUCACUUUCUUUUGAUUUUGAUAGGAUUUCCCCCCAAAUGCUCAAGUGUAGGUGACAAUGAAAGUUUGGGCCAUUCAGCCCUGGGUUUUUAAAGUAUUUAGGUGUUUAAAGUCUGGGUUCGAAGCACUUUAUGAUUGCUUACCAAUGUUAGUGCACAACUGACCACCUCCCUUAUUUUCCUCUUUUUAACCUAUAUGGUAUGUUUCCAUUGAGUAUGGGUAAUGUAAGAGGGCGAGAUCUUUACACACAUAGACAUAUUUGAAGAAUAUAGUAAAAUUCUUGAUAUUUGGGAAGGAAAGACAUAUAAAGCAACUUUAUCAAGUUCAGCGCCACCUUGCUCAAGGCAAGGCCCAAAGACCUUUGUGCCUUUCAGACAAGGGGCCACCUCCAGUCACGUCCCUGGUCCCAACGUGGAGGGUACAGCUGCCCUUUACCUUGCCCUCCUCUCUUGGCAUCAUCCCACAAACCUGGCCCAGGCUGUUCUUGGGAGACCUUUCAACCUCACCAGGAUCCUAUGCCAGGGGUCCCGUCUCUAAACAUCCCCAGGAUCAUAUGAGAGGGGCAUAGGAGGGAGCGAGGGAGGGAGGCUCUUUUGUUGCCGAGACCCCCUCCAGCUGUGGAGAGGAAAGGAAGGCACCAGGACACUUUUAAACCUCCUUUCUGACCUUUUCACCUUUCCCUUCCUUUCUUUUAUGUCCUUCCUUCAUUUUUUUUCUCUCUCCAUUCCACCCUUCCCCUCUCUUCUUUCUCUAAUUGCCCUCUUUCCUUCUCAUACUCCUGUUUUCUUUUCCUCUCUAAUCCUUUUCUUUCUCCCUUCCUUUCCUUCCCUCUUUCCCUCUUCCUUCCUUUUCUUUCUUCUCAUCUUUUCCUUUCCUCCCCCCUCCCUCCCUCCCUCCUCCUUUUGCUUUCCUUCCUUUUUCUUUUUUACCUUACUUCUAUGCUCCAUCUGUCUUCUUUCUUCUUUCUCCUCCUUUUUUCUUUUCCUUCCAUCUUCCCCCCUUCCAAUUUCCCCAUCUUCCUUUCCUUCCCAUCAAGUGUUAUCUUAUUCUCUGGUGAAGAUUUGGUGAUCUAACACUUUUUAUUUGUAAAAAAAGGAAUUCUAAGCGCAUAUCAACUGUAAAUGUACACCUUUUUGGAACAAGUUACAAAGAGUGCAUUUUUGCCACUGUGCAUUACUUUUACCAGCUAAUAAUUUUUGUGGUUUCAGGGUUUUGAAAACUGAAGUAUGCAUUAGAUUUGAUGGCACAAUAGAUUUGAAUAAAUACGGUAUUUUAUUCCCACAACUCAUAAUGGUAUUCAGAAUAUAAUUUGUUAUAAUUACUCAUUAACAUGAUAUGAAAUGUUAUUAAAGUAACUAAUCACACUGUUCAUGCCUUGCUUCCUGCUUUUUCAUUGCUCUUUCAUUAUUAUUAUUAUUAUUAUUAUUAUUAUUAUUAUUAUUAUUGAACAGAAAAAUGUAGAAUUAGGAUGUUGCAGUAGUAGAGGGACAAAAUUUAGGCACUGCUCCUCUAAAUAAGAUUUCUCACAAAAAAAAUCGGAAAUAAUUCCUAAGUAAGUAUUUUUCUUGAAGGCAGCAGUAAGUAAUUUCAACCAUUUGUUCCUGCAGCAAGAAAGCUUUCAAAAAUGACACUGUUUUUAAAAGCUAUUCACAAUUUAGGAUGUUUUCUGCUCAAAAUUUGCAUGUGGUUGUUUUGCACAGAAAACAUAAUUUUCAAUACGCUUUAUUAUUUCAAUGCAGAAAUAAUAUUUCAAUCCAGUGCAAUUCUUACACUACAUUGUCUGUGCAGGAAUUGUUACUUCUGCAUUGACAUAUGAUUUACUUUACAGCAAUGGUUCCCAACCCAUGGGCUGCAGCCCAGCAGUAGGCCAUGAGAAUGAAAAUCCAGUCCGCGAACCUCCUUCCUCUUUAUUUUAUUUUAUUUUAUUUCUGCUCCUUUCUGCAGAGCUGACCAGCCCCAACAAAACCAAAUCUAAAAUUGGCCAAAAACUGAUUUGUAACCCUUUUGGUGAUAAUGUUGGAGAGUGGUCCCUGGUCAAAUGGGCCCUAGUAAAACACAGGUUGGGAACUACUGCCUUACAGAAAAUGUAUGCAGUGCAAAACAUGAUGUUUUUGUGCAAAACAACAACAUGUAAAUUUUGCACAGGAUAAGUCUUGAUCUGUGAAGAUUCUUGUCAGUUCAGGAUUCUUUUUGUCAAGAUUCUACAACCCUAGAAAAAACAUGUUUUGAUAAUUUUUCAAGUAUUUUCCCAAAACUCAGUGGUAUCAAGGUUUAUACUGAACCUGUAUAACCGGAAGGAGAAAUAAGAACAACAACCUGCUGUUAGUGCUUCUCAAAAUGCUUAUACUUGUAAAAGCCAGCCCAUAAACAUUUAUUUAAUGCUACUUGCACAUACAGAGUAUUUAAACUUUUCACAGCUGUUAUAGCUGCUGGUGAAAUGCAUCAAAUUACACACAUUUUUUCCUAGGUUUUUAUUCCUUUUCUUCCUUCCAUCUUCCUAUUAUAAUUUGAUGCACUGGUUCAAAGCUGAUUGUCUCUGAGGCUAUGAUGGACAAAGGUGAUACGUGGUAGAAAUGCAGCCCACCUGACCUUACCCGGAGAGACAGCCAAUGUAAAAGUAAGAUGCUGGAUAUUUAUUUGUAGGGAUAAAUGAGAAAUAUAUUUGUUAGUGAAAUGGAGCUUGCUGCAGAGUGCAUAAAGGUGAAUUUAUUUGUCAGAAGUUGAAGGAGGUUUAUGCAAUGGAGUAUUAUUGAGCUGGGCUAUUAGCAGAGUGAAUUGCUACCAUGACACACCAUUAAAUUGUUUUUAGUGUCCACAAAGGUAUCAUUCUACAGCAGGCAUAGUUAGUAACCAAGUUGUAUAUUUACUGGACAGCAGCAGAUUUUGAGGAAAAAAUACUGCAUAUUGCCAAAAGUUUUUUUAAAUACAGUUUAUGAGCACUGCAGAUAUUAUAACAAGGGUUUCAUACAAGUUGUAGUUCACCUUUCUUUAGGACAGGAGAAAGCACAAAGAAUGCUCUUGGGAAAACAGUUAAUGUUGCUAAGAAUGGUGAAAAGCCAUAUUCCAAGUCCUAUUGCUAAGAGGGUAUACUUGAAAGUACAGUAGAGUCUCACUUAUCCAACAUAAAAGGGGCCAGCAGAAUGUUGGAUAAGCGAAUAUGUUGGAUAAUAAGGAGGCAUUAAGGAAAAGCCUAUUAAACAUCAAAUUAGGUUAUGAUUUUACAAAUGAAGCACCAAAACAUCACGUUAGACAACAAAUUUAGCAGAAAAAGUAGUUCAAUACACAGUAAUGCUAUGUAGUAAUUAGUGUAUUUAUGAAUUUAGCACCAAAAUAUCACGAUGUAUUGAGAACAUUGACUACAAAAAUGCGUUGGAUAAUCCAGAACGUUGGAUAAGCGAGUGUUGGAUAAGUGAGACUCUACUGUAUGUGGUCACUGACUGCUCAAAUCUUUAAAAGUGUUAGAGGGUUGCUGAAUGAGAUUUGAAAGGGCUAGGGAAAUGGGGGAAAGCUUAAAUCCUUUAUUGCUCUGUUUUCUACAAUGUAACUUGUAAAAUUAAAAUUAAAAUAAAAUUAAAAGUAAGAAGACAAAGAAAAGAAAAAAGGCAUACCUGAUAUCAUAAUAAGGCAGAAUCAGUCAAUGAUCAAUUAUGCAAACAUGUAACUAUGAUCAAUUAUGCAAACAUGCAUGAUUGACAUAAUCAGAUUCAACUUUUUAUUUUCUAUUUUAUUUUAUUUUAGUUUAGUUUUAGUUUUUUUUUUUUUAAAAAAAAACCAUAAUGUAGAUCACACAGUUCUGCCUAUAAUACAGAUGUUGGAGCCCCCAGAUGGCGUAGUGGACUAAGUGACUUGAAGGUUGGGUUGCUGACCUGAAAGCUGCCAGGCUCGAAUCCCACCUGGGGAGAGUGUGGAUGAGCUCCCUCUAUCAGCUCCAGCUCCAUGCAGGGACAUGAGAGAAGCCUCCCACAAGGAUGGUAAAAACAUCAAAACAUCCGGGCGUCCCCUGGGCAACGUCCUUGCAGACGGCCAAUUCUCUCACUCCAGAAGCAACUCCGGUUGCUCCUGACACGAAAAAAAAAGUGGAUGUGGGCAUGGUAGUUAGAAUAUUAUAACAGGAAAUUCCAAAUUUUGCAACUUAAAAGUCAAACUAAUAGAUCAUAAACAUUCAUAGCAUGUGUUCAUUUUACUGCAAUAUUAUAAUAUUGGAGAGUCUUUCCAUAUUUGAAAUGUUCAUUUCUCCAGGUUUAUCUGGUUUUUCUUAUCAGGUUAAGGACAUGUAAUACAGAUCUAAACUCAGGAUAAUCCAAUCUAGAGUUCAGAGCAACAAAAACAAUUCUGGGGGUAGAAGAUUCACCUUGAGGACCCCAAAUGGACAACAGCUAUUGCGUCUGUCAGGCCCCAUCUACUUUUCAUAUAGUGCAGUUUCAUAAUGCAGUUUAAUUGCCUUGAACCAUUAUAUGAGUUUCCACUGCCAUAUAAUGCAGUUCAAUGCAGUUAAACUGCAUUAUGAAACUACAUUAUAUGGCAGUGUAGAUGGGAUGUCAGACUUCAUUUCCACCCCUCAUUAAUCCUGUAUCUCACAGCAUCUGAAGUAGUUGGAAGGAAAUAGUUGAGAUAGUCCAUCAUGUAAUGUAUGAGGGCCAGUCAGUACUUACUCUGUCUGUAUUACACUCCGGUAGGGUAAAAGCAUUCUGAUUGGCUAAUAAAGAUUAUAUCUGUUUAUGAAUUAAAUUAUUUCUAUUUAUAAACUGUUUGUCCUAACUGGGUCCUGACCAGAAACAUGUAGCAAGCUGGUGAGCAGAUGAUUUAUGACAUUUUCCACAGAAUAAGUAUUCUCUUCCCCAUAUAUUUGAAAUUCCAUGGCUUCUGAGAAAUCUGUAGGGUUAGAAUUUUUGUUGCUGUUGCUGCAAUCAAGUUUCUAAGUGAAAAAAAAAUCAAUAUCAUAUAAAAUAUGUUGCAAGGAAAAAUCCACUGCUUUGGAAAUUCUCACAUUUGCGAAGCUUGGGGUUCAUUUCAGGGACAUAAAAUACCGCAAGAAUAGUAAAAAUGAAAACAGCUGAAAAUGUCUACAGUUGAAAAACACAUUCAUACAAACACAAACUCAUUAGGGAAUAUGGAAAGCUGAAGUGCAUACAAUAGGAAACAUGUAUGGUAAAUUAAUUCUUUGGGGAAAUAUAAAGUAAAAUGUGUACAAAUUUCAAUAUAAGCAGAAGGUCAAGAUCCAGUUGAAAGUGAAUAGAAUGGAAAAUCCCACCCAAGAAGUUCUGCUGGAUUCGGUUGCUGUGAGUUUUUUUUGGGCUGGAUGGCCAUGUUCCAGUAGUAUUCUCUCCUGACGUUUUGACUGCACCCCUAUGGCAGGCAUUUGCUGGUUUGCUUGAUUCAGCAUUGUGUAAUAAUAAUAGUAAUAAUAAUAAUAUAAUUUUUGUUUUGUACCCCACCUCCAUCUCCCUGGAGGAGCCUCUGGUGGCCUAAGGGAUAAAAGCCUUGUGACUUGAAGGUUGGGUUGCUGACCUGAAGGCUGCCAGGUUCGAAUCCCACCCGGGGAGAGCGCGGAUGAGCUCCCUCUUUCAGCUCCAGCUCCAUGCGGGGACAUGAGAGAAGCCUCCCACAGGGAUGGUAAAACAUCAAAACAUCCGGGCGUCCCCUGGGCAACGUCCUUGCAGACAGCCAAUUCUCUCACUCCAGAAGCAACUCCGGUUGCUCCUAACACGAAAAAAAAAGAUCUCCCUGGAGGGACUUGGGGCGGCUUACAUAUGGCACAAAGUGUGUAAAACAACGCAUAAAAUAAACACACAAUACAAAAUAAAACCAGUAGUGUUAAAACAACAAUUUGAACUCAGAACAGCAUCCAAUAACCUAUAAUGUCAACUGUCAUAAAAACAUGGCCAACUGUAAACAAGAAGAAGGGAAAGGGAUAGUGCAAGUUGUAACUAAGGAACAAGGGCAUGGGAUGAAAGUGCUGUGCUGUAUCAUAAUUGAGGACCAUUGGGCUAGAGAUUCUCAAAGGUCUGCCUAAAUGUCCAGGUCUUUAAUUUCCUCUGGAAGGGGGACAGUGUGGGAGCCAGCCUAACAACAACGGCUUGUGCAUCUAUUGUGCACAUGAGCAGUAGGAAAAUGAAAAAAAUUGUGGCGCAUCCACUGUGUAGAUGGUUUGCCCCCAAAGGAUCCUGCCCCAAGUCUUACCAUCUGAUUCAAAGAACAGAAUGAUAUUGCAGCCAGGGUUUCAUGACAUGCAAUGAAAUUGUGUUGGAGGGCUUUUUCAUGUCCCUUGUUGCAGCUAGUUUAGAUUUUGUCAAGCUAAUAAUGGAACUAGAUUCUGGAUGACACAAAGAACUGUUUAAUUAGAGUCUAUGACAGGGCAACAGAGGCAGAGAUACAUGUAGAGACGGAGAGGAUUGCUUGCCUUGCUUAAGACUGCUAGGCUCUUUGUGGACUUUAUCCUGUGGGGUUUCGAUCAUCUUGGCUGCACUCCAGGAGAGCACUUAUUAAGCAUUUGUAAACACGGUGCCAGUCCCAUUGCUGGGCUGCAAGGAAGAGAGUCUGCCUUCCAAUAUUUAUAUGAAGUAUAUAAACAUCUCCAAGCCUGGAAAAAAGAAACUCUCCUUUUAAAUACGUCAUAGUUUCCCCUCCUUCUAAUAUAGGUUUUGUGAGAAUUAGGCAUGUGCAAUUGAUAAAAAAAUGUUUCAAAAGUCAUUACAAAAUUAGGGAGCACUGGCAUUUCAUUUCUAAAGUAUUGCUAACAUAUUGUUAGUAAAACGUUCGUUACUAUAGUGAGAGUGAUGAAAUUUCGUUACUUUUCAUAAUAGUAAUUGCAGAAGUGGUGAAAAUUCAGGGGCUGCUUUCUCUCUCAUUUUUACAACUAUUGGGGUGAAACUUGCUACAAUGGUAGAACACAUUUGACACAUCAAGUUUCAGAAUGUUUCACUUAUCAAUUUUUUUAAUAAACAACAUAAAAAACUGCAAGAGCUAUCUCUUUGAAUUUUCUAUACAAUGACACAAGGGGAUCAUUCUGGCUAGCUGCUGCUACGGAGGAAAAAUAGCUCUCCCCUAUCCUGAUUGGGGUUUUCUGAUGCUGAGCAGAAUUCUUGGAAAGGUAGUUUAGGGCAAGGCCUUUUCAAUUCUCUGGCAUAGGGCUCCUCACCUUCCCAAACUAUAUUUCCCAGAAUUCUGUGCUUUCUCAGUUUCUUUCCCAGUGAACACUGCUUUUUUCCUGCUGCUUCCCUCUCCUCAUGGCAAGAGGCCAAUAAUUUAAAUAGGAAAGGCAGCCUUUUUGGCUUGGCUUUGCUUCCUUGGACUGUUUUUUGAAAUGAAACUAAUUUUGGAAGCCUUUGAGAUUUACAAAAAGCAAACAAAAAAUAUUGGGUAAGUUUCAAUAUUUAUGUUUUUGGAACAGGGCACGCCUGCACAUCAGAUAGCAUGUCAAAUGUAUGAAUUUAUCGAAUUUGAUACGUGUCGUGCCUCCGCAAGAACCCUCAUUGUUUCUCCUAUUUCAGCCCAUUUUAGUUAGAGGUAAUUAGCAUUUUGUGUAUAGGGGUUUUUGGGGGGAGGGGGUCAGUCUAGAUAGCCUCUUUCCAUUUGAAGCCUCUGUCAUCCUUCCAUUUGAAGACUCCAUCACCCUGCCCCUUGAAGAAUCUGCUCAGGGGUAGACCAGAAGGCUUGGAAGAAUUAGCCUUUUUGUAACUGGAAGGUUAAGAGGGAGGGAGGCCGGAAGGUCUACAAAAUAACACAUCCCGUCAGAGCUGUAUUCAAGUUUAGCCAGAGUUAAAAAUUGAGACCAUCUUAGGAUAGCCACUGGCUUCCAUUUCACUAAUAAAGUGGAUUCACAAAUGGUAUUGGUGUUUCUCUCUUUCCAAAAUUCUUACCUAGGAUUUAGCUUACUUUUUGUUUGAUUGACUGCUUUAGUUUUGUGAAAUCAUCCCAUUACCAUCACCCCUAAAAUACAUUGUUUAUUCUCCUCUGCGAACUUCAUUUACCAUAGUCCUUAUGACGGCUUUUUUUCCUUCUUUACCUUUUGAAUUAGUGUUCCUUUCUCUAUAGGUGUGUAAGAUCCUGUUUCUUAGAAUCAAAAUUAUGUUGUCUGUCCAACAAACGUCCUUCACCCUCAUCCUUUUCUUAUUGACCUUUCAUACUUAUUGCUACAUUCAACUUGAUCAAGUAUUGUCUAGAGGUGAAUAUUUUCAUACAUUUAAUUGGUGGUUUAAUCAACCAAUGCUUGGCUGAUUAGUCCGUAGUUGCCAAUUUUAUUCAGUGAAGGUAAAUUUUAAUUAGUGGGGACAAAAGUUCAGAGCAUGCUAGUUUUCUUGGGGGCUUUUGCUUCUAGUGUAUUACUGAAAUUGGAAAUGAAAAAGGGAGCAUGAAAGAUCACCUUUCUAACAGGGCAUGGCAGCUUUUGUUUAUUAAAUUGCAAAUGGUCUCAUAAUUCCUUCCAUAUUUCAAAAGUACUGAUCUUUGAGUAAAAUUAUCCUUAUUUCAAUUUAAUCAAUUAAUUGAUAAUGUUAUAUGAGCAAUCAAAUUUCAGGGAAAUUUGAACAUUUUAACAUCUAGUUUUUUUUGGGAAAGAUUGGACAUGCCAACUGAAAUUGAUAAGCCUGCCAAAUCAAUGGGCCCAUAAGACUUUCACAGAAGCAAAACUCUGCGGUGAGGAUAUGAAAGUGUGUUAAUUUCAUUUUUGUUAUGUUUCUCAGAUCCCCACUGCAUUCAUAACCCAAUCCAAUUUCUUAUCUGCUUGUGAACUCCUUUUCUCUUAAAAAAAAUCUAUGCCUAAUUUUGUUACACAUUUUUGUCCAUCUUUCUCUUGGUCAAAGAAGUGGAUGAAUUGCCUUUUCUGAAAGCUCCAAAAAGUGGCAAUUCACUUUUUCAACAGGUUAACAGAGAACACUCUCCUGCUGAGUUGUGCAAGCAGAAUUUAGCAUGAACUGUCAUUGGUAAUAUAGUAUAUAUCCAGAUACAAACUGAAUAUUGCAGUUAUGCAUUUCACAUUUGCUUACACCUUCGGUUGUUUAAUUUUCCAACCUUCUAGUACACAAUCGUCAUAUAACUCCAAGUGUAAAGUUGAUGUCAUCCUCAGAAGCAGGUGACCUUGUUGAUAAAAGGACUGAAAACCAAGCUCCAUGUGGGUGAGAUUGGGGAGCUCUGUGAACUGAGUUUGGAGAAAGCUUAGGAGUGAUAUGCUAGCCAUAUUCAAAUGUCUCCAAAGAUUUCACAUAGAAGAUGGAGCAAGCUUAAACCAAAAAAAUUCAAAUUACAUCUAAACAUUAGAAAAACUGCCUUGCCUAUUUGACGGUAGAAUAGACACUAUUCCUGAAUUUGCCUGACGGUUCUUUCAAGCUUCCUAAAUAGACAUGGGAUUAUCAUCUCUCAGGAGUGCUUUAGCUGUGUAUAUAAUUGUGCAUGACAGAGGAUUGUACUGGAUGGUCUUUGUGGACAUUUUUGAUUUUAUGAUUCUGUUUCUUGAUAUAGGACUCAGCCCAUGUUUUUAAAAGCAGAAACAGAACUUUGGUCACUUCAAUUUCCCAAACCCUAUCCAAGAUAUGAGAAUAUUUGACAUUCAGUUAAUCCCAUAGUUCCCAAGGAACACUGCAACCCACCCCUGCUCUAUAUGCUUACUCAAAUGUAAGUCCUCCUUCAUUCCCACAUGGGUCCCUCCCAAGUAAAAUGUGUAUAAAAUUGCAGCUUUACUUAACACCAAGCCAAACAAAUGUGUCGGAUCUAAAUCUGGUGCUCUAUUUUAAUUUGAAAACCUUAUAACACAACAAGAUUCAAUCACAAGCCUUUAAUGUAAUCAUAUUUCUGUGACUUACUGGAAACAGGGAGUGGGGGGGGGGGAGAGAAAAUUGCCGAAAUUAACAUUUUAAUUUAGCUGCGCUAAAGCACAGAAGGCGCUUUAAGGCGAGAUUUGUUAAAGGGGGCGGGAGCCAGAAUGAAAUAUAUGUAUAUAGAUAUACAUAUUAGAUUAAAUGCUUUAGAACAUAAAUCAGUGAAAGAAAAGUAAUAAAUAAUACACGCUGGAAAUGUGAUAAUGUUUAUUAAGAAGCAACAGCCUUGUCAUCUUCAUUUUCUUCUUCACUGAUUCUCUCCUCAAAGGGUACACUCAUUUGGGACUCCCUGCAAUUUAGCCCGAGGCCACUUUCUCUAAUUCUUGGUUUCAAAAAUACCUGCUUUGCAGAAAUAAGUUAAAAGCAGAACAACUGUGCACACCGAAGGUCUUUGCAUUAAGCCCCUUAAAAGCUACAUAGUGAAUUUUUUAUCAUUGUUAUUGUGAAGACUCCAAGGCAGGCAUUAGCUAAAUAGAAAAAGAUGGGGGGAGUAGCAAUAGAGGAUGGCAGUAGAUUGCUAGGAUGAACUGCCUUGAUUUUCAUUCAGUUUAGUUGAAAGUCUGUCUUCUCCAGGCUGGGCCAAUCCUAAUAUUAGGAAGGGCGAGGCAACUGCUUUAGGUGUCAGAUUAUGCAUGGCAACAAUGAGCAAACUCUCUGCGUUAUUAAAGUGUCACACUAUGUUGUUAUAGUACUUCUAUUCCAUUUUUGCUGCCAUGACAACACUGCAUGGAAUCCUGGGAUUUGAAGUUCAGAGUGAGACAUUAGCAUUCCCAGCCAUUCUUGGGCCUCAAUAAACUACAAACUCCAGAAUUCCACAGAAUGUUAAAAGUAGAAUAAUAAUAUAAUACAAUAGGGCCCUUGCUGUUACAUAGCGAUCUCUGCAGCAACCAAACUAUCCUGCUUCCCUUAGAAGUGUUGGACAAUAGUAUCCUGUUGACAAUUUAAAAAAAAACCUCAGCUGCUAGUGCAUUUAACUCUUGUGCACAAAUUGCAGGCAGCCACAUUUUGUUCUUUGGUUCAAUAAGCAGAGUAUCUUGUGCUAACUCUAUUUGUGCUACAAUGCAACAGUGACCAUAAGAUCAUGAGACAUGGCACUGUUGAAUAAAAGUAGAGAUUUAGCUGUUCUGGCAUGUUGUUUCUCACAGUAGUCAACUGGAUGGUUUUGGACAGCUCUGGCUGAGAAAUGGCACCAGUAGCCUACUCACUCUGAACCUGGAUGUUUUUCAUAUCUGUAAAUAUGCAUAGGGAUGGCCAUGUUAGUCUAUGGCUGUGCCAACUUAUCCAAGGGAAGAAGAGGGGUGUGUGUGUGUGCAUAUGUAUUUUUAUCUCUCUCUCUCCCUUUACAAAAUCUAUAGAACCUGUGGUUUCAAGUAGAGGCAAGCUCGUAUCUGCAUUCCCCUCCCCACAACCAACAUCAGAUGGAAAUACUUUGUGAAGAAGAAAGAGAU